GCAGUUUUAGAAGAGCAUGCAAAAAUUCAGGAACAACAAGGAUGAGAAGAAACAUCCAUGAACACAAGAAUCCCCUUUCAAGGGGUGCCAGUCACCAUGUCAACACAAGCACCAACAUUUAUACAGCCCUUGCAAAGCGUUGUGGCACUUGAGGGUAGUGCUGCAACGUUUGAGGCUCUAAUCAGUGGUGUUCCGGUUCCUGAGGUGAGCUGGUUUCGUGAUGGCCAGGUGCUUUCUGCUGCUACUCUGCCCGGCGCACAGAUCUCGUUCAGCGAUGGCCGCGCUGUUCUGAUGAUCCCCGCCGUGACAGCGGCACACAGUGGAAGGUUUUCUGUACGAGCCACCAAUGGUGCCGGACAAGCCACUAGCACCGCAGAACUACUUGUUACAGUGGAAACUGCACCUCCAAACUUCACUCAAAGAUUACAGAGUAUGACUGUGAGACAAGGAAGCCGAGUAAGAUUGGAUGUACGCGUUACAGGAAUCCCUACACCUGUGGUGAAGUUCUACAGGGAGGGAGCUGAGAUUCAGAGCUCUGCUGACUUUCAAAUUGUUCAAGAAGGAGACCGUUACAGUUUGUUAAUUGCUGAGGCCUUUCCUGAAGAUUCUGGAACAUACUCCGUCAAUGCUACCAAUAGUAGUGGGCGUGCUACUUCUACUGCUGAACUGCUGGUUCAAGGUGAAGAGGAAGCAAUUCCUGCCAAAAAGUCAAAGACUGUCAUUUCGACUGCUCAAAUUUCUCAGACUCGACAGACACGAGUAGAGAAGAGAGCUGAAGCUCGUUAUCAGGCUUCAACGACCGCUAUGAUGGAAGUACAUGUUGAUGAAGGUGCCGUUGCUCAGCAGCUGCUACACAAGGCUCCCCCAUCUGUGCCCCCAAAGCCAACUUCCAAGUCCCCAACAUCCUCGCUAGUGUCAAAAGUUGCAGGCGCACGUCAACAGUCACCUUCUCCUGUGAGGCAUGUCAAAGCACCUACCCCAACUCCUGUUAGGUCAGUGUCUCCCUCUACAAGGCUGUCAGUCUCCCCUAUCAGACCAGUCAAAUCUCCAUUGAUGACCCGCAAGCAGAUUACGGCAGGCUCUGAUGUCCUCCCUCCCUGGAAGCAGGGAGAUUAUGUAGCUGAAUCCAGCUAUACUAGCAUGAUUGCCAGUGCCUCACGUGUCCAGACCUCUACCACUCAAGUGCAAAUGGAGCAACGGUGGGAAGGCUAUGGGGUACAGCAGCAAGUAACUGGGAUUGUGGUGAAAGAGGCUGAAGGUGGAAAAAAGGCAGAGGCAGUGGCCACAGUCCUUGCUGCAGUUGACCUAGCACGCAUUCGAAAGCCUGCACAGGCAGAGGAGGGCCACGCAGAAGAGGAGAUCUUAGAGCCUGACUUAAAACGGCAGGCUCUGGACACUCAAGCUUCCAAAACGAUCACCAUGACCAUGAAAACCGAAGCGCUACAAAUUCCCAGUUCCUCUCAAAUUGCUUCCGAUGAACAUAGGGUUCAGGUUUCACAGAUCCAAAGAAGUACAGAAACUACAACAACUCAUGUGGACACCUCGCUUGCACCAUCUCCAAUACCGCAUUUCACUGUUUCUAAAGUUACUGUUCCUAAACCUGACCAUAGCUGUGAGGUAUCGAUAGCAGGUUCUGCUAUUGCUUCACUGCAGAAAGAGCUAUCUUCUACUUCUGCUGCUCAAAAGAUCAUCAGACCUGUCAAGCCUCCUUCUCAUAAGAUUGUGGAGAUGAAAGCAAAGCAAGUGCCAACCCCAACAACUUUUAAAGAUACCAGUGAAAGAUUUCAAAUGCAUCUUGGCACUCUCUCACAGACAGAGAUAGGCACUUCUUUUACAGGGGGCAUGGAGCAGAUAUAUGAACAGUGGGAGAAAAAGGCUGUUGAGGCUGCAGCAGUCCCCACACCAGCAGAAGAGGCUGUGGUUCCUCCUACUCUUGUUGUUGGUUUGAAAAAUGUAACUGUCACUGAAGGAGAAUCUGUGACUUUGGAGUGCCAGAUAUCAGGUCAUCCAACCCCGACAAUUAUGUGGUUUAGAGAAGACUACAGGCUUGAGAGCUCCAUUGAUUUCCAAAUCACUUAUGAGAAAGGAUAUACCCGUUUGGUUAUCCGUGAAGCUUUUGCAGAGGACAGUGGUCGUUUUACUUGCACAGCUACCAAUCAGGCUGGAACUGUCAGCACCUCCUGCUACCUACUUGUGAAAGUUUCAGAAGAAAUUGAAAGUAGAGAAGAGAUAACUGCUAUCUCUGCACAUAUAGAAAGGGCAGAGGAGAAGCAAAUAACCAUUGAAGCGAAAGAAGAAAUAGAAGUAGCUGGUGCAGAGGCCAUGGCACCAUUCUUUGUGAAGAAGCCAUCAAUCCAGAAACUAGUCGAAGGCGGGAGUGUCAUCUUUGAGUGUCAGAUUGGUGGUAGUCCCAAGCCUCAUAUUUAUUGGAAGAAGGCUGGAGUUCCCCUUACUACUGGAUAUAGAUACAGAGUGGCCUACAAUAAGGAUAGUGGAGAAUGCAAACUGGAGAUCUCCAUGACGUUCGCUGAUGAUGCAGGAGAAUACACUAUCUUUGCCAGAAAUCAACUAGGAGAAGUUUCAGCUUCAGCCAGUUUACUUGAGGAAGAGGAAUAUGAAACCUACAUGAAGAUGCAGGAAAUUACUUUCAAAACUGAAGUGACCACAAUGGUGCAAGAACCCAAAAUAGCAGAUGUCCCUCCUCUAGUUAUUAGUGAAUAUGAGAAGAGGAUGGCUCAACAGACCCAAAUGAUGAAGACUUUUAUAACAGAACAGGAAUUCCAGAUCACUGCUUUGGAGGAGAGAAUAAUCCAAGAGAUUGAAUUUCGCAUCAUGAGAAUUACCUACCAGGAAUUAGUGACUGAAGAUGGGGAAAAGAUGAUUAUGACUGUGGCUGAACAUGAAGCUGUGGAGCCAGGUUUCAGCACGGCAGUGAAAAGCUACAGGAUUUUGGAAGGAAUGGGGGUCACUUUUCACUGCAAAGUAGGAGGAAAUCCACUUCCUAAGAUUGCUUGGUACAAAGACGGCAAACGCAUCAAGCAUGGUGGACGUUAUCAGAUGGAGGUUCUGCAGGAUGGGAGAGCUAGUCUCCGGAUUCCUGUUCUGUUGGCAGAAGAUGAAGGUGUCUAUACUGCCUUUGCAAGUAACAUGAAGGGAAAUGCUGUCAGUUCAGGCAAAUUAUACGUGGAGCCUACAACCACAGCUGGAGCUCAGCCAUAUUAUCCUCAACCAGAUGCAAUCAGGAGAAUAAGUUCUACUUCCCCUCGUUCUUUGAGCCGGUCUCCUGGACGUUCUCCUGGUCGCUCUCCCGCACGAAGACUAGAUGAGACAGAUGAGAGUCAGUUAGAAAGACUGUACAAGCCUGUGUUUGUUGUGAAACCAUCCUCUUUCAAAUGUUUGGAAGGGCAAACAGCCAGAUUUGACCUGAAGGUUGUUGGCAGACCCAUGCCUGAGACUUUCUGGUUCCAUAAUGGCCAACAAGUAGUCAGUGACUACACCCAUAAGAUAGUGGUAAAGGAAGACGGAACUCAGUCACUGAUUGUUGUCCCAGCUAUGCCUCAUGACUCUGGAGAGUGGACUGUUGUAGCUCAGAACAGAGCUGGAAAAACAUCUGUGUCCAUGACUCUGACUGUUGAUGCUAAGGAAAACUUGGUGAGACCUCAGUUUACUGAGAAGCUGAAGAACAUUAGUGUUAAAGAAGGAACUUUGGUUGAGUUAGCUGUCAGAGCUAUUGGAAAUCCUCUUCCUGACAUUGUGUGGUUGAAGAACAGUGACAUCAUUUCCCCACAAAAGCAUCCUCAUAUCAGAAUUGAAGGCGCUAAGGGGGAAGCUCAGUUUAAGAUUUCUUCAGCUACUGGUACUGACAGUGCCUGGUACACAGCUACAGCUAUCAACAAGGCUGGAAGAGAUACCACUCGUUGCAGAGUCAAUGUAGAGGUAGAAUUUGCUGAACCAGAGCCAGAGAGGAAGCUCAUCAUCCCAAAAGGAACAUAUAAGGCAAAGGAGAUUGCAGCUCCAGAGUUGGAGCCCCUGCAUCUUCGCUAUGGUCAAGAACAGUGGGAAGAAGGUGACCUGUAUGAUAAGGAGAAACAGCAGAAACCACAUUUCAAGAAGAAACUCACAUCUGUCAGGCUAAAGCGUUUUGGUCCAGUACAUUUUGAAUGCAGGCUUACACCUAUUGGUGACCCCACAAUGGUGGUUGAAUGGUUACAUGAUGGCAAACCCUUGGAGGCUGCAAAUAGGCUGCGUAUGAUUAAUGAAUUUGGCUAUUGUAGUCUUGAUUAUGAAGUUGCUUACUCACGAGAUAGUGGUGUUGUCACCUGCAGGGCAACAAAUAAGUUUGGAGUUGACCAGACUUCUGCUACCCUAAUUGUGAAGGAUGAGAAAGGCCUUGUGGAAGAAACUCAGUUGCCUGAGGGUAGGAAGGGAAUGCAAAGGAUUGAGGAGAUGGAACGCAUGGCACAUGAAGGUGCCCUUGCAGGAGUGACAGCAGAAGAAGUAUUUGAGAAAACUAAGCCUGAGAUUGUACUGCUUCCCGAGCCUGUACGGGUCCUAGAAGGUGAAACUGCCAAAUUCCGCUGCCGAGUGACUGGUUACCCCACACCUAAGGUCAACUGGUACCUAAAUGGACAGCUUAUCCGAAAGAGUAAGAGGUUCAGGCUUCGUUAUGAUGGUAUUUAUUACCUUGAAAUUACUGAUACUAAAUUUUACGAUGCUGGAGAGGUAAAAGUUAUAGCAGAGAACCCGGAAGGUGUGAUUGAACAUUGUGUGAAAUUUGAAAUCCAGCAGAGAGAGGACUUUAGGUCCAUCCUGCGGCGUGCUCCUGAGCUAAAGGCCCCCGAAUCUGGCACUUCGCCAGAUCGUGGUAGAGUGUCUUUUGAAGUUCAAAAGGUAGACAAACCUGCUGACACAACCCAGCCAAAAGAGAUAGUUAAACUGAGAAAGGCUGAACGAGUUGUUCAUGAGAUAUCUUCAGAAGAGUCAGAGGAACUGAGAAGUAAAUUUAAACGCCGAACGGAAGAGGGUUACUAUGAAGCAAUAACUGCUGUAGAGCUCAAGUCUCGAAGGAAAGAUGAGUCCUAUGAGGACAUGCUGAAGAAGAAGAAAGAUGAACUUUUACACUGGACCAAAGAAAUUACUGAGGAGGAGAAGAAGAAGGAAGAGGAAAGAGGCAAAGUGACUGUUCCAACAAUUAAACCAGAGAGAAUAGAACUUUCACCCAGCAUGGAAGCUCCUAAGAUCUUGGAACGCAUUCAAAGUCAGACUGUUUCCCAAGCUGAUGAAGUUCAUUUCCGUGUCAGAGUGGUAGGCAAACCUGACCCAGAAUGCCAGUGGUUCAAAAAUGGCAUUCUUCUAGAGAAGUCAGACCGUAUUUACUGGUACUGGCCUGAAGAUAACGUGUGUGAACUGGUUAUCAGGGAUGUCACUGCUGAAGACUCUGCUAGCAUAAUGGUAAAAGCCUUCAACAUUGCUGGAGAAACUUCAAGUCACGCUUUUCUUCUGGUUCAAGCUAAGCAAGUUGUUUCCUUUACCCAAAAUCUUGAAGAUGCCAAUGCUAAAGAGAAGGACACCAUGGUGACAUUUGAGUGUGAAACCAGUGAGCCGUUUGUGAAAGUUAAAUGGUUAAAGAAUAAUAUGGAAAUUUUCUCUGGUGACAAGUACAGAAUGCACUCAGAUAGAAAGGUCCACUUCCUUUCUGUACUGAUGAUCGAAAUGAAGGACAUUGCAGACUACAGUUGCUGUGUUGUUGAAGAUGAACAUAUCAGAACCACUGCUAAACUCAAUGUUGAGGGUGCCCCACUGGAAAUUGUGAAAAAUCUAGAGAAUAUAGAAGUUCCCGAGACUUAUUCUGGAGAGUUUGAAUGUGAAGUGUCUCGUGAAGAUGCUGAGGGUACUUGGUACUUUGAGGAUAAAGAGAUCACCCCAAGCAACAAAUAUGCAAUCUCUUCUCGCCGUGGACGUCACUCUCUCUCUGUCAGAGAUAUCAAAAAGGAGGACCAGGGGAAAUACAGCUUUGUUGUGGGUGAACUGAAAACUACUGCUUCCUUGAAGAUGAUAUUACGGCCUGUGACACUGAUGCAAGGUCUGUCAGAUGUUACCAUCUGUGAAGGUGACAUUGCCCAACUGGAACUUAGGUUCUCUCAGGAAAAUGUUGAGGGAACUUGGAUGAGGAGUGGUCAAGCAAUCACAGCCACUGACCGUAUUCACAUUGUGAUUGACAAGCUUGUUCAUAAGCUUCUCAUUGAAGAUGCCCAACGGGGUGAUGCUGGGUUGUACUCCUUUGUUGUUCCUGCCCAGAAUAUCACUACGACUGGAAAACUUACUGUUCAAUCUAUUGGUAUUGUGAUCCCACUGAAGGAUGUGACCUCAGUUGAGGGCACUAAAGCUGUUCUUGAGGCUAAAAUCUCUGCUGCUGAUAUUAGUUCCGUGAAGUGGUACCAGAAUGAUAAACAGUUAUCGGCUAGUGAGAGAGUUCAGUUUGUCACCAAAGGAUCUAAGCAGCGGCUGGUCUUCAGCCGAACCUUCGCUUCUGAUGAAGGACACUAUAAGCUUGUUGUUGGCAAAGCUGAAUCCAGCUGCAAACUGACAGUUGAAAAAAUUGACAUCAUAAGGCCAAUGGAAGACCGGGACUGCACGGAAACUCAGAAUGUUACUUUUGAGGUGGAAUUGUCACAUGCUGGCAUUGAUCCUGUCUGGGCCUUCAAAAACCAGACUCUCAAAUCUGGUCCCCAGUACAAAAUGGAGGCCAAGGGCAAGCUCUACACUUUGACUGUCAUGAACACCAUGAAGGAUGAGGAGGGACAGUACACAUUUGCCGCUGGUGAAAAGACUUCCGCUGCCACCCUUACUGUUUCAGGUGGUGCCAUUAAAAGACCACUCCAGGAUGUGACUGUAGCCGAGUCCCAAACUGCUGAACUGGAGUGUGAGGUGGCCAAUCCCAGUGCUGAAGGAAAGUGGCUCAAAGAUGGCAAUCCUGUAGACUUCAGUGACAAUAUCAGGAGUGAGGAACGUGGAACCAUCAGAAGGCUUGUCAUUACCAUCUCUAGACCUCAGGACAUUGGGGAAUAUACCUACCAGGUGGCCAGCUCCAAGACUACAGGCAACUUAAGAGUUGAAGCUGUUAAAAUUAAGAAGACACUGAAGAACCAGACUGUAACUGAAACUCAGGAAGCAGUUUUCAGUCUUGAACUUACCCAUGAGAAUGUGAAGGGUUCUCAAUGGAUCAAGAAUGGUGUGGAGAUUACCCCCAGUGAUAAAUAUGAGAUCCAAGUAGAUGGCAUGGUGCACACACUCAAGAUCAAUAACUGCACAGCACAAGAUGAAUCUGUUUAUGCAUUCAAGCUUGGAAAGCUGUCAGCAAAUGCCAGAUUAAAUGUGGAAACGAUUAAGAUUGUGAAGAAACCCAAGGAUGUGACAUCUCUUCGGAAUGCUACAGCUUCCUUUGAGCUAAGUUUGUCCCAUGACAACAUCCCAGUGAAAUGGAUGUUCAACAAUGCUGAGCUUAAGCCAAGUGAAAACUGCAAGAUUCUCUCUGAGAGGAAGGCUCACAAGCUGAUCAUUCAAAAUGUAGACACACACGACGCUGGAGAAUACACUGCUAUAGUCGGACAUUUACAAUGCAGUGCAUCAUUAUUUGUGGAAUCUUUACAAAUUACAAAAAUGAUGAAGAACAUUGAGGUACCUGAAACCCAGGUGGCCACAUUUGAAUGUGAAGUCUCACAUUUCAAUGUACCAUCUACUUGGUUGAAAAAUGGAGUUGAGAUUGAAAUGACUGAGAAGUUCAGGAUUGUAGUCCAGGGGAAGCUCCACCAGCUCAAAAUAAUGAACACCAGUAGAGAUGAUUCUGCAGAAUAUACCUUCAUCUGUGGAAAUGACAGGGUUUCUGCCACUUUGACUGUCAAUCCUAUUUUAAUCACAUCAAUGCUGAAAGACCUUAAUGCUCAGGAGAAAGACACAAUCACUUUUGAAGUGACUGUAAACUAUGAAGGAAUAUCUUACAAAUGGCUAAAGAAUGGUGUAGAAAUUCGUUCUACAGAAAGAUGUCAGAUUCGUUCUAAACAGCUUACUCACUCUCUGACCAUCCGAAAUGUACACUUUGGAGAUGGUGGAGAAUAUCAGUUUGUUGCUGGAUCUGCAGCGACAUCAGCUAAUUUAUAUGUUGAUGCUCGCGUUAUUCAAUUUACGAAACACAUAAAAGACAUUAAAGUAACUGAGAAGAAGAAGGCUAUAUUUGAAUGCGAAGUCUCUGAACCUAACAUACCAGUGAUGUGGAUGAAAGACGGGCAAGAACUGGAAAUAUCUGAGAGAUUCAAGGUUUCCACUGAGAAGUACUUGCAUCGUCUUAUGAUCCAGACCGUCCGUUUAUCUGAUGCUGGAGAAUACUGUGUUGUUGCUGGUUCUAGCACCUCCAAAGCUCAUCUUACUGUAGAGGGUCGUGAUGUUCGGAUCACUGAACCCAUGGAGAAAGAAAUUACCGUGGUUGAGAAGCAUAGGGCAACCUUAGAGUUUGAAGUCAACGAGGAUGACGUUGAUGGACGCUGGCUCAGAAAUGGAGAGGAGAUCAAGUUUUCACCGGAGGACAGGUUUCACUAUGUUGCAAUUAGGAAAGUUCAUCGUUUGACCAUUACGGAAACAUAUCGCAGUGAUGCUGGGGAAUACACAUUUAUUGCUGGAAGAAACAGAAGUGUGGUUACGCUUCACAUCAGUAUUCCUGAGCCUCCACAGAUUAUUCAGCAUAUGGAGCCUCUGUCUGUUGAAGCCGGAAAGCCUGCCCGUUUCUCCGUGGUGGUGACAGGCAACCCUCAGCCACAGGUGUUUUGGUACAAGAACUCUCAGGUACUGUCUUCUGGAUUCAAGUGCAAAUUCUUGCAAGAAGGCAAUGAAUACACAUUCCUCCUCAUUGAGGCCUUCCCAGAGGAUGCAGCUGUUUACAAUUGUGAGGCCAAAAAUGAGUGUGGAGAGGCGACCAGCACUGCUACUCUAAAUGUUGAAGUCCCUGAAGUGAUUUCCCCUGAUACCGGAGCUCCACUGUCCCCCCCUGUUAUCAUUUCUCCAAUUUACAACACCACUGCCAAUGAAGGAGAGUCUGCUCACUUUCAGUGUCGUGUCACUGGAGAAGAAUUACAGAUUACCUGGUACUGCAAAGACAAGGAGAUCUCACAAUCUGACAUCUUCAGAAUGUCUCAGUUUGAUGAUAAGUGUCAGUUGGAGAUUACUCGAGUUUUCCUUGAGGAUAAGGGAGAGUACAGUUGUGUGGCGAGAAACCCAGCUGGAAUGGUAUCGUGCUCUGCAGUCUUGUCUGUUGAUGUGACAAAAGUGAAAGAAGAGAUUGAAGUCAAAAUUGAAGAGGAAAUCAAAGUACCACCUGUUUUUAGGCACAAAAUCCAACCUCUGGAGAUCAGCGUCGGCAGUCGUGCCAGAUUUGAAUGUGAGAUUGAAGAGGCACCCAAUGUAAAAUUCAAGUGGUACAAGUCUGGCAGUGAGAUGAGAGAGAGUGACAAGUGCAGGAUCAUCAGCCAUCACCUGUCCUCCUCCAUGGAGCUUUUGAGUCCAACUAAAGCCGACAGUGGUGAAUACACCUGCAAAGCUACAAACAAAUAUGGCAGUGAUAGCUGUUCAGCUUCUCUGAGUGUAGCUGAAGUUUUCCCACCAGUCUUUAUUACUAAGCCAGAUCCAGUGACUUCAUAUGUGGGAAAACAAGCAAGAAUUCAGUGUGUAGUUACUGGUUCAUCUCCAAUGAAUAUUGUUUGGCAAAAAGACAAUGUUGCUAUCUCUUCGGGAGGAAACUACCAAAUUUCUGCUGAGAAGAACCGACACACUCUUGAAAUAGUGAAACUUGCUCUCUCUGAUCAAGGGACUUACCAAUGUAAAGCCUCAAAUGUUGUUGGAACUGACAUGUGUUGCACAGAACUAAGGGUAAUUGACAAGCCUCAUUUUGUAAAGACCUUUACAUCAACAUCAGUAGCUCUGGGGAAGCCAUUGCGACUUGAAUGUCAGGUAGAUGAAGAUACUGGAGUGGUCAUCACCUGGACUAGGGAUGGCAAGAAGCUGCAUCACUCCAUGGAUCUUAAAAUUACUUUUGAGGACAAAGUCGCCACUCUUGAAAUUUCUAAUACGAAGCUUAAAGACAGUGGGAAAUACAGCUGUACAGCUGCAAAUGAUGCGGGCAGUGAUAGCUGCUCUUCCACAGUAAGCGUUCAAGAAUCCCCAACCUUUCUUAAGAGACUGGAACCCAAAAUCCUCUGGAAACAUGGCAUAACGGGGCGAAUGCAAUGCACUGUUAAAGGCUCGCCAGAGCUACAUGUAACAUGGUUCAUGAAUGACAAAGAAAUCAGCCCCGGAGAGAAACACAAGAUGAGCUUCAAGGAUGGCCAAGCAGUCCUAGAGAUCUUAGAUCUUAUUGUGACAGAUAGUGGAAAUUAUACAUGUGAAGUGUUAAAUGAUGCUGGCUGUGAAAGCUGCAGCGCUGUUUUAACUGUAAAAGAACCUCCUUCCUUCAAAAAAGAAUUGCAGAUGGUAGAAGUAGUUAAGGGAUCUACAGCUAUAUUUGAAUGUGAAGUAACUGGCACAGCUCCAUUUGAGGUGACCUGGUGCAAAAAUAAGAAACCAAUUUCUUCUGACAAAAAGCAUAACAUAAUCUCUAAUGAUUCUAAAGUGAUUUUGGAGAUUUAUUCAUUUGAAAGUGCAGAUAUUGGGGAUUAUCAGUGCUUUGUAUCAAAUGAUGUUGGUAAAAUUUCCUGCAAAUCAAGUGGUAAAUUAAAAGAACCCCCAUCAUUCUCCAAGAAGAUAGAAAAUACUUCUGCUAUUUUGGGAAAUUCUGUUAGACUUCAGGGAACUCUUAAAGGUUCAUCUCCAAUCACAGUCAAAUGGAUGAGAGAUUCUGAAAUUUUAACUGAUGAUGAUCCUAAUGUCGUAAUUACAUUUGAGAAUAAUGUUGCAGUUCUGGCUAUCAAGACUGUAAACAUCAACCAUAGUGGCAAAUACAUUUGCCAAGCAGAAAACGAUGCUGGCAAACAGCAGUGUGAAGCUACUGUGUCUGUUCAAGAACCAGCAAGAAUUGUGGAAAAAACAGAAUCCAUUAGUGUGACUGCAGGAGAACCAGUAAGUUUAGAGUGUACUCUGUCUGGAAGCCCAGAACUCAAAGUGAAGUGGUUCCGAGACGGAAAGGAGGUGACAGCCAGUCGGAAGUAUAAGAUGACUUUUAAGGAUAACGUGGCCAUUUUGAAAAUUCUUACGGCAGAAAAAGGAGACAGUUGUGAAUACACCUUGGAAGUGGCAAAUCGUGUUGGAAAAGACCAGUGCACAUGUUCUGUCACUGUCCUGGAUCGAAUUAUUCCACCUUCCUUCAUAAAAAAUCUUAAAAAAACUGAUGGGAAUGUUGGCACCAAUGUCCACAUGGAAUGCAAGGUUUCUGGAUCGCAACCCAUCACUAUUUCAUGGUACAAAGAUGAGAUUGAAAUCAAAGCCAGUGCAAAGUAUGAAAUGAGUGUCAAGGAAAACACUGCUACUUUGGAAAUCUUUGAAUUACAACAGACUGACGCUGGAUUAUAUACUUGUCGUGCAACAAAUACAGCUGGAAGCAAAGAAAACAGUGGAGCUUUAUUUGUUAAAGAGCCUCCUGUCUUUAUAACAAAACCUGAUUCCGAGGAGGUAAUUCCAGGAUCCACUGUGGUCUUACGCAGUGCUUUUACUGGUACAUCCCCUUUUACCAUUAAGUGGUUUAAAGGGGAGAAAGAAAUGUUUACCGGAGGCUCAUGUUUUAUCAAGAAAGAGUCAACUUCAAGUUUCAUUGAACUCCAUUCAGUGAAACCCACUGAUUCAGAUAAUUACACUUGCCUGGUGGUCAAUGACGCCGGGAAAGUGACUUGCACCGCCGUCUUAUUUGUGAAAGAACCACCAAAGUUUGUAAUGACACCUGAGAGUGCUAAACUGGUAACAUGUGGAAGUGCAGUGAUCCUCGAAUGCAGAGUAAUCGGUAGCCCUACCAUCAGUAUCAAGUGGUUCAAGAAUGAGGUUGAAAUUAGUUCUGAUGACAAAUAUCAAAUGGCCUUCAGUAACUCAGUAGCUACUCUGCAGAUUGCUAACUGCUCUAUUGAUGAUAGUGGGGAUUACGUUUGUGAAGCAUCAAGUGAAGCUGGUAGUGACCGAUGCAACAGUGUAAUUACAAUCAAAGAACCACCUGCUUUUGUGAAGGCUAUUGAAUCAAAGGAAAUUGUAAAAGGAUCUGAUGUCAUAUUGGAAGGAAUAAUUUCAGGGUCAUCUCCAUUUGAGUUUGUGUGGUAUAGAGAGAGUAAAAUUGUGAGAAAUGACAAAACACAUAAGAUCAGCUUACAUGAUGAUACUGUUAGUCUGCAUAUUUUAAAAUGUGAAGUUGGAGAUGCUGGAAUAUAUCAGUGCAUUGUUACGAAUGAAGUAGGGAGGACUUCCUGUGAUUGUCAAGUGAGUCUGAAAGAACCUCCAUCUUUUAUCCAGAAGAUAGAGAACGUGAGUUCAGUUGUAGGCCAUGAAAUCACUAUGCAGUGUGUUGUGAAAGGAUCUUUACCAAUCACUGUUUCGUGGAUAAAAGAUGAUCGUGAGGUGAAAGAAGAUGAAAAUGUAAAAAUUUCGUUUGAGGAUCAAACUGGAAAGCUGCAUAUUACAAAUAUGCAGCUAAAACAUGAUGGAAAAUACAUAUGUCUGGCAAAGAAUGAAGCUGGAAGUCAGAAAUGUUCUGCCUCAUUGGUUGUUAAAGAACCAGCUAAUAUUAUCGAAAAGGCCAAAUCAGUCAGUGUUACAGCUGGGGAUCCAGCCACACUGGAGUGCAGCUUUUCAGGAACUAAAACCCUUAAAGGCCGGUGGUUAAAGGAUGGGAGGGAGUUGAAAUCAGGGCAAAAAUACAAGGUUCACAGCACAGACAAACACUCUACUUUAAAGAUUCUCUCUGCUGACAAGAGUGAUGGUGGAGAAUACAUCUUUGAGAUCUCCAAUGAUGUUGGUAGCAGCACUUGUGAAGCUGUGAUUACAGUUUUGGAUCACAUAAUCAAACCAUCUUUUACAAGAAAGCUGAAAGCAGUAGACAGCAUUAAGGGGUCAUUCGCCCAUCUGGAAUGCCUUGUUUCUGGUUCCCUUCCAAUAACUGUGUCCUGGUACAAAGAUAAUAGAGAAAUUGAGACUGAUGACAAGCACAAAUGCACAUUCUUUGAAAACACAGCAUUUCUGGAGAUCAGCCGUCUUGAUAGUUCUGAUACUGGCAGUUACACCUGCAUUGCCAAAAACCAAGCUGGAAGUGACCAGAGCUCUGGUGCAUUGCUUGUCAAAGAACCUCCAAGUAUUGUCAAAAAGCCUGAGUCAAUGGAUGUCUUGCCUGGAACAAGAGUGCAGUUCAGUGUAUUUUUUAGUGGCACUACCCCACUGACCAUCAAGUGGUUUAAAGACAAUAAGGAAAUUUUAUCCAGCUCACAUUGUUCUGUUCAGAAGGAUAAUUGCUCAAGUUUACUGGAACUCUUUUUUGCAAAGACAUCAGACUCUGGAGAAUACUUUUGUGAAAUCAGUAAUGAUAUUGGCUCUGAAGUUUGUAAAGCAUCACUCUUCGUAAAAGAGCCUCCAAAAUUUAUCCGAAAGCCUGAGAGCACCGCUGUGAUUAAACUAGGAGAAACUAAGAAAUUUGACUGCCAAGUAGUUGGCACUCCUGAAAUAUAUAUCACCUGGUUUAGAGAUGGAAAUGAGAUUAGUCCCAGUGAGAAGUUUCAGAUGUCCUUCGAUAACUCCUUAGCUAUCCUGGAGAUGUUCAAUGCAGAUAUAAAAGACAGUGGAGUGUAUUUCUGUGAGGCACGUAAUGAAGCUGGCAGUGAGAGUUGCAGUAUGGAGUUGAAAGUGAAAGAGCCCCCGGCUUUCAUAAAGGAAUUAACACCUCUUGAAUUUGUAAUUGGCUAUGAUGUGUCUCUUACAUGCCAAGUGACAGGCACACCUCCAUUUGAGGUGACUUGGAAAAAGGAUGCUAAAGAAAUAAUUUCUAACAAAAGACAUAUAGUUUCACAGAAUAAUGGUUUUGUGAUCUUGGAAAUAUUCAAAUGUGAAGCAUUAGAUGUUGGUGAAUAUCAGUGCACUGUGGCAAAUGAAGUUGGAAGAUGUUCCUGCGCCACUGUGCUGACUAUGAAAGAGCCACCAUCAUUUGUGGAGAAGAUUGAAAAUAUUGCCAUUGUCCUGGGAAAAAUAGCUGAAUUUCACUGUGUUGUCGUGGGAUCACCUCCACUGACCGUCCAGUGGCAAAAAGAUGAGGACUGGAUUAUAGAGGAUGCUAAUAUUGAAAGGAAGUUUGAGGGCAAUGUAGCCUCUCUAAGAAUUGCAGUCUCAGAGACUAGUUAUGGUGGAAGGUACACCUGUCAGGUAUCAAAUGAAGCGGGACAAGAGAAGAGUUUUGCAACUCUAGUAGUGCAAGAACCACCGCAGAUUACAGAAAAGCCAGAGACAGUAAAUGUGACGGCUGGCGAUCCAGUCAGUUUGGACUGUAAAGUAUCUGGCACACCUGAACUGAAAGUCAAGUGGCUGAAAGACAACAAAGAGAUUACAUCCAGCAGAUAUCAAAAGCUCAGCUUUGUGAAUAAUGUCAGUUGUCUUAAGAUACAAUCGGCACGGAUUGAAGAUGGAGGCGAUUAUACAUUUGAAGUGACCAAUGAUUUUGGAGUUUCUAGUUGCAAAGUUACUUUGGUUGUACUAGAACAACUUAUUGCUCCAUCAUUCCUGAAGCCCUUAAGGGAAAUGCAAGAAGUUUUGGGAUCUUAUGUGAAAAUUCUUUGCCGAUUUUCUGGUUCACUUCCAAUAUCUGUGGAAUGGCAAAAAGAUGGUAUUAUCAUUACUGGUAAAACAAGAUACAAGCUUGCUCAAGAAGAAAACACUGUUUCUCUGGAGAUAGAUCAGCUAGAGAAGGCUGAUGGUGGAGAAUAUAUUUGUAAAUUAACAAACAAAGCAGGAUUCUGUGAAUGCCAGGGUUUGCUGAUGGUGAAAGAGCCACCAAGCUUCAUGUUGAAACCAGAGUCCCAAGCUGUGCUUCCUAACUCUUCUGUGCGUUUUAAAAGUACUCUGAAAGGAACGCCUCCAUUUAUAGUAAAGUGGUUCAAAGAAGAAACCGAAUUGAUAACUGGACCUUCAUGUUUUACUGGACUGGAAGGCUUGUCCUGCUUCUUGGAUCUUUUUGCUGUUCAAGUCUCUCAAAGUGGAAUUUAUGUUUGUCAAGUUAGCAAUGAUGCUGGUACAGAAAGAUGUACGGUCGAACUAACAGUGAAAGAACCUCCCAAAUUUGUGCUGAAACUUCCACCAACAAAGAUUGUGAAGCAAGAUGAACCAGUGAUUCUUGAAUGCAAAGUAACUGGCUCUCCCUUACUUCGCAUAUUCUGGUACAAGAAUGAAAAUAUUAUUGCUGCAGGUGGAAACUGCAACAUGUCAUUUGUAGACUCAUUGGCAGUUCUUGAGAUUCCCACCACAAAACUUGAGGACAGUGGAGUCUACACAUGUGAGGUUCAGAAUGAUGCUGGGAGUAUCAGUUGUAGCACUACACUCACCAUUAAAGAACCACCAUCUUUCCUCAAAGAACCCCAGCCUGUGGAUGGUGUGAAGGGCAGGAAUGUCAGUCUAGAAUGUGAACUUCUUGGCACAGCACCCUUUGAGAUAACAUGGUAUAAAGACAAAAAAACCCUUAAGGACAGUAGAAAGUACAAGUUUGUAAAUGAGGGUUGCUCUAUUACUCUUCAUAUUCUGAAUCUGGAUGCUUUUGAUGUUGGUGAAUAUCAGUGUAAAGCAUCAAACAAUGUCGGGAGUGCAACAUGUACUGGCACAGUUAAGCUUAGAGAACCACCUGUGUUUGUGAAGAAAUUGUCUAAUCUCUCAGUCAUUUGUGGUGAAGAAGCAAUGUUUGCUGCAUCUGUCAAAGGUUCCCAACCAAUGACUAUCUCUUGGGUGCGAGAUAAAGAUAAUGUUUUGAGAGAUGGUGAAAACCACAAGAUUUCCUUUGAGGACAACCAGAUUACUUUGAGAAUCUUUAAGACUGAUGUUUUGUCUUCUGGCAAAUACAUUUGCCAGGUUAAAAAUGAUGCUGGAUCAGUGGAGUCAAUCGCAAAAUUGACUGUUCUAGAACCAGCUUCAAUUCUGGAUAAACUAGAGUCAUUCAGUGUCACAGCGUGUGACACAGCUAUAUUGCAAUUUACAGUAGCUGGAACACCAGAGCUGAAACCAAAAUGGUUUAGGGAUGGUGCAGAGUUAUCCUCUGGACAAAAAUACAAAAUUACCUUUUCAAAAAUGAUUUCCACUCUGAAGAUUCUGUCAGCAGAAACUAAAGAUACUGGAGAAUAUACAUUUGAAGUUUCAAAUGAAGUUGGUAGUGAUACUUGCAAAACAUAUCUUACUGUCCUAGAUAAAAUUUUACCACCCACAUUUAUACGAAAAUUGAAUGAUACUCGAAUGAUACUUGGUAAACCUGGUCAGGUGGACUGUAAAGUCUCAGGAUCACAACCUUUAACCAUUUCUUGGUUUCAUGAUGGAAAAGAGAUAAUAAGUGGACCAAACCAUGAAGUUACAUUCUCUGACAGCACCUGCCUGCUAAACCUACCCAGUCUUAAGCUGUCAGAUUCUGGGAUGUAUUUGUGUAGAGCUGUAAAUUCAGCUGGGACCAGUGAGACCAGUGCCUCUUUAUUUGUCAGAGAACCUCCCUCAUUUAUUGAAAAACCACAAAAUGUGGAAGUGCUACCUGGCACAAACGUUAUUUUUUCAGCCACUGUAAAAGGAAGUGCACCACUAAAACUGAAAUGGUUCAGAGGUAGUGCUGAAAUUGUAUCUGGUAAAGGUUGUGCAAUUGCCUUACGGGGUGAAACAGCCACUCUUGAACUGUUUCAAAUAGCCAAAUCCCAUGCUGGAGAUUACACAUGUCAGGUCAGCAAUGAUGCUGGCAUGGAUGAUUGCUCUGUUAACCUUUUUGUAAAAGAACCUGCAUAUUUUGUGAAGAAACUAAAGGAUCUUGCAGUUGAAAUAGGAAAAAUGUUGUUGCUUGAGUGUGCAUAUGCUGGAAGCCCGGAAAUACAAGUAAAAUGGUUUAAGGAUGAUAACGAGAUCUUUUCCUCUUAUAAAUAUAACAUUACAACCACAGAGAGCUCCUGCAUAUUGGAGUGUCUCAACACUGACAAAGAUGACAGUGGGAAAUAUUCCUGUCAAGUUUUUAAUGAAGUGGGAAGUGAUUCAUGUCAUGCCCAAGUCUCUAUAUUAGAACCCCCUUACUUUAUUGAAAAGUUGGAACCAAUGGAUGUGACUGCAGGAGAUACAGUUUGUUUGAAAUGUCAUAUUGGAGGCACACCUGAAAUAAAGGUUUCCUGGUUUAAGGCAGAUGGAAAACUGCGAUCCUCUGCUGCUUGUAAAAUAGAGUUUACUAGAGGCAUUGCCUCUUUGAAAUUAAGUAAAGCUGCCAAAACUGAUGCUGAUGAAUAUACAUGUAAAGCAGAAAAUAGCAUUGGAUCAGCAUCCUCAAGUUGUCGUUUAUCAGUACAAGAUGUUAAAACACCACCUUCUUUUCCCAAGAAAAUAAUGAGUCUGCAGCAGACUGAAGGCCAGCCUGCUAAAUUUGAGUGCCGUAUUGCAGGGUCUUCUCCUUUGGAGGUUUCUUGGCUUAAAGAUGGUGAACCUUUGAAGGAAAAUGAUGAAUACUCAAUGUCUUUUGAUGAUAAUACUGCUGUUCUAACAAUAUCCAGAGGUGAAAUGAAACAUUCUGGUGAAUAUACCUGUGUUGCUACCAAUAGUGUUGGAACAGCAUCUUGUAGAGCAAAGCUCACACUGCAAGAGCCAAGAUAUCCUCCAGUCUUUGAUAAAAAGCUGCAGCCUGUGGAAGUUUCUGUGGGAGACAGUGUGGACCUUGAAUGUCACAUGACGGGAUCCUUACCAAUUAAAGUGACUUGGUCAAAGGAUAAUAAAGAUAUUCGUGCAGCAGGAAAUUAUAAAAUUUCGUGCGUGGAUAACACACCACAUCUGACAAUUUUGAAGGCGGAUAAAGCAGAUUCUGGCCAGUAUUAUUGUCAUGCUAGCAAUGAUAUUGGGAAGGACACUUGUAGCACUCAAGUUUCUGUAAAAGAGCGCAAAACUCCACCGUCAUUCACAAAAAAGCCUUCUGAAAGUAUCGAGGACUCUGAGGGGAACCUUGUGAAGCUGGAAGGACGUGUGUCUGGAUCCCAGCCCAUAAGCAUUAGCUGGUACAAGGACGGCAGUGAAAUCUACAGCUCUGACAGUUAUGAAAUUUCCUUCAAGAAUAACAUAGCUCUGCUGAGUGUUAAGAGAGCUCAGCUCUCUGACCGUGGCACUUAUACUUGCCAAGCCUCCAAUGAAGCUGGCACAGCCUCCUAUCAGGUGUCUCUUGCUAUAACAGAACGUAAGAUGUCCCCUGUGUUUGAUCAGCCCCUCAAACCAUUAUCAGUUAAUGAGGGUGAGAAGCUGCAUCUGAGCUGUCAUGUUCGGGGAUCGCUACCAAUGAAUAUCCAAUGGAUGAAGGACAGGAAAGAGAUAACAUCUUCUGCUAAGACUAGGAUUACUUUUGUUGAUGGCACAGCUACAUUGGAAAUAAGCUCUGCAUCUAAACCAGAUGCUGGUGAUUAUCUGUGCAAGGCCACCAAUGAUGCUGGAAGUGAAUUCUGCAAGUCCAAAGUGACUGUAAAAGAUAAAGCAGGAGCACCAGCAGCUGUAGAAGCAGCCCCAGCAGCUGCAAAGCCUGUUAAGAAAUUGGACAACUUAUUCUUCAUUGAUGAACCCAAGAGUCUUACUGCUUCUGAAAAGGGCACAGCAACGUUCUUUGCCAAAGUUGGUGGUGAUCCAAUUCCUAAUGUGAAAUGGAUGAAAGGUAAGUGGAGGCAGAUCACGCAUGGUGGUCGCAUCACUGUUGAACAAAAAGGACAGGAUGCCAAGCUGGAAAUCCAAGCAUUGACCAAAUCAGACUCUGGGCAGUACAGAUGUGUUGCAUCCAACAAGCAUGGAGAAAUUGAAUGUAGCACAGAUUUGAAAGUUGAAGAAAAGAAAGAGACCACACUGCUUGAAGGAGACUUGAGAGCUAAACUGAAGAAAACUCCAUCGAAGCAGAAGAGUCCAAAGGAAACCCAAGAGAUUGAUAUUGUUGAGCUACUGAGAAACGUAGAUCCAAAAGAAUAUGAGAAAUAUGCCCGCAUGUAUGGAAUUACAGACUUCCGUGGUCUCCUUCAGGCUAUUGAGUUUCUAAAGAAGGAGAAAGAACAUGAAACUGGAAGAGCGGAAGCUGAACUAGAAAGAAGGAAAUCAGACGAGGAUUUGGAAAAACUGGUGUCGGAGUUGCAAACCAGAAUGGAACAGACAGAGCCUAUCACGGUGUUGAAGGACAUCACAGACCAAACCACAGUCAUAAACAAGGAGGCAGUGUUUGAGUGUGAAAUCAAGAUCAACUUCCCUGAGAUCCGUCUGUCUUGGUAUAAAGGAACUCAGAAGCUUGACACCAAUGAAAAAUAUGAAAUCAGCAUUGUAGGUGACCGUCACUUAUUGAAAAUCAAGAACUGUCAGUCUACUGAUGAGGGAAAUUACCGCAUUGUGUGUGGCCCACACAUUUCCAGUGCCAAAUUAGCCGUUGUGGCAGGUGAAGUUGAGGAACACCUGAAACCUGUAACUGCUACCAAAAUCCAUUUCACCAAGCGUAUCCAGAACAUUGUGGUGAACGAACAUCAGUCCGCCACCUUUGAAUGUGAAGUCUCCUUUGACAAAGCUAUUGUUACGUGGUACAAAGGCACAUGGGAACUCAAAGAGAGUCCAAAGUACAGCUUUCGAAGUGAAGGUCGCCGUUACUUUAUGACCAUCCGCAGCGUUACUUCAGAAGAUGAAGGCGUGUAUUCUGUGAUUGUGAGGUUGGAGCCAAAAGGUGAAGCUAAAAGCACUGCUGAACUUUACCUGUCCAGCAAAGACAUUGAGGUAGAAAGGGUUUCCUAUGAUAUCCAUGAUUCAACUAUACAAGUUCCUGAGGUGUCAUCUACAGUCACCUCUAAAGUUGAGGCUUCUUUUGAUUAUUAUGAAGAGAAGACAGAAGUUAGAGAGUUUGAAAGCUGGACAGUUAAAGAAGAAAGAGUAAUUCAGGAAUUCUCUGCAAUUCAAGCACCAAGAAUACCUAUUGAGGAAACAGUUCCAAGGGCUGAAGUAGGAGAGAGAAAAGAAGCGCCAAUCAAAGUUCCUGAGGUUCCAAAGAAACCAGAGCUUGAAACCGCCGUUCCGUCUGUGCCUGAGGUACCCUCAAAAGUACCUGUAACCAGGGUGCCUGUUCAAGAAGAAAUCACUGCAGUAGUUGUUCCUGAACAAAGAGACCGCCUUGAGCCAAAAGAAUAUGAAGAGGUCAAGAAGCCUGUUCCCCAGGGUGCUGCUAUUCCUUCCAUUCCUGAAAAAGAUCAGGUUACUCCUAAAAAAGAUGUACCUGAACCUACAUCAUAUGUGAGUCUUGAACCAAAACCACCUGUAACACCAGAAACUAAAGCCAGACCUCCAGCUCAGGUUGAACCUGAACCAAAGCCUGCACCAGCAGCUCAGGUUGUGCCUGAACCUAAACCUAAACUACCAGUUCAGGUUGAACCAGAACCAAAGCCUGCACCAGCAAAGAAACCUGAGGCCCCCCCUUCCACAGUUCCUGAUGAAACAAAGAAACCAGAGCAGAAGAAACUGGAGCAACUUAAAGCGGAAGAAGUUGCAAAACCACAGGCAGUUCCAUUUGUUCCAUUGGUUGCUGCUCCCCAGAAAGUGCCAGAAACUCCAAAGAAACCAGAAGCAGUUCCUGAAAUAAUUUCUAAAAAAGAGGAAAUUGUUCCGAAGGACGUGCCUCCUCAAAAGACCGAGGUCACUCCAGGAAAAGUUCCAAUGGAAGCAAAGAAACCAGAAACACCAAAAGCAGAGACAGCUAAAAAACCGGGUGCUAAGCUUUCUGCACAAAAGGAGGCCAUUCCUCAGAAAGUGCCUGAAGUAAAGCAGAAAGAAGUCCUUGAGGAGAAGUUACCAGUUGUUGUACCUACAAAGGAGGCUGAGGUCACUUUAACUACAGUUCCAAUGGAAGCAAAGAAACCAGAAUCACCAAAAGCAGAGACAGCUAAAAAACCGGGCAUAAAGCCUUCAGCAUCAAAGGAGGCCAUUCCACAGAAAGUGCCUGAAGUAAAGCAGAAAGAAGUCCUUGAGGAGAAGUUACCAGUUGUUGUACCUACAAAGGAGGCUGAGGUCACUUUAACUGCAGUGAUGGCACUUCCCAAGAAACCUGAGGUGGCUCCAUCUCCUCUGAUUCAAAAGUGGGAGGAGAUCUCAUACGAAAUUGAGGAGACCUCUCACACAGAAGAAAUGUAUCUUCAUGAAAGGGUGUAUGAGAGCGCCCAGCAAUUCUUUGAGGAAAAAGAGAUACUUAUUGUAGAAGAUGUAUCACCUGCUCCAAGAGAAGAAAUUAGUUUGAAGACAGAAGAAAUCCCUAGGCAGAAAGAAACCCUACAAGAAACUGAAGAAACUGUUCCAAAGAAACUGAUCCCUUCCAAGAAGGAAGAGUUUACAGCAAAACAAGAAAGAGUCCCAAAAACUGAGGCUGUUCCCGACAAAGACAUAUCAUUGAAAAAAGAGGGCAUUCCUGACAUGAUGUACCAGCAAAAAGAUGACAUAUCUUUAGAGGAAACGGAAUUGUAUGUUUCUUGUGAGGAAGUUCAGUUUGGACCCACCAUGCCCCUAAAAGAAGAAAAAGAAUUUCCAUUGGAAAAACAAAGUGUUGCUGAAGUGGACACCUUAAAAGAAGCCAUUCUUAAUGCAAAAACUGUUUCAAAAGAAGCUCCCAAAAAGGAAUUUGAAAUUAUUCCUAAGGAAGAUGUAUCCACUAAGAAUGAUAUUUCUUGCGUGAAACAAGAACUUGAUUUGACUGAAUCAGAAACUAAAAAUGUGUUAAAGGAAGAAAUGAUACACGGAAUGGAAAAAGACCUUCCAAACUAUGGUGAAAUAACAAAAGAAAUGAUUUCUAAAAAGGAAUUACCAAAGCAUAAAACAAUAAGACAAAACACCGAUGUCUCACCUAAGAAAGGGUAUGAACCAGAAAUGAAGACUAGUCCUCGUGCUGUUCCUGUUGCAGUUGCAGAAGUUUUUCCACCAAAAGAAGCCCCCAAGAAGACUGAAACAAUAACAUCCCCAAAGGGCAGAGAAGUGUCACACAUGGAGAAGAUUUGUCCCACAGAAACUACUUUUGUCUUAACGGAUGUACAUGACAAAGAAAAGAUCUUAUUGCUUAAAGAUGUUUUAUGUAGUGCAAGAGAAGAGUGUAUAAUGGAGGUGGAUAUCUCUGAAAAGAAAACAUCUUUGCAAAAAUAUGAUCUUUCUUUCCAAGAAGAUGAAAAAGUUUCUUCUAAAGAAAUUCCCGAGGUGGAAGAAAUGGUUCCAGAAGCUAAACAUGCUGCCAUUAAGAAAGGCGUGAAACCAAAAUCGAAGGAGGUACCAGCUCAAAAGGAAGCUACUAAAAAGGUUAUCAACAAAGAAAUGCCCCCCCAUGCUUUGGAAAUGGCUCCCAAACAAGUAAUAUCUGACAAAGAAGAAAUUCUUCCCAGUGAAAUGAUCUUUCAGAAACAACGUAUACAAAAAAUUAAGAAAACUGAUGAAAUUAGUCAAGAUAAAAUAUUGAUUUCUGAUAAAGAAGCAAUGGUGCCAGGCCAGAAAACUCUUAGUGCAAUGACUGAACCUUCAUCUUUAAGAGUGUCAGAACCAGAGAAGAAGAUUGUUCCUGAAAUAACACCUGUGUCGGUUGCUCCUCCAAAAGUACCAACAACUGAGAAGAAAGCUGUGUCUGAUGUUGCAAAACCUGUCCCUGAUCAUCUUGCAGAGAAAAUUUCUCCACCCAAAGUGCCAGAAGAAGUUAAAAAGGUUCCAGAAAAAACAAAAUCUACACCCCAAGAAGUCGAGAAACACUUAAAGGCUGUUCCAGUACCAGAAGAAGUGAAAAAGGUUCCAGAAAUUCCAAAACCUACAACACAGCAAGUUGAGAAACAAUUAAAGGCAGUUCCAGUGCAAGAAGAAGUGAAAAAGGUUCCAGAAAAACGAAAACCUACAAUCCAACAAGUCGAAAAAGAAUUAAAAGAAGUUCCAGUUCUAAAGCCAGUGCCAAAAGCUGAAGAAAUAAUGCCUGUCAUCAAGAAAGAUACAGAAAAGGUUGCACCCGUAAAAGUUCCAUCAAAGUCGGAUGAGCCAAAACCGGUUCCUAAAAAAAUGGAAGUGGUUCCCACAGUAUCACCAGUUAGAGAACCAGAGAAGAUGACUGUACCAGAACUCACCCCUGUUUCAGUUAAAGACAUUGCACCUCAAGAAGAUGAUGAAAAGGGACCUGUUACAGCACCUGGAGCAUACCAACAAGACGCACAAAGUGAAUCACCACCAUCUCUUAAAUCAAAAGGUAAAAUUUAUAUAGAGGAGGAAAAAACUGAAAUACUGUCCUUGAAGAAGAUAACCAGGAUUUCAAAGGGCAAGGAAGAGGAACAAGAUGUUGUGACACUUAGAAAAGUGCCCCUGGCUACAGCUGAUGAAAUCCCUAAGACCUCAACUUUGGCAGAGAAAGAAGCUGCAAAGGAAGUUACAUUUACAAAAACUUUCGACAUUUCCAAAUCUCCCAAAAUUGCUGCAAAAAUCCCCAGUAGAGAAGCAAAGGAGGUUAUUGAAGAAGUACAGAUUGAGGAGCUUAAGGAAGCUACCACCAUAGAUGUCACAAUGGUAUCAAAGGUAUAUUUGGCUAAAAUUCCUACUGAUGAAAAGGAAAAAGGAGAGGUAGGUUUGAAGAAAGCUGUCAAAGUUGCUGAAGGGGAAACACCAAAAGAACCUAGUUUAACUAUGAAGAAAGUAUCACGACUUCCAACAAAGGAUACAGAUAAAGAGACUGUGGCCUUAAAACCAUUUGAAAAACAUGCUAAACCUGAAAUAGAGAAGGAGAAAGUCAAAGAAGAUGAGCCCUUGGCUUUCAAGAAAACUGAGAAACCACCAAAGGAUGAUGUAGUCAAAGAACCUAUUGCUCCUAAAAAGGCUGAAGCAGUGUUAGUCAAAGAGAAGGAAGUAGAUAAGAAGAGGGAACCCUUAGCUAUUAAGAAACCACAAAAGGAUGAAGCAGUUAAAGAACCAGAUGCUGCUCAGAGAGAAAAGGCUGUCAAAGUCGCAAAAGAGGAAACACCAGAAGAACCCAGUUCAACUAUGAAGAAAAUAACAAGACUUCCAAAGACAGAUACAGAUAAAGAGAAUGUGACCUUGAAACCAUUUGAGAAACCUGCUAAACCUGAAAGGAAGAAGGAGAAAGACAAAGAAGAUGAGCCCUUGGCAUUCAAGAAAACUGAGAAAACACCAAAAGAUGAUGUAGUCAAGGAACCUAUUGUUCCUAAAAAGGCUGAAGCAGUGUUAGUCAAAGACAAGAAAAUAGAAAUGGACAGGGAACCCUCAGCUGUUAAAAGACCACAAAAAGAUGAAGCUGUUAAGGAACCUGUUGCUGCUCCUAAAAAAACUGAAGCAGUGUUAGUCACAAAAAGGGAAAAAGAGGAGAAAGGGGAACCCUUAGCCAUCAAAAAACCACAAAAAGAGGAUGCAAUUAAAGAACCUGUUACAGCACCUAAAAAGGUUGAUGCAGUGUUAGAGAAAGAGAGAGAAAAAGAGGGGAGGGAACCUUUAGCCCUCAAGAAACCACUAAAGGAUGAAGCUGUUAAAGAACCUGUUGCUGCUCAUAAAAAGGCAGAAGCAGUGCUAGUCAAAGAGAUGGAAAAAGCGGAGGAAAGGGAACCUUUAUUUCUCAAGAGACCACAAAAAGAAGCAAUUAAAGAACCUGUUACUGCACCUAUAAGGACUGAAGCAGUGUUAGAUAAAGAGAGGGAAAACGACGAAGAAAGGGAACCUGUAGCUCUCAAGAGACCAGAAAAGGAUGAAAUGCUUAAAGAACCAUUUGUUGCUCCCAAAAAGACAAAAGAAAAAAAUCUACCAGAUGAAAAAGAAACGGGAAAUGUUGCCCUGGAACCUAUUUGUAAAAUUCCAUUAGAAGAAAAACCAGCUGAAGUUGGUAGACCAUCAAUUAAAGUGAAAAGACUUCCAACAGAUGAACAGAAAAAGGAAGAAAUACAGCUGAAGCCAUUUUCAAAAGCACCUACACCUGACGUACCAACACAAAAAAUUCCUUCAGAAUCAGAGGACAAGGAGGCUAUAACAUUUAAAAAACCAGAUAAAGUGGUUAAGGAUAAGCUGGUAAAAGAAGUCAGUGCACAAGUAAAGAAAACUGAAGUAAUUCCAACACACGACAAAGAACUUGAGAAGAUUACGAAGAAAGAAACACCUCCUGCACAAAAAGAGAAACCACUGCCUACAAAGGCUGUUGCUUUGAAGACUGACAAGGUGAGUCCAAAGGAUGAUGAAAAGACAGUCCCAAUGAAGAAGACUGCUCACUUACUCAAGGGACCUGAGGAAGCAAACAAAGAAAUAUUACUGAAACAUGUGGAGGUGUCAAAACCAGGGCUGGAACUGAGAAAGAGUCCUUCACCGAAGGUUGAAAAGCCAGCAACAGUUGAAUUGACUCCUGCAGAGAGGAGGUCCAGUGGAGAUACCUCUAAAAUAUUACCAAAAAAAGUGUCUCCUAGGGACUCCAUUGAUUCAGUUACUCUAAAAGCAAUACCAAAGAAAACAUCACCACCGGAAGAAAAGAUUACUGACAACACUACACUUAAAACUGGCAUAGGAAAGAUACCACAAAGGAAAGAAGUGUCUCCGGAAUCAGUGCAGCUCAGGAAGAUUCCUACCAAAAAGGAAGAGGACGUAUCUAAUGAUGAGUCGGAAAAACAGUUGGAGGAUGAGGAGGAAAGUUUAGGAUGGGAACUUACUCCUCGUGAGAGUUAUGGUUCUUCAGAAGAUUGGGAGGUAACCUCCCAAGCCUCCGAAGAGGGUGCGUUUGAGACUCCGGGAAUGAAGGGUGACAGACGAGAUGGGAAACCGAAAGAAGAACCAGGAAAAGGUAGAGGCUUAAAAGCAAAACAAACACCAUCUCCUGGGGAUGCUGAUAAGAGAAAAGGUUUAAAACCUGGAACCGGAGGUGAAAAGCCACCGGGUGAUGCACCAUUUGGAUUCCAGCUUAAGGCUGUCCCUUUGAAGUUUGUCAAAGAGCUGAAGGACAUUGUGCUACAAGAAGCUGAAUCAAUUGGCUCCUCCGCUGUAUUUGAGUGUCAGGUGUCUCCCUCUACUGCUAUUACUUCAUGGAUGAAGGAUGGAAGCAACUUAAGGGAAAGCCCUAAAUACAAGUUCACUUCAGAUGGCAAGGAUCGUAAGCUUGCCAUUAUUGAUGUCCAGUUGUCAGACACUGGUGAAUAUACUUGUGUUGCUAAGCUGGGAAACAAAGAAAAGACUUCCACAGCCAAGCUCAUCGUUGAAGAACUCCCUGUCAAAUUUACGAAAAACUUAGAAGAGAUGUCAGUUCUCAAAGGACAGCCAAUGUACUUGACCUGUGAGCUGAGCAAAGAGAGGGAUGUAGUCUGGAAGAAAAAUGGUAUACCUCUUGAACAAAUCCCUGGAAAACUGGCAAUUAAUAUCAUUGGACUACAGCAUGCGAUAACCAUCCAGAAUGCAACAGAUGAUGAUGCUGGUAUUUACACAUGUGAAUGUGAAAACAUCAAGACUGAAGCAGAUGUUAAAGUCAUUGAAAUUGUAAGAGAUUGGUUGGUAAAACCACUGAGGGAUCAACAUGUAAAACCCAAGGCCACUGCCACCUUCAAAGGUGAGCUAUUUAAGGAUACUCCAAACUGGAAGUGGUUCAAAGGAGAUGAUGAGAUACCCAAGGAGCCCAGUGAUAAGACUGAAGUUACAAAGGAUGGAAAAAACCUCUUUCUGGUCAUUAAGAAUGCAGCUCCUGAUGAUGUUGGGGAGUAUGCUGUGGAGGUUGAAGGGCAGAGAUAUGCAGCUAAGCUAACUCUAGGAGAGAGAGAAGCUGAAAUAUUGAAGCCUAUCUCCAGUGUGGAAGUCUAUGAAAAAGAAAGUGCUACCUUUGAAACAGAAAUUUCUGAGGAAGAUGUAACUGGAGAAUGGAAACUUAGGGGCCAGGUUUUGACAAGAUCUCCUAAUUGUGAUAUUAAAGUGGAAGGCAAGAAGCGUUUUCUUUCUUUGAAAAAUCUCCAAGUUGACCAGUCUGGUGAAGUGUCUUACCAAGCUUUAAAUGCCUCCACUGCUGCAAUGCUAACAGUAAAAGAAAUCGAAUUGGACUUUACUGUUCCACUGAAGGAUGUUUCUGUACCAGAAAAGAAACAGGCCCAGUUUGAAUGUAAUAUCACAAGGGACAUUCCCAAGGUCAUAUGGAUGAGGGGAUCUGAUAUUAUCACUCCUGGAAAAAAAUAUGAUAUCAUUGAUGAUGGGAAAAAGCACAUACUUGUCAUCAAUGAAUGUGAAUUUGAUGAUGAGGGUGAAUACACUAUUGAAGUCCAGGGCAAAAGAUCAACAGCCAAGCUAACAGUAGAAGGUAUAAGGCUGAGGGUUACUACACCUCUGAAGGACCAAACAGUGAAGGAAGGCAAAACAGCUCGGUUUGAGCUUGAUCUCAGUCAUGAGGAUGUGCCAGUUACAUGGUACAAAAAUGAAAUCAAACUGCACAUGAGCAGAACUGUGCUUACUCAUAUUGAUGGAAAGAAGCACAUAUUAGAAAUCAAAGAGGCCACUCUAGAUGACACCAGCCAAAUCAAAGCAGAGGCUAAAGGAGUAUCCACAACAGCUAAUCUUUUGGUUAUAGAGGCCGAUCCAUACUUCAUAGUUAAAUUGCAAGAUUACACUGCAGUUGAAAAGGAUGAUGUCACAUUAGAUUGCGAACUGAGUAAAGAAGUGCCUGUAAAAUGGUACCAUAACGAGACUGAAGUGAAAGCCUCUAAGAUGGUUUCUAUUAAAGCUGAUGGCAAACGGAGAAUCCUAUCAAUCAAAAGAGUAGAACAUAAGGAUAAAGGAAAUUAUGUAUGUGACUGUGGAACAGAUAAAACAAUGGCAGAAAUUAACAUAGAAGCUCGUGACAUUAAAGUCCUUCGUCCCUUGUAUGGUGUGGAGCUCUUUGAAGGAGAGACAGCUCGUUUUGAAGUGGAAAUUUCUGAGGAUGAUAUUCAUAGCCAGUGGAAAUUGAAGGGAGAAACCCUGACCCAGUCUCCUGAUGUUGAAAUUAUUGAAGAUGGUGCCAAACACAUCUUGACAUUGUACAACUGCAAAAUCCCCCAGUCAGGCGAAGUGUCAUUCCAGGCCGCUAAUGCCAAGUGUGCAGCUAAUCUGAAAGUAAAAGAACUUCCACUUACCUUCAUCACUCCUCUGAGUGAUGUUCAAGUGUUAGAGAAGGACGAAGCAAGGUUUGAGUGUGAAGUGUCCAGGGAUGCUAAAAGCUUCCGUUGGCUAAAAGGAUCCCAGGAGGUGAAAACUGAUGAAAAGUUUGAAAUUCUCCAAGAGGAAAAGAGGCACAUUCUUUUGGUAAAAUCUGCAGCCUAUGAGGAUGAAGCCAAAUACAUGUUUGAAGCAGAAGAUAAGAGAACCACUGCAAAAUUAAUCAUUCAAGGAAUUCGGCUUGAGUUCGUCAAGCCCAUUAAGGAUGUCACGGUGAAAGAACGUGAGACUGCAGAGUUCAGUGUCGAGCUGUCUCAUGAGAAGGUGCCAGUCACUUGGUACAAGAAUGAUGUGCGCCUGCACCCAAGUAAAGUGGUCCAUAUGUCAGAACAUGGAAAAAUUCAUACCCUGGCCUUUAAGGAAGUUUGCAUUGAUGACACUUCCCUAAUUAAAGCAGAAGCACUAGGAAAAUGUUCAGAGGCUAUGCUCACUGUCCUUGAGGGAGAGCCGUACUUUAUCACCAAACUGCAGGACUAUACUGCAGUGGAGAAGGAUGAAGUGGUGCUAAUGUGUGAAGUGAGCAAGCCGGCUGCUACAGUGAAAUGGUUCAAGGAUGGCAAGGAAGUCACUCCAUCCAAAAAUGUGCUAAUGAAAUCUGAUGGCAAGAAGCGUGUACUCAUUGUGAGGAAGGCAGAGAAGGGCAACAUAGGCGAAUAUACUUGUGACUGUGGUUCUGACAAGACUUCUGCUAGACUAAAUAUUGAAGAGCGUGACAUCAAGAUCGUCCGUCCCUUGUACAGCGUGGAGGUUACAGAAACUGAAUCUGCACGCUUUGAAACAGAAAUUUCUGAGGAGGAUGUUCAUGGUCAUUGGAAACUUAAGGGAGAGGCCCUUCAUCAGUCUCCCGACUGUGAGAUUAAGGAAGAAGGCACCAAACAUGUCCUUAUACUGUACAAUGUGCUCAUGAACCAGGCUGGUGGUGUGGACUUCCAAGCUGCUAAUGCUAAAUCCAGUGCUCAGCUCAGAGUUAAGGCUCGGAUGAUUAGCCUGCUCCGACCACUCAAGGAUGUUACAGUUACUGCUGGGGAGACUGCUACUUUUGACUGUGAACUGUCCUAUGAAGGAAUUGAAGUUGAAUGGUUCCUUGGCAACACAAAAUUGGAGUCAAGUGAAAGAGUUGUCACACGAGCUGAAGGAAGAGUUCACACAAUGACUCUUAGAGAUGUAAAGCUGACAGAGGCUGGAGAUGUGAAAUUGACAGCGAAGGACUUUGUCAUCCAGGCUAAACUUACUGUAAAUGAACCACCAGUUGAAUUUACCAAACCUCUGGAAGACCAAACUGUAGAGGAAGAGGCCACUGCCAUUAUGGAGUGUGAAGUCUCCAGGGAAAAAGCAGAGGUCAGAUGGUUCAGAGAAGGACAAGAAAUCCACAAAACAAAGAAGUAUGACAUUGUAACUGAUGGGCGAAAGAGAAAGCUCAUCAUUCAGGGCUGCACACUUGAUGAUUCUAAGACUUACACCUGUGAUGCAAAAGAUUUCAAAACAUCUGCCUUCCUUAAUGUUGAACCUCCACAUGUUGAGUUCACUAAGCCACUCCAUGAUGUUGAGGUGAAAGAGAAGGAAGCAGCCAGGUUUGAAUGUGAAGUUUCUCGGGAAAAUGCAAAGGUGCGAUGGUUUAAAGAUGGCAGUGAAAUAAGAAAAGGCAAGAAGUAUGAGAUCAUUGCCAAGGGUGUCCAGCACAUUCUUAUUGUCAACAAAGCAGUCUUUGAUGAUGAGGCUGAAUAUGAAUGUGAUGCUAAGACCUCUAAAACUUCUGGAAUGCUUACUGUCAUUGAGGAAGAAGCUGUGUUUACAAAGAAUCUGUCUAAUGUAGAGGGCACUGAAACUGACAGCAUUAAGAUGGUUUGCGAGGUUUCAAAGCCCAAUGCAGAAGUCACAUGGUACAAAGGUGAACAGGAGCUCCCUGAGGGAGGCAGAUAUGAACAGAUCGUAGACGGCAGAAAGAGGAUACUUAUUAUUCGAGACCUGCGUAUGGACGACACCGGAGAGUAUAACUGCCGCCUACCUAGCUCACGAACCUCAGCAACACUGAGGAUUAAUGAACUGGCUGCAGAGUUUAUUUCCAGGCCUAAGAGCCAAGAAGUGGUUGAAGGUGAAAAGGCGGAGUUUGUCUGUUCAGUUUCCAAAGACACAUACGAGGUUAAAUGGCUUAAGGGUGACAAGGAGCUUGAGGCUGGAGAAAAAUAUGACAUUGUUUGUGAUGGGAAGAGAAGGGCACUUAUCAUUAAGGACUGCCUGCUACAGGAUGAGGGACCAUACGUUGCUCUUAUUGGCACUACAAGGGCUACUGCAGACCUGUUUGUCACUGAAAAACUUAGGAUUAUAAUACCUAUCAAAGAUACUGAAGCAAAGGAAGGUCAAGAAAUAGUUUUCAACUGUGAGGCCAAUACAGAGACUGCGAAAGCAAAGUGGCUGAAAAACAGUGAAACAAUUUUUGAAAGUGGAAAAUUUGCCAUGUCUCAGAAGGACAAUGUGUUUUCUCUGAGAAUCAGAGAUGCUCAGAAAUCCGAUGAAGCUAAUUAUACAAUAACAUUAACAAAUCAGCGUGGUGAACAUGCUCAGAGUUCUGCCCAACUCACUGUACAAGAGGAGGAUCUAAGGAUCAUUGAGCCCCUUGAGGACUGUGAGACUCAAGAAAAGAGGACAGUUACCUUCUCUUGCAAAGUGAAUAAAUCAAAUGUAACAGUACAAUGGAUGAAGGCAGGUCAAGGGAUCACCUUCAACAAACGCAUCUUGUACAAAGUGGAUAAACAGAAACACUCUUUGAUUAUUAAGGAGUGUAGCUUGGCUGAUGAAGCUGAAUACUCCGUUAUUGCUGGUGCUGACAAGUCCACAGCUGAGCUGAUUAUUAGUGAGGCACCGACUGACUUCCUAACACAGCUCAUGGACCAGACUAUCACUGAGUUUGAGGAUGCUGAAUUCUCCUGUGAGCUUUCCAAGGAGAAAGCUGAAGUCAAAUGGUACAGGAAUGGCCGUGAGAUCAGAGAGGGACCCAGAUACUGCUUUGAGAAAGAAGGCAAGACCUGCAGACUGCUUGUCAGGGAGUGUAGACCGGAUGACGAGUGUGAAUAUGCCUGUGGUGUUGAUGAUAGACGUUCAAGAGCCAGGCUUUUUGUUGAAGAGACUCCUGUUGAAAUAAUAAGACCACCGAUGGAUAGCUUUGAGCCCCCUGGUUCAGAUGUUAUAUUUGAAGCUGAGCUCAACAAGGACAGAGUAGAAGUGAAAUGGUUAAGAAACAACAUGACAAUUGUUCAGGGCGACAAGUAUCAGAUGAUGAGUGAAGGCAAGGUUCACAGACUUCAAGUCUGUGAGACCAGACCUCGUGAUCAGGGUGAAUAUAGAAUCAUUGCAAAGGAUAAGGAUGCCAAAGCCAAGCUGGAACUAGCAGCUGUUCCAAAAUUCAAGACUACAGAUCAAAGCCUUGUGACUGAUGCUGGAAAGCCCUUCACUAUGUCCGUUCCCUAUGAUGCCUAUCCUGACGUUGAAGCUGAGUGGUUUUACGAAGAUGUCAGUCUUCCCAGCAAAAACAUUGACACUUCUACUGACAGAACAGAAUACAGGCUGAAGGACCCCAAAAAGUCUGACCAAGGCAGAUACAAGAUUGUUAUUCAGAACAAACAUGGAAAGGCAGAGGCUUUCAUUAAUUUGGAGGUUAUUGAUGUCCCUGGACCUGUAAAAAAUCUUAGCGUUGUGGACACUGCUGAUGGUGAGGUUAGCCUUGUCUGGGAUGAACCAGAAAGUGAUGGUGGGAGCAAGAUCAUUGCCUACGUAGUAGAGAGACGUGAUAUUAAACGCAAAACCUGGACUAUGGCAACUGACAGUGCAGAGGGACCAGAGUUCUGUGUGACAGGAUUGCACAAGGACUCCAUGUACCUUUUCCGUGUCUGUGCACGCAAUAGAGUGGGAAGUGGACCAAAUGUAGAAACGGAGGACCCUGUUCAAGCUAAGAACAAGUUUGAUGUUCCUGAGGCACCACAGAAUGUUGUGGUUGGAAACGUGAAUAAGUUUGGUGCCACUCUCUCCUGGGAGCCUCCUUUGUAUGAUGGAGGGUCAGAAAUUACAGCAUAUAUUAUUGAACUUCGUGAUAGAACAUCUGUUAGAUGGGAAGCAGCUUUGGUGACCAAGCCAGAAGACUUGACAGCUGUCCUCAAUGAUGUUGUGGAGAAUAAGGAAUAUAUCUUCCGUGUAAGAGCUGAAAACAAAGCUGGAAUUGGAAAGCCAAGCUUUGCUACUGACCCAGUGAAGAUCAUGGAUCCCAUUGAGAGACCAAGUCCCCCACUGAACUUCAUUUAUGCUGACCAGACAAGGGAUUCCAUUCAACUGACAUGGGAGACACCUUUAAGUAAUGGAGGCAGCACAAUCACUGGCUAUAUUAUUGAAAAGUGUGAGGAUGGGACAGACAAGUGGCUCAGAUGCAAUGCCAGGCUUUGCCAGGACCUUAGUUACAAGCUGACUGGCCUGAAACAUGGACAGAAGUACCAUUACAGAGUGUCAGCUGAAAAUGCAGCAGGUGUUUCUGACCCAGCUGACCAGAUUGGACCUCUCGUGGCCGAUGAUCCACAUGUUGCCCCUACUAUGGAUCUAAGUGCUUUUAAGGAUGGUUUAGAGGUAAUCGUCCCUCAUCCUCUCAGUAUCCGUAUCCCAAUUACUGGAUACCCCUUGCCCACUCCCCACUGGAGUGUGGGAGACAAGGAGUUGGCUGCAGGAGACAGAGUGUCCAUGGUCACCAAAAGCACAUUUACGGAACUCAUCAUCACUCCCAGUGUCCGCCCAGAUAAGGGCAUCUACACUAUACAUCUUGAAAAUGAUGCGGCCACUAUCUCUGGAGAGAUUGACGUGAAUGUCAUUGCAUCCCCAAGUGCACCCAGAGACUUCAAAGUUGCUGAAGUGACCAGGCGUCAUGUACAUUUGAUGUGGGAGGCACCAGAGCAUGAUGGAGGAAGUCCACUAACUGGCUACCAGGUUGAAAAACGUGAAGCAUCACGCAAAACAUGGGUGAAGAUUAUCAGUGGUAUACAGGAUCAGGAAUACACCAUUACUGAUGUUAUUGAAGGCAAAGAGUAUCUGUUUAGAGUUACUGCCUGUAAUAAGUGUGGUCCAGGAGAGCCUGCAUACAUCGAGGAACCAGUUAAUGUCUCCUCCCCAGCUACUGUUCCUGACCCACCUGAGAACCUGAAAUGGAGAGAUAAGUCUGCAAAUGGAAUCUUCUUAUCUUGGGAGCCUCCUAAAUAUGAUGGUGGCUCUGUAAUUAAAGGCUACAUUGUUGAUAAGUGCCAGCGUGGCACUGACAAGUGGGAACCAUGUGGUGAUCCCAUACCUGAGCUAAAAUUCCAAGUUACUGGCCUCACUGAAGGACAAUGGUAUGCUUACCGUGUCAGAGCUCUGAACAGACUCGGUGCUAGUCAACCGUGCAGGGCAACAGAUGAAAUCUUGGCUGUUGAUCCAAAAGAGCCCCCCGAGAUCAUGCUAGAUGUAAAGCUGCUUGCUGGCUUGACGGCCAAGGCUGGAACUAAGAUUGAGCUACCUGCUGGUGUGCUUGGCAAACCAGAACCCAAAGUCACCUGGACCAAGGCUGAUGUUGUUCUGAAGCCAGAUGAUAGAGUUUCAAUUGACACUAAACCUGGCCAUUCCACAGUGUCUGUUGCCAAAACUACAAGAGACGACACAGCUACCUACAUUAUCGAGGCAGUUAAUAGCAGUGGUCGUGCUACCGCAACUGUUGAUGUUAACAUACUUGAUAAACCAGGCCCUCCAGCUGCUUUUGAUAUCUCUGACAUCACCAAUGAAUCCUGUUUCCUCGCCUGGAAUCCUCCUCGAGAUGAUGGUGGCUCAAAAGUUACUAAUUAUAUAGUUGAGAGACGAGCCACAGACAGUCAGGUCUGGCACAAACUCUCCUCUACAAUUAAGCAGACCACAUUCAAAGCCUGCAAUCUGGUGGCCCUUAAAGAAUAUGUCUUCAGGGUUUUUGCUGAGAACCAAUAUGGAAUUGGUCCCCCUGCGGAACAUGUUCCCGUUGUUGCCAAGUACUCUUUUGACCCACCUGGUGCUCCAACAAAACUCCAGCCCUCUGAUGUUGCCAAGGAUGCCUUAACGCUUACAUGGAAUGAACCUGAUGAAGAUGGUGGCAGCCCUAUUACUGGAUACUGGAUUGAGAGAUUAGAUCCAGACAAUGACAAGUGGAUAAGGUGUAACAAGCUGCCAAUUAGAGAUACCACAUUUAGAGCAAAAGGGCUGCCAACAAAGAAGAAGUCCAAGUUCCGUGUUGUGGCUGAAAAUCUUGCUGGACUUGGAAAACCAAGCCAGGAAACUGAUCCAGUUUUGGUUAAAGAUCCAAUUGAUCCUCCAUGGCCACCUGGAAAACCUACAGUUAAAGAUGUUGCUAAAACCUCAGCUUUCCUGCAAUGGACUAAGCCUGAGCAUGAUGGUGGAGCUAAGAUAGAAUCUUACACCAUUGAACUGCUUAAGAGUGGAACUGUUGACUGGGUCCGUGUGGCUGAGGGUGUGACCAUGCUUGAGCAGUUCCUUAAGGGUCUGAUGGAGAAGCAAGAGUACUCCUUCAGGGUCAGAGCUGUUAAUAUCGCUGGUGAAAGUGAACCCAGUGAUCCCAGUGAUCCAGUGCUCUGCAAGGAGAGACUGAAUCCUCCUUCACCUCCACGCUGGCUGAAUGUGGUUAAUGUUUGCAAGAACUGUGCUGACCUUAAGUGGACAGCACCAGAGCGAGACGGUGGCUCACCCAUAACAAACUACAUUGUGGAGAAGAGAGACGUGAGGCGCAAGGGCUGGCAGGCAGUUGACACCACUGUAAAAGAAACUAAAUACAGUGUAACUCCACUGAAUGAAGGCUCGCUGUAUGUUUUCCGUGUGGCAGCAGAGAAUGCUGUUGGCCAGAGUGAUUUCUGUGAACUUGAGGACUCUGUCCUAGCCAAGGAUACUUUCACUGCUCCUGGACCACCUUAUGCUUUAACUGUUAUGGAAGUCACAAAGACACAUGUUGAUCUGAAAUGGGAAGCUCCAAAGAAUGAUGGUGGAAGACCAAUUACAAGAUAUGUCAUAGAAAAGAAGGAAAAGCUUGGAACUCGUUGGGUGAGUUCAGGGAAGACAUCAGGACCCGAUUGCCAAUACAGAGUCACAGAUGUCAUUGAAGGAACUGAUGUUCAGUUCCAAGUCUGUGCUGAAAAUGAAGCUGGAGUUGGGCACCCAAGUGAACCAACAGAUAUCAUUACAGUUGAAGAUCCAACUGGUCCACCGUCUCCUCCCCUGGAACUGCACGUCACUGAUGCCAACAGAAACUACAUCUCUAUUGCUUGGAAACCACCAGAGAAGAAUGGUGGCAGUCCCAUUUUGGGCUAUCAUAUUGAGCAGUGUGAAGCAGGAACGGAGAAGUGGAUGAGAGUCAAUUCACGUCCUGUCAAAGAGCUAAAAUAUAAAGCAGAAGAAAGUAUCAUUCCAGAAAAAGAAUAUAUCUUGAGAGUGCGUGCAGUUAAUUCUGUUGGAGUCAGUGAACCUUCAGACAUAUCGGAGAAUGUCUUUGCUAAGGAUUCUGACUGUAACCCUACUUUGGAGAUCCAAACUCAGAAUGUUGUAGUGGUGGAAGGAGAAAAACUGACACUCCCCAUCCCAUACAGAGCUGUACCACAACCUAAGGUUUCGUGGCACAAAGAUGGAAAGGAGUUAAAGGCUGAUGAAAGACGUAUCUUUACUUCUGAAUACACUGCUGCUCACUUAGAAAUUACAGAAUGUUUGCAUGCUGAUGCUGGUGUGUACACUAUUACCCUAGAGAACAAACUUGGUUCAACUACAGGAACAAUCAUCGUUAAAGUUAUUGGUCUUCCUGGACCAUGCAAGGAUAUUGUUGCCAGUGAUGUCACAAAGAAUUCCUGCAAAGUCUCAUGGGAGCCUCCCGACAGUGAUGGCGGCAGUCCUAUUCUACACUAUGUUCUGCAGCGAAGAGAGGCUGGCAGGCGCACAUAUGUUGCUGUUAUGUCAGGAGAGAACAAGUUGAGCUGGCCUGUUAAAGAUCUUAUUCCUAAUGGAGAGUACUACUUCCGUGUUAAAGCUGUUAACAAGAUUGGUGGUGGGGAAUUUAUUGAGAUCCGCAACCCUGUGAUUGCAGAGGAUCAAAAGCAACGGCCGGAUCCACCUGUUGAUGUUGAAACCCACAAUCCUAGUUCUGAGUCUAUAACUCUUACAUGGAAGCCUCCAAUGUAUGAUGGUGGCUGUAAAAUCAUGGGCUACAUUCUAGAGAAGACAAUAAAGGGGUCUGAGAAGUUUGAGAGAUGCAAUGACUUCCUUGUGCCUGUAUUGUCCUACACUGUUAAGAACCUGAAAGAGGGCAAGGAAUACCAGUUCCGUGUUCGGGCUGAAAAUGCCGCUGGUGUUAGUGAUCCUUCUCGCAACACUCCACUGGUCAAGGCUGCUGAAUCUACUGAACGACCUAAGGUCUUCCUGAGUGGAAGCUUACAGUCUGGUCUAACAGUCAAGAAAGGUGGGCAAAUAACAUUGGAUGCCUACAUAUCUGGAUCUCCAUACCCAACUAUAUCAUGGUACUGGAAUAAUGGAUAUAUUGAACCAGUGGCAAUGAAAAAACGGCCUGAGAAAGCAAAAAAGAAAAAAGAUACUGAUGUCUCUGCUGAACCAGAGGAACCUUCUUACCCUUCCCUGCCUGAACGCCUUUCAAUCGACAUGAGCAGGAAGGGCGAGUCCUCUGCAGUUGUACAUGAUUGUGUCAGAAGUGACCAUGGGAAGUAUAUGAUCAAGGUAGAGAAUGAUCAUGGAGUUGCUUCUGCAUCCUGUGAAGUUAAUGUGCUUGAUGUACCUGGACCUCCAGUUAACUUUGUUUUUGAGGAAAUCAGGAACACAUCAGUCCUCUGCAAGUGGGAUCCACCUGUAGAUGAUGGUGGUAGUGAAAUCCUGAACUAUAUCUUAGAGAAAAAAGAUAACUCCAAAGCUGAAAUUGGAUGGGUUACUGUGACUUCAACUCUAAGAGUCUGUAAAUACCAAGUGACCAAACUGAUUGAAGGAAAGCAGUAUAUCUUCCGGGUCACAGCUGAAAACAAGUUUGGGCCUGGAGCACCAUGUGUGACAGCUCCUCUGGUUGCUAAAAAUCCAUUUGAUCCACCUGAAGCCCCUGACAAGCCUGAAAUUGAAGACAUCACUGCCAACAGCAUGCUUGUUACCUGGAAAGAGCCAAAAGACAACGGUAGCCCUAUUGUGGGUUACUGGGUCGAGAAACGUGAAAUUAACAGCAAACACUGGGCUAGAGUUAACCGAAAUCUGAUCAACACACUUGAACUGAACGCUGAAGGUCUGAUUGAAGGCAUGACAUAUAUCUUCAGAGUCUGUGCCGAGAAUGCAGCUGGACCUGGGAAGUUUAGCAUUCCAUCUGAUCCCAAAACUGCACAAGAACCUAUAUUGCCACCUGGUCCACCAAUUCCAAGGAUAGCUGAUACUUCUUGCUGUUCCAUUGAAGUGGCUUGGGAUCCUCCCAAGUACAAUGGUGGUGGAGACAUCCUUGGGUACCAUGUUGACAAGGUCCUAGCAGGAUCAAAUGAUUGGUCGCGUAACACGGAGAGACCAUGUAAAAGCCAAGAAUUUUCAGUAUAUGGAGUUAGAGAGGGUGCAAAAUACAUUGUUCGUGUCAUAGCUGUCAAUGCUGCAGGUGAAGGCCCCCCUGGCAUGACUGAACCUGCUAUAGUGAAAGAUCCACAAGAACCUCCAGUUGUCGAGCUUGACUUGUCUUUGAAGAAUAAUGUCCUCAUUAGAGCUGGGACAACAUUGAGGCUGCCUGCACAUAUAACUGGCAGACCUCCACCAUAUGUGAAAUGGACAAAGGAUGAUGGUACACCUAAUAAAGACCGUGUUUCAAUUGAAAGUGAAGGCAAGGAAAGUGUACUUAUAAUCAAUAAUAUCACGAGGAAGGAUGAAGGCAAGUACCAGGUUAUUGCCGCAAACAGCAGUGGAACCAAAUCAGCAUGGACCAGAGUGGAAGUCUAUGAUGUUCCUGGCCCUGUGCUUGAAUUGAAGCCUGUUGUUAUUACAAGAAAAUUGGUGAUACUAAAUUGGUCCGAUCCUGAGGAUGAUGGUGGAAGCGAUCUCACUGGAUUCGUUACGGAAAGACUGGAUAAAAAAUCGCAAACAUGGAGACAGCCCAUAGACACUUUUGCAUCUAAAUGUGAAAUCGGGGGUAUCCUUGCAGGAGAAGAAUACACAUUCCGUGUAAUGGCAAAGAACAAACACGGCUGUGGCCCUCCUGUGGAACUAGAGCCUAUUCUUGCAGUUGAUCCAAAAGGUCCACCAACUUCUCCAGAGCGAUUCAUGUACAUUGAAAGGACCAAGUCAUCCAUUACUCUGAAUUGGAAGCCACCCCGUAAUGAUGGAGGCUGUCCAAUUCUUGGCUACUAUAUUGAAAAGAAAAGGCAUGAUGAGCCUGCAUUUACACCAGCAAAUAAAGAACCCUGCAAGGAUCUCACUUUUACAGUAGAAAACCUCUUUGAGUUCCACCCAUAUGAAUUUCGCGUGAAGGCAUUUAAUGAAAUUGGUGAAAGUGACCCUUCACUACCAUUGACUGCAGUAAUUCAAGAUGAUGAAGUUCCACCAGUUGUGACAUUGCUAAAGCGCUUCGUAGCAGAUGAAAUCAUUGUGAAGAGGGGAGAGCUCAUAGAAAUUCCAGCUGAGGUGACCGGUCUCCCAUUACCAAAGAUUGAAUGGUCAAAGGAUGAAGUUGUUAUUCCAAAACCAACUAAAACACUUUUAAUGGAAUCUGAGACAGUUAACAGAAUGAAAGCAAAUGCCAAGCUUCGCAUCCUCGAAACUGUAAGACAAGAUAAAGGCUACUACACAAUAACAGCUACAAAUGCUCUUGGAUCUGCUCAUCACACAGUCAGAGUUGAUGUACUAGACCGCCCAACACCACCUCGCAAUGUUGUGAUUUCUAACAUCAAAGCCGAAUCUUGCUAUCUUAACUGGGAUGCACCAGAAGAUGAUGGAGGCACUGAGAUUACGAACUAUAUUGUUGAAAGGAAAGAUAAAAGCAAAGAGACACCAGAGUGGGAAGCAGUGAAUAAUUGUGUAAUCGACAGGAAAAUUGGGGUGUGGGAUCUGGAAACUGAUGGCACCUAUCAGUUCAGGGUCAAAGCUCAGAGCAAGUAUGGUAUCAGUGAUGCUUGUGAAUCAGAAGAAGUUGUCACUAAGGAUCCUUUCAGACUCCCUGGUCCACCAGAGAAACCUCAAGUUGCCCAGCACACAAAAUCCUCCAUGCUGGUUACUUGGGAACCUCCCUUAGAUAAUGGAGGAUCCACUAUUACAGGCUACUGGCUUGAAAAGAAAGAGAAACGAGGAGCAUACUGGGCUCGAGUAAAUAGAGCCCCUAUCUCAAAACGUGGUUUGAAAGGCUGGGAAUUCAGUGUUCCUCGUCUUAUUGAGGGUGUUGAGUAUCAGUUCCGUGUAAUGGCCUGCAAUGCUGGUGGAACUGGACCACCAAGUGAACCAUCUGACCCAGCAUUAGCUGUUGAUCCACUGUAUCCUCCUGAUAUGCCUUCAACCCCUGAGGUUGCAGAUAAAACCAAGAAUAGUGUCACUCUUACCUGGACACCCCCAGAAAAAGAUGGUGGCAGUCCUAUCAAAGGCUAUAUCAUUGAAAAACAGGAUGAGGGUACAUCAGAAUGGACACGAGUAAAUGGGCCAGAUGCAUUGCAUCCAACCACUGAAUUCACUGUGCCAAAUCUGCCUGAGCUGAAGAGGUACAGAUUCAGAAUCAUUGCUGUCAAUGACAUUGGUGAAUCUGAGCCUAGCCCCAGAACCACAGAAGUUCUGAUCAAGGAGCUUCAAGAGGAGCCAACUAUCUUUGUUGAUGUCAAUGCGCUUGAAUUAAUGUCCUGUCGGGCUGGCUCCAUUAUCAAAAUUCCUGCAACAUUCAACGGGCGUCCUACUCCAAAGGUUUCAUGGGAGUUUGAAGGGGGUGCAAAGACAGAAACGAAAGAUCGGCUUCAUGUUCUUCCUGUGGAUUCAGAGGUUCAAUCCAGUGAGACAUCUUCAACCAUUACAAUAUAUGACUGCAAAAGAAAUCAUUCAGGCAGAUACACCAUUACAGCCAAAAACAAAGCUGGACAGAAACUUGUUAAUGUCAGAGUGAAUGUGCUUGAUGUACCGGGAGCACCAAAAGAACUCAAAAUCACAGACAUCACAAGAAGCACAUGUAGGAUUACAUGGAAACUUCCUGAUAAUGAUGGUGGUGAGCGAAUCAAGAGUUAUUUCAUUGAAAAGAAAGCUGUUGGAACCAGUGCUUGGACUAAAGUCAACCCAGCUUGUGCAAGUCAGGCCUUUGUCAUCCCUGACCUUCUUGAGGGACAGGAAUACCUGUUCCGUGUCAGAGCAGAAAAUCGCAUUGGCAUGGGACCACAUACUGAGACCACAGAACCUGUAAAGGCCAGAGAUCCAAUUUAUCCUCCUGAUCCUCCCACAAAGCUUAAGAUUGACUUUGUGACUAAGAACACUGUAACACUUACAUGGGCGCCACCCAAGAAUAAUGGUGGUGCUCCAGUGAAACACUACAUAAUUGAGCGUCUCAGCUGGGACACCAGUGGAACAGAAAAGGAGACUUGGAAACAAUGCAAUAAGCGUGACGUUGAAGAGACCAUGUUCCAGGUUGAAGACCUCAAUGAAGGCGGAGAGUAUGAGUUCCGAGUCAAGGCUGUUAAUGAGGCUGGUGCAGGCAGACCUUCUGCUACUGUUGGACCACUUGUUGUGAAAGACCAGACAUGUGCUCCUACAAUUGAACUCAAAGAGAUGUUGGAAGGGGAAGAGGGAUCUGAUAUCUAUGUUGUUGCUAAGAUUAAGGGUUGUCCAUUCCCUACACUGACCUGGCAGAAAGCUCCAAUUGAUAAAGUAGAAGACAAGACAGAUGUUCAUUAUGAUCAGCAUGUCAAUAAGCUUGUGUCUGAUGAUCGUUGCACAUUGCUGAUAAAACAAUGCAAAAGAGAUGAUACUGCUCUAUACACAAUUGCAGCCUGCAACACUGCGGGCAAGGCUUCCAAGGAUAUAAAGCUCAAUAUCUUAGGGCGGCCUGGGCCUCCUAUUGGACCCAUUAAGUUUGAGGAAGUAUUUGCCGAAAGGAUUACUUUAUCCUGGAAUCCCCCAAAGGAUGAUGGUGGAUCAAAAAUUACUAACUAUGUUAUUGAGAAACGUGAAGACAACCGGAAGUCCUGGGUACAUGUUUCCAGUGAUCCCAAAGAAUGCCUGUACACAGUUCAGAGACUAACAGAAGGCCAUGAAUAUGAAUUCCGUAUCAUGGCUCAGAAUAAAUAUGGAGUUGGGCCACCUCUAAACAGUGAACCUGAGAAAGCCAGAAAUCUUUUCACUGUUCCUGGUCAAUGCGAGAAGCCAACUGUUACAGAGGUGACAGCUGACUCUAUGAUAGUCAAUUGGGAAGAGCCAGAAUAUGAUGGCGGGUCUAUGGUCACUGGAUAUUGGUUGGAACGCAAAGAAACAACGUCUAAACGUUGGACCAGAGUGAACCGUGACCCAAUCAGAAUCAUGCCCCUUGGUGUUUCACACACUGUAACUGGUCUAAUUGAAGGAUCUGUUUACCAGUUCAGAGUGAUUGCUAUUAAUGCUGCAGGAUGUGGACUUCCAAGUGUGCCAUCUGAUCCAGUCUGUGCCCGAGACCCCAUUGCACCACCUGGACCUCCUACUCCAAAAGUAACUGACUGGACAAAAUCAACAGUUGAUGUGGAAUGGAUUCCACCACUCAAUGAUGGUGGAUCAAAGAUUACUGGAUACUUUGUUGAGUACAAAGAGGAGGGCAAAGAAGAAUGGGAAAAGGCUAAGGAUAAGGAAAUAAGAGGCACUAAAUUUGUGGUGUCUGGACUGAAAGAGCUUGGGCUUUACCGAUUUAGGGUUAGAGCAGUGAAUGCUGCAGGUGUUGGUGAGCCUGGUGAUGUUUCAGAAGUGAUUGAAGUCAAGGACAGGACAAUUGCCCCCGAGGUAGACCUGGAUGCCACAGUGAAGGAGAGGAUUGUUGUUCAUGCUGGUGGUGUCAUACGCAUCACAGCAUAUGUGUCAGGCAAACCAGCUCCACAGAUCACCUGGAACAGGGAUGAUAGUGGUUUACCAGAGGGAGCUGUUGUUGAAACUACAGCUAUUAGUUCAGCUUUGGUAAUUAAAAACUGUAUGCGGAAGCACCAGGGAAUUUAUACCUUAAGCGCUAAGAAUGAAGGAGGCGAAAGACGGAAGGCUGUUAUUGUAGAAGUGCUAGAUGUUCCUGGCCCAGUUGGUGCACCAUUCACAGGUGAAAAUCUUACAAAUGACUCCUGCAAGUUAACAUGGUUCUCACCUGAAGAUGAUGGUGGGUCAGCUAUCACCAAUUACAUCAUUGAGAAACGUGAAGCUGAUCGCAGAGGCUGGACUGCUGUGUCUUACACUGUAACAAGACAUAAUGCUGUUGUGCAAGGUCUUCAUGAUGGAAAGGCCUAUUUCUUCAGAAUUGCUGCUGAAAAUAUUAUUGGAUUGGGUCCAUUCAUUGAGACAACUAAAGAAGUACUGAUAAGGGAUCCUAUUUCUGUACCUGAGCGACCAGAAGAUCUGGAAGUCACAGCCAUCAAGAAGGAUUCAAUCAGUGUGGCUUGGAGACCACCUAAAUAUGAUGGAGGCUCUGAGGUUACAAUGUAUGUACUUGAGGCCCGUGAGAUGGGAAAAGAUCAAUUCACUCGUCUUACAACUGACAAGCUGAUGGAUAGAAAAUACACCUAUGAGGGCCUCAAAGACGGUACCAGCUAUGAAUUCCGGGUCAGUGCCGUGAAUGAAAUCGGGCAAGGCAAGCCUUCAUUCUGUACUAAACCAGUAACUUGCAAGGAUGCGCUUGAACCUCCAAAAGUUGAUCUGGAUUUCUGCGAUAAGCUUAUUGUUCGGGUCGGUGAGACUUGUACCCUCCAAGGUCGCUAUACAGGAAAGCCAUCUCCAACCAUUGAAUGGUCCAAAAAUGAAGAAGAACUAAAAGAAGAUGACCAUAUCCAGUUCAAAAAUACUACUACAAGACUGUGCCUGAGUAUAACCAAUGCUAAGCGUGAACAUAGUGGCAAAUUCUCUGUAAUAGUGAAAAAUAGCAGUGGUUCCUGCAAAGGAUUUUGCAACGUGAUUGUUGUUGACCGUCCACAGCCACCAGUGGGUCCAGUUCUUUUUGAUGAAGUUUACAGGAAUCAUAUGGUCAUUUCCUGGAACCCCCCUCUGGAUGAUGGUGGAUCUGCUGUUUCUAACUACAUUGUUGAGAAGAGAGACACAAAUAGGGAUCUCUGGAUGCCUGUGACAUCAUCAUGUACAAGGACAACUUGUACUGUUCCAAAACUAAUCGAGGGAAGAGACUACAUCAUACGAAUUUGUGCCCAGAAUAUAUAUGGCAUUAGUGAUCCACUUAUUUCUAAGGAUAUGAAAGCCAAAGAUAUAUUCAGAGUUCCUGAGGCUCCAAAGCAACCUGUUGUGAAGGAAGUAUACAAAGAUUCUGCACUUGUGGCCUGGGAACAACCUCGUGAUGGUGGAAAGCCUAUCACUAACUAUAUUUUGGAGAAGAAGGAAACUAUGACAAGCAGAUGGACACGUGCAGUAAAAGAACGUAUAUACCCAGAACCUGAAUUCUGGGUACCAGAUCUUCUUCAGGGAUGUGAAUAUGAGUUCCGUGUGAUGGCAGAGAAUGAAGUUGGUGUGAGUGACCCUAGUCCUCCGUCCAAACCUGUUUUUGCCAAAGACCCAGUUGUGGUACCUGGCCCUCCAGAGGAACUAGAAGCGGCCGAUAAAACUAAGGAUUCCGUAACAUUGACCUGGCAGCGUCCUCGGUUUGACGGCAGGGGAAAAAUAUUUGGAUAUCUUGUAGAGUACCAGAAGGCUGGUCAGGAGGACUGGAUAAAGGUUAAUCAGACUCCUGAUUCAUGCCAAGAGACAAAGUUUAAGAUUGUUGGUCUUUCAGAUGGUGAGCUGUACAGAUUCAGGGUCAUGGCAGUGAAUGCAGCUGGUGUUUCUGAACCGGCUGACAUCCCUGAACCAGUGAGAGCACAGGACAGACUUGAGCCACCUGAUCUCUUGAUUGAUGUUGGUAUGCCUCGUGAAAUUCGUGCCUUGGCUGGAACUCAUGUCACCAUUCGUGUUGGAAUAAAGGGAAUACCAUUCCCCAAAGUCACAUGGAAAAAGAAUGAAGCCGAUGUGCCUACAAGAGCUGAUAUUAAAGUAACUGGUGUUGGAAGUAAACUGGAAAUGCGCUAUUGCCUGCGUUCUGACUCUGCUGAUUACACAAUAACUGUGGAAAAUCCAGCUGGGUCAAAAACAGCCACAUGCAAAGUUCUUGUAUUAGAUAAACCUGAUCCUCCUCAGAAUCUGAAAGUGUCUGAGGUUAGAAGUGAUUCAGCAUAUCUUUCCUGGAAGGACCCAGAAGAUAACGGAGGAGCUCGUAUUUCCAACUUUGUAGUUGAGAAGAAAGACAUUGCAUCUGCACAGUGGGUGCCUGUGUGCUCUUCAUCUAAAAAACGCAGUAUUACAAUUAAACAUUUAAUGGAGGGCACUCAAUAUAUGUUCCGUGUUGCUGCUGAAAAUCAGUUUGGCAGAAGUGAAUAUGUUCAAACUACAAAACCCAUUAAAGCUAUGGAUCCUCUAUUCCCUCCUGGUCCUCCAAAGAAUUUGCAUCAUGUGGAUGUUGAUAAAACUGAAGUUUGGCUUCAGUGGAACUGGCCAGAUCGCACAGGUGGUAGUGAUAUUACUGGUUUCUUAGUUGAGUACCAAGAGGAGGGAGAAAAAGACUGGAUUACUUUCAAAACUGUUAGCAUUCCUGAAUGCCAUGUUACUGGACUUGAGGAGGGAAAAACCUACAGAUUCCGAGUGAAAUCAGAGAAUGCAGUAGGUUUGAGCCGCCCUGACACCACAGUACCAGUCCUUUGUCAAGAGAAACUUGUGCCACCUAUCGUUGAGGUUGACGUGAAGUUAAUUGAAGGUAUAAUUGUAAAAGCUGGAAGCACAAUCAGACUGCCUGCAAUAAUGAGAGGAAUGCCAAUCCCCACUGCUAAGUGGGUCAUCGAUGGCACUGAAAUCAAAACUGAACGCAAUGUGAAAGUUGACACUGAUCACUACUCAACUAUACUAACCAUUAAUGAGUGCACAAGAAAUGACACAGGAGUUUAUCUUCUUACAGUGUCAAAUGCUGCUGGAAGCAAAACUGUUGCUUUGCAUGUAACAGUACUUGAUGUCCCAGCUCCACCCAUUGGCCCAGUCAAAAUACUUGAAGUUACUCCAGAGCACAUGGUCAUUGAGUGGCGCCCCCCAAAAGAUGAUGGUGGAAGUCCAGUUAUGAAUUACAUUGUUGAAAAAAGAGAAUCUAACAAAGAGACAUGGGGAGGAGUCAGUUCUGGCAGCACCAGUACAAAAGUUAAAAUCCCACGUUUACAGAAGGGCUGUGAAUACGUUAUGCGCAUUCGUGCAGAAAACAAGAUCGGCAUUGGUGCACCACUUGAAAGUGCACCAACUGUUGCCCAACAUAGCUUUGAGCCUCCUGGUCAUCCAGGAAAACCAAACACAUCGGAUGUCACAGAGAAUGCUGUAACUGUGAGCUGGACCAUGCCACUAUUUGAUGGCGGUAGUCCAAUUAGUGGGUAUAUAAUUGAACGUAGGCACAAGGCAGGAAAAUGGAUUCGUGUGAACAAGACUCCAACUCAAGAUCUCAGAUAUAGAGUACUUGGACUUUUUGAAGGGAACAGUUAUGAAUUUAGAGUUUUUGCUGAAAACAUAGCUGGCUUCAGUGGACCUUCUCCAGUGUCAGACCCUGUUAAGCCAUCUCGUCCAAUCACAGUACCUGGUCCUCCAGUAAACCCUAAACUGAAGGAUUGGAGCAAAUCCUAUGCUGACUUAGUUUGGACUAAGCCUACAAGAGAUGGAGGUAGCCCAGUCUUAGGAUAUAUUGUUGAAUGUCAAACGUCAGGUAGCACUGAAUGGACCCGAAUAAAUAUGGAUGAUCUUAUUAAGCAGUGUGCAUUUAGAGUACCAGGACUAACUGAAGGCACUGAGUAUAGAUUCCGAGUUAGAGCGUCAAAUAUGAUUGGUGAUGGAGAACCCAGAGAACUCCCUGAAUCAGUUGUGGCUCAGGAUAUUCUUCUUCCACCAGAGAUUGAUGUUACUUCCCAUGACCGAGUAACUGUAAGGGUUGGACACAAUAUUAAUCUUAUGGCUUAUGUUAAGGCAAGACCUGAUCCACAGAUUGCCUGGACCCAUGAUGAGAAGGUUUUAGAAAAAGACAAACGCACAGCAAUAAAUAUCAACUUCCCUCUUGUUCAUGUUUUCAUCAAAGAAGCAACAAGAGCAGAUCAUGGAAGUUAUAUCAUAAAAGCAACAAAUGAUAGUGGUGAAGCACAAGCUACUAUAAAAGUGAAUGUACUUGACAGGCCUGGACAUUGUCGUGAUCUGAAGCCUACAUAUGUAACCAAAGAUUCUUGUAUGAUAUCUUGGGAGAACCCAGUGGACAAUGGAGGCACUGAGAUUACGAAUUAUAUUGUUGAAUGUCGUGAACCUAGCCAAAGAGCUUGGACAAUGAUUUCGUCUGAUUGCACUAAUCGUCUAGUUAAAGCAAAACUAAUGGAACAUCAUGAAUAUUUCUUCCGAGUUUGUGCAGAAAAUAAAUGUGGUCCUGGUCCCACAACUGAGACAAAAACACCAAUACUUGCAAUUGAUCCAAUUGAAAAACCAGGUGAACCAGAAAACUUCCAUAUUACGGACAUAGGAAAAAAUUUUGUCUUCCUAAAAUGGAGAAAACCAGAUUAUGAUGGUGGGAGUCCAAAUCUUGGCUACCAUCUGGAAAGGAAAUCAAAGGAUUCUGAGGAAUGGGAAAGAUUGCAUAAGGGUAUUAUAAAAGAAACAUAUUUCAUGGUUGACAAAUGUAUUGAAAACCAGAUAUAUCUGUUCAGAGUACAAACUGUAAAUGAAGGAGGAGAAAGCAAUUGGGUGAAGACAAGUGAAGUUCUUGUUAAAGAAGAAAUACAAAAACCAGUACUUGAUGUCAAGUUAGCUGGAGUACUUGUUGUAAAGGCUGGUGAGUCAAUAAGAAUUGAAGCUGGUCUCAGGGGAAAACCACAGCCAGAGGUUAAAUGGGUUAAAGACAAAGAUACAGGGGAUUUCAGCAAAAAUCCAAGACUUCAUGUUGAAACUGGGGCAGAUUACUCCAAGUUCCUCUUAACUAAAUCCAAACGCAAAGACUCUGGAAAAUAUGUAAUUACUGCCACAAAUUCUGCUGGAAACUUUACUGCAUAUGCUACUGUAAAUGUCCUUGACAUACCUGGACCUGUUAGAGAUCUAAAAGUAUCUGGAAUAUCAGUAGACAGAUGCAGAGUGGUAUGGGAUCCCCCUGAAGAUGAUGGUGGCAGUGAGGUUCAAAGUUACAUUUUAGAGAAAUGUGAGACAAGGAGAAUGGUGUGGUCCACUUACUCAGCAUCAGUCAUAACUAACUAUGCCAAUGUGACUCGUCUGGUGGAAGGAAAUGAAUACAUCUUCAGAGUACGAGCAGAAAACAAGAUGGGAACAGGUCCUGCAGCAGAGACCAAACCCAUUAUUACCAGAACACAAUUCAACAGACCUGGUCCACCAGAGCCACCAGAGGUCACUAAAAUUGGAAAAGAGGAAAUGACAGUUGUAUGGGCUCCUCCUGAAAAUGAUGGUGGGAAGUCCAUUACUGGAUACAUACUUGAAAGAAAGGAAAAACGAGCUGUCCGCUGGGUUCCAGUAACCAAGAGUCCAAUCCCAGAAAGACGUAUGAAAGUAACAAACUUGAUUCCUAACCAUGAAUAUCAAUUCCGUGUCAAGGCUGAAAAUGAAGUUGGACUGGGAGAUCCUAGCAAACCUUCAAGACCCAUUGUAGCUAAGGAUCCAAUUGAGCCUCCUGGUCCUCCUGGCGGUUUGAAGGUGGUUGACAGCACAAAGACCUCAGUCACACUUGGGUGGACAAAGCCAGUUUAUGAUGGCGGCGCUCCCAUAAUUGGAUAUUUUGUUGAAAUGAGACUGAAGGGAGAAAGUGAAAAUCCAGAAGAAGGCUGGAAGAAGUGCAAUGUUGACACACAGCUGGUUCUGACUGAAUUUACAAUCCCGAAUCUGGAUGAAAAACAGGAGUAUGAAUUCCGUGUCUGUGCACAAAACCAGGUUGGCAUAGGCCGUCCUGCAACUCUUAAGGAUGCUGUGUUUCCUAAAGAGAUACUUGAGGCACCAGAGAUUGAUUUGGAUGCUAGCCUUAGAAAGGGUCUAACUGUUAGAGCAGGUUGCCCAAUCAGACUUUGCGCCACAAUUAGAGGAAGACCUUCACCCAGAGUUACCUGGAAAAGAACGGGUGUUGAUAAUGUUGUGCGAAAAGGUCAUGUGGAUCAAAUUGAUACUAUGACCUUCCUCGUCAUCCCUGAAAGUACACGUGAGGACUCUGGAAAAUAUUCCUUGACACUUUCCAGCCCUGCUGGGGAGAAAGCAGUCUUUGUGCAUGUCAAAGUACUGGAUACACCUGGACCUGUUGGAGGACUUGAAGCUUCUAAUGUGACAAAGACAUCUUGUCAGCUUUCUUGGUCCCCACCAGAGAAUGAUGGUGGCAGUCCAAUCAUAAACUACAUUGUAGAUAAACGUGAAGUCGACAGAAAGACCUGGGUUAACUUGACCAGUGAUUUAAAGAAGACAAGUUUCAAAGUCAGCAGUCUUGCCCCUGGCAUUGAAUACUAUUUCAGAGUUACCGCAGUUAACAAAUAUGGUAUUGGUGAGCCCAAGGAUUCUCCAAAAUCUUACUUAGCAAAAGAUCCCAUCAGUGAGCCUGAUCCACCUAAAAAGGUUGACAUUCUGGAGAUCACAAAGAACAGUGCUGUGCUGGGAUGGGUAAAACCCCUGAGAGAUGGAGGAGCUAAAAUCAAUGGGUAUGUUGUGGAUUACCAGGAGGAUGGUCAGCCAGAAGACAAAUGGACACCAUACUCUGUUGUCAAAGAUCUAAGCAUUGUUGUUGUUGGGCUAAAGGAAGGAAAGAAGUACAAAUUUAGAGUUGCAGCUAGGAAUCCAGUGGGUUGCAGUUUGCCAAGGGAAGCUGAAGGAAUGUAUGAGAUAAAGGAGCAAUUGUUGGCACCAAAGAUCCUUAUGCCUGAUGUGGUGACUGCCAAAGCUGGAUCAAAACUGAAGGUGGAAGCUGUCUUGUCUGGAAAGCCAACACCGUCUUGUAAAUGGAAGCAAGGAAAUGAGGAUCUUGUUACAUCUAAGCGGAUAUUUGUAGAAAAAUAUCCGAACAGUUGUGUACUUAUUAUUAAAGAUGCCUCAAGAAAGGACAGUGGCUACUACAGUCUUUCUGCUGAAAACAGCACUGGAAAGGUCAACCAGAUACUAAGAGUUAUUAUAAUGGAUAUUCCUGGUCCCCCAGAGCCACCUUUUGAGAUUACUGAGAUUGACAUAGAUGACUGUACUCUUUCUUGGCAUACACCAAGAGAGGAUGGUGGAAGCAACAUCACUAACUAUGUGGUUGAGAAAUGUGAUGUGAGCAGUGGAGACUGGGUCACUGCAGUUACCUCCUGCACCAGUACUUCCUGCAAAGUAGGAAAACUUACAACUGGAAAAGAGUACUGCUUCCGUGUUCGUGCGGAAAACCGCUUUGGCAUCUCAGAACCUAUUGUGUCUCAGAAGAUGAUUGCUCAGUAUACUUUCGAUGUACCUAGUGAACCAAGGAAUUGUCAUGUCAAGAAAGUCCACAAAGACAACAUGUUGGUAGCUUGGGAAAGACCAGCAAGUGAUGGUGGCAGCCCAAUUAUUGGUUACUGUAUUGAACGUAAAGAGAGAAACAGCCUUCUUUGGGUUAAGGCUAAUGAAACAGUUGUUCGUAGUACUGAAUACUCAUGUUCCGGACUAAUAGAAGGAUUAGAAUAUACCUUCAGGGUGUCUGCUCUUAACCUUGCUGGACAAGGCAAACCAAGCAAACAAACAGACUUCAUCACAGCAAGAACACCAGUUGAUCCACCAGGAAAGCCAGAAGCUAUUGAUGUUACCAAAAAUUCUGUGUCUUUGGUAUGGAGUCAGCCAAAGCAUGAUGGUGGUAGCCGGAUUGUUGGAUAUUAUGUUGAAGCUUUGAAGCUUCCUGGCGAGAAAUGGGUACGCUGCAAUGCAAGCAGCCGAGAUGUACCCAGAGAAGAAUAUAUUGCAACAGGACUGGAGGAAGGGUCCCAGUACCAGUUCAGAAUAAUUGCCAAGACUGCGAUAAACCUCAGUUUACCAUCUGAACUUUCUGAUCCAAUUGCUGUGAUUGCAGAAAAUGUUCCACCAAGAGUAGAAAUCGGACUUCAUAUGAAGAGCCUCAUAAUAGUAAAAGCUGGAGCCAAUGUUUGCUUAGAGGCAGAAGUUUUUGGAAAACCAAUGCCAAAGGUUACAUGGAAGAAGGAUGGUCAGCUGUUGAAACUUGCUGAAGGGAUGAAGUUUUCCCAGAAGAGACAUCUUUUCCUCCUCGAAUUAUUCUCAGUAACUAGAAAGGAGUCUGGGGAGUACACUAUUGUGGCAGAUAAUGCAAGUGGCUCAAAAUCUGGCAACAUUAAGCUAAAGGUUCUGGACAAACCCGGCCCACCAGCAUCUGUCAAGAUUGUGAAUGUGUAUGCAGAUCGUGUCAAGCUGAAAUGGGUUCCACCAAUUUCAGAUGGAGGAUCAGAAAUCACAAACUAUAUUAUUGACAAACGUGAAACAAGCAGACCAAACUGGGCUCAGGUCACAGCUAAUAUAAGUGGCCAGCUCACUGACUGCUCUGUAGAGAAACUGAUUGAAGGUCAUGAAUAUCAAUUCCGAAUCAGUGCUGAGAACAAAUAUGGAAUUGGUGACCCCAUUAUGACUGAUCCUGUUUUUGCCAAGAAUCCCUAUGAUGUUCCUGGACCUUGUGAUCCACCUAUUAUUACCAAUAUCACAAAGGACCAUAUGACGGUUAGUUGGAAAGCACCUGCAGAUGAUGGGAAAUCCACCAUUCUUGGGUAUAUGGUUGAGAAGCGUGAAUCCCAAGAUGUCAACUGGGCUAAAGUCAACAGAAAGCCAGUGAUAGAUAGAACCAUUAAAGCUGGCAAUCUUACUGAGGGGGCUGAAUAUGAAUUCAGAGUUAUUGCCUUUAAUAAAGCUGGUUUAGGCAAACCCAGUGAACCAUCUAAGGCUGCCUAUGCACUUGAUCCUUUGUAUCCCCCUGGACCACCAGCUUUCCCAAAAGUCAUUGACACAACUCACAGCUCAGUUACUCUGUCAUGGACAAAGCCUGCCUAUGACGGUGGUUGUGAAAUUUUGGGUUACCUAGUUGAGAAUAAGAGGGCAGAUGCUGAGGACUGGAUGAAGUGCAAUAUUCCUAAGAACCUCAAGGAGACUAAAUUCCUCCUUACUGGACUUAUUGAUAAUACAGAAUACGAGUUCCGUGUGACUGCUGUGAACAAGAUUGGGUACAGUGAACCAAGCGAUAUUCCAGGAAAACAUUUUGCAAAGGACAUAUUAAUUGCACCAGAAGCAGAACUUGAUGCAGAUCUUAGGAAGGCUUUGGUGCUCCGUGCUGGAGUCACAAUGAGACUCUAUGUACCACUGAGGGGCAGGCCUGCUCCUAAGGUAACCUGGGCUAAAAUAAAUGCCAACCUUAAAGAGAGACAAGGAAUAAUGAUCAAAACAUCAGAGUGGGACACACUGUUAUAUAUUGAGGAUGUGAACAGAUAUGAUGCAGGAAAAUAUACCUUAACAUUGGAAAACAGCAGUGGAACCAAGACGUACACGAUUGUCGUUAGAGUUCUUGAUUCUCCUGGACCACCACUCAACCUUACUGUGAAAGAAACUUCAAAGGACCAUGCAUCAAUUUCAUGGGACCCCCCUCAAAUUGAUGGUGGAAGUGCAGUGAAAAGUUACAUUGUUGAAAAGCGGGAUGCAGAGAGAAAAGCAUGGUCCACGGUAGCCACUGAUUGUCCUAAAACAUCUUUCAGGAUUCCUAAUUUGGAGGCAGGGAAAGCCUAUUGUUUCAGAGUUUUGGCUGAAAAUGAAUAUGGCAUUGGUGAGCCAUGCGAAAGUUCAGGUGCUGUUAGAGCCUCUGAAAAACCUGGUCCAGUGACAGAAUUGAAGGCUUUACUAAUCUCCAAAGAUUCAUGUACCUUUGGCUGGAAGAAGCCAAUUACAGAUGGUGGGAGUCACAUCACUGCCUAUGUGCUUGAAAUCAUGGAAGGUGAAGAUAAGUGGAAAGUGCUAGUGAAAUCUAAAAACAUGCAGUACAGUGCUAAAGAUCUUGAAGAAGGAAAGAGGUAUUCCUAUAGAGUGAAAGCAGUGAAUGAAGCUGGAGAAAGUGCACCAGUGGAAUUUACAGUUGUGGCUAAAGACGAAAUUGUUCCUCCAGACUGUGACUUAAGAGGUUUGCCAGAUAUGUGCUAUGUCGCAAAGGAGGGAAGCACUGUUCGUCUAAAUAUUCCCAUCAUUGGUAAACCUAUACCUAUUGUCAUAUGGAAGAAAGGUGAAAAUUUAACUUUAACUGACAGCGGCAGAGUCUCUUUUGAGUCAACAGCAGCAAGCACAACUCUACUGAUCCAUGACUGCCAGCGAAAUGAUGCAGAUAAAUAUGCCAUCACUCUAAAGAACAGUGCUGGAACAAAGGAAUCUGUAGUAAACAUCAAGGUGGUUGGAAAACCUGGAAUACCCACUGGCCCAAUCACGUUUGAUGAAGUCACAGCAGAUGCAAUCACGUUGGAAUGGGGUCCUCCUGUGGAUGACGGUGGAGCUGAAAUAUCUAAUUACAUUUUGGAGAAGAGACACUCAACUGCUAACAAAUGGGUUACUUGUGCUUCAGCUAUACAGAAAACCACUAUGAGAGUCACACGGCUGCAUGAUGGAACAGAAUAUAUCUUUAGAGUUUGUGCAGAAAACAAAUAUGGAGUUGGUGAAUGGCUGAAAUCUGAUCCUAUUGUUGCUAAACAUCCAUUUGAUGUACCUGAUGCACCACUUCCACCAGAAAUUACAAUAAUGCGGCAAGAGUCCGCAAUCCUGGUAUGGUCUGAUCCAAGAAACACAGGAGGCUCUCCUAUAACUGGAUAUCAUGUUGAAUUCAAGGACAGGAAUAGUUUGAUGUGGAAGAGAGCCAGCAAAACAGCUCUGAGAAUGAAAGAAUGUAGAGUGACUGGCUUAACUGAAGGUCUCGAAUAUGAAUUUAGAGUCAUGGCUAUAAACAUGGCAGGUAUUGGAAAACCCAGCAGACCUACGGAGCCUCAGGUUGCACUGGAUCCAAUAGAUCCACCUGGAAAACCAGAUGUGAUUAGCAUAACAAGAAGUUCAGUUACACUUAUGUGGACUGCACCAAAAUAUGAUGGUGGUCACAAACUAACAGGAUAUAUUGUUGAAAAAUGUGACGUUCCUGGAAAGGUCUGGAUGAAAGCUAACCAUGUAAAUAUUCAGACUUGUGCGUUCACAGUGACAGACUUACAGGAGGGCAGCAAAUGUGAAUUCAGAAUAAGAGCAAAAAAUGCAGCAGGAGCAAUUAGUCCUCCAUCAGAGCAAACCGACAUUCUUGUGUGCAAGGAUGAAUAUGAGCCACCGACUAUUACUAUUGAUCCAGAUGUGAAGGACGGUCUCACUGUUAAAGCCGGUGAAACUAUUGUAAUAAAUGCAACAAGCAUCCUUGGAAAACCUCCACCAACCUCUGUAUGGUCUAAAGGGGGAAGAGAGCUUAAGCCAUCAGAUGUUUGUCAGAUUACAAGCACACCAACGUCAUCUACUCUAUCAAUUAGGUAUGCAAGUAGAAAGAACACUGGGGAAUAUACUAUUACUGCAAGUAAUCCAUUUGGAAUCAAAGAAGAACACGUGAAAGUAAAAGUUCUGGAUAUUCCUGGACCUCCUGGUCCCAUUGAAGCCAGUUCCGUGUCUGCUGAAAAAGUCACUUUAACAUGGUUGCCGCCAGAUGAAGACGGAGGAUCUGCAAUUAAAUCCUACACUCUAGAGAAAAGAGAAACCAGUCGACUACUUUGGACUAUGUUAGCUGAAAAUGUUAUGGAUUGCCGCUUUGUUGCAAGCAAAUUAAUCCAAGGCAAUGAAUAUAUCUUCCGUGUGUCGGCUGUGAAUCAAUAUGGCAUUGGAGAUGCAACUCAAUCAGGUCCUGUGAAAAUGGUGGAUAGUUUUGGUCCACCAGGACCACCUUCAAAACCAGAAAUUGACAAUGUAAGCAAAAGCACUGUGACUAUUUCCUGGAAGAGACCAAUUAAUGAUGGCGGAAGUGAUAUCCUGGGCUACCGUGUUGAAAGAAAAGAAAGAAGAGGUUUGAGAUGGGUUAGAGCAUCGAAAAAAUCUAUCUCUGAUCUCCGUCACAAAGUACAAGGCCUCAGUGAAGGAGUUGAAUAUGAAUUCAGGGUGACAGCAGAAAACAAGGCUGGCUUUGGAGAACCAAGUGACCCAUCUCAGCAUGUGAUGACCAAGGAUAUAGCAUAUCCACCAGGACCUCCAUCCAAUCCAAGAAUUGCUGAUACAACUAAAACAACUGCGACAUUCAAGUGGGGAAAACCACAUUAUGAUGGUGGAUUAGAUAUUAUUGGCUAUAUUGUUGAGCACAAAAAAGAAGGAGACGAUGAUUGGAUUAAAGAUACAACAGGCACUGCGCUGAGAAUUACUGAAUUUGUUGUUGCAAACUUAAAGCCUGGUGUAAAAUAUAAUUUCAGAGUGAGUGCAAUUAAUGAUGAAGGUAUUGGAGAGCCAGCCCAAGUGGAAGAACUUGUUGAGAUUGUAGACCGUGAAGAAAUUCCAGAUUUUGAACUUGAUGCAGAACUGAGGAGAACUCUAGUUGUUAGGGCAGGAGGCUCCAUACGCAUUUUUGUGCCUAUCAAAGGUCGUCCAACACCUGAGGUCACCUGGAAGAAAGAAGACAUACUGCUUAGGGGCCGCGCGCACAUUGAUACCACAGAGUCAUACACUCUUUUAGUUAUUCCAGAUUGUACAAGAAACGAUGCUGGAAAAUACAUCUUGACUUUAGAAAAUGUUGCUGGGACAAAGACUGGAUUUGUGAAUGUAAGAAUUUUGGAUUCUCCAGGACCACCUAUCAACUUGAAGCCAAGAGAAAUUACCAAAGACAGCAUUACUCUUCAGUGGGAAAUCCCCAUUAUUGAUGGUGGCUCAAAGAUUACUAACUACAUUAUUGAGAAACGGGAUGCCACUCGAAAAGCAUUUUCAACUAUCAUCACAAACUGGCAGAAGUGUUCAUUUAAAGUUCCAAGUCUGACAGAGAGCUCUGAAUAUUAUUUCAGAGUAGCAGCUGAAAAUGCAUAUGGUAUUGGGGAACCAGCUGAAACUUCUGAACCAAUCAGAGCGUCUCAAGCGCCCACAGCUCCUGAGAACCUUAAUGUCACAGAAAUUGGUAAGGAUUAUGCCACUCUUACAUGGACAAAACCAAAACAUGAUGGUGGCAGUAGAAUUACAGGAUAUGUAUUAGAAGCUCAAAAGAAAGGUGCAGAGCAGUGGUCUCAUCUGACAACAGUGAAAGCUCUUGACUACACAGCACCGCAUUUAAGUGAAAAUGAAGAAUAUGUGUUUCGCAUUAUGGCUGUUAAUGGCUGUGGAAGAAGUGAUCCUCGUGAAUGCAGACCUGUAGUUAUUAAGGAACAAACAACAGUGCCUGCAUUUGACCUACGUGGAGUAUACCAGAAAUUAGUCAUUGCCAAAGCAGGUGACAAUAUAAAAGUGGAAAUUCCUGUUUUGGGUCGUCCAAAACCAACAGUAUCUUGGAAGAAAGAGGAUCAAGAUCUUAAACAGACGCAAAGAAUAAAUACUGAAAAUACUACUACUUCAACUAUUUUGAAUAUAAGUGAGUGUAAAAGGAAGGAUGGUGGACAGUACUCAAUGACAGGAAAGAACAUUCUUGGGACAAUGACAGAAACCAUCACAGUUCAAGUUCAUGAUAUUCCUGGACCUCCUAAAGGGCCAAUUAAGUUUGAUGAAAUUUCAUGUGACUAUAUAACAUUCUCAUGGGAUUCACCAGAGAAUGAUGGAGGAGUGCCCAUUAACAAUUAUAUUGUUGAAAUGAGGGAAACCACAGGCACAUCAUGGGUUGAACUUGCAGCAACGGUAAUUCGUACUACAUUUAAAGCUGCUCGUCUUACCACAGGAGUUGAGUAUCAGUUCCGUGUUAAAGCACAAAAUCGAUAUGGUACUGGACCCUGUAUCCUAUCUGAUCCUGUGAUUGCUGCAUAUCCAUUUACAGUGCCUGGCUCACCAGGUAUUCCACAAGUUAUUGCUUUCACUAAAGACACCAUAACUAUUACAUGGAAUGAGCCAAAUUCUGAUGGUGGUAGUCCUAUUUUAGGAUAUCACAUUGAAAGGAAAGAAAAGAACAGUAUAUUGUGGCAAAAAGUCAGCAAAGCCUUGGUAGUAGGAAAUAUUUUCAGAUCUACAGGACUCACUGAUGGAAUAGCUUAUGAAUUCCGUGUUGCUGCUGAAAACAUAGCUGGUGUGGGUAAACCAAGUAAGCCUUCAGAAGAAACAUUUGCUCUUGAUCCUGUGGAUCCACCUGGUCAACCAAUAGCAAUCAACAUAACUAGACAUGAAGUGACAGUUCAAUGGACGAAGCCUGAAGGUGAUGGUGGAUUCCCUAUAACCGGAUACACAGUUGAAAAGAAAGACUUACCAAAUGGACGCUGGCUUAAGGCAAACUUCAGUAAUAUUCUUGAGAGAGUAUAUACUGUAAGUGGACUGAAGGAAGACACAUCAUAUCAAUUCCGCAUUCUUGCUCGCAAUUCAGCUGGUGCUGUAAGUAAGCCAUCUAAACCAUCAGAAACAAUUACUUGCAGAGAUGACAUUGAGGAGCCAAAACUUUUAGUUGAUGCUAAGUUCAGUAAUGUCAUAGUGAUAAAAGCAGGGGAGGUCUUUCAAUUAGAAGCUGAAGCUAUUGGCCGACCCUUACCAUCUAUGGUUUGGACAAAAGAAGGAAAGGAACUUGAGGACACAGCAAAAAUUGAAAUCAAAACAACUGACUUCAGCACAACUUUGAUCAAUAAAGACUCCUUAAGAAGAGAUGGAGGUGCAUUCAUGUUGACUGCUAGCAACCCUGGAGGAUUUGCUAAACAUGUUUUUAAUGUUAAAGUUCUUGACAGGCCAGGCCCACCUGAUGGUCCUCUUGCUGUUACAGAUGUCACUGCUGAGAAAUGUAUUCUGUCAUGGUUGCCACCUUCACAUGACGGUGGUGCGAAGAUUGAACAUUACAUAAUUGAAAAACGUGAAACAAGCAGACUUGCAUGGACAAAUGUAGCAUCAGAUUUACAAGUUAACAGAUUUAAAGUGACUAAGCUGCUUAAAGGAAAUGAGUAUAUCUUUAGAGUUAUGGCUGUUAAUAAGUAUGGAGUUGGUGAACCCCUUGAAUCUGAACCAGUUAUGGCAACUAACCCUUAUGUGCCCUCUGAUCCUCCACAAACUCCAGAAGUAACAACUAUCACUAAAGAUUCAAUGGUCGUUUGCUGGGGGCAUCCCGAAAACAAUGGUGGAAGCAAUAUUUCCAAUUACAUUAUUGAAAGGAGAGACAAAACUGGUCUCCGUUGGGUUAAAUGCAACAAAAGAACAGUAACUGAUCUAAGGUACAAAGUAUCUGGACUGACACCAGGACAUGAGUAUGAAUUUAGAAUUAUUGCUGAGAACGCUGCAGGUUUAAGUGUACCAAGUGCCUGUAGUCCAUUUUACAAAGCUUGUGACACCAUCUUCCAGCCUGGCCCCCCUGGAAAUCCAAGAGUGCUAGACACAACUAAGUCAUCAAUUACUCUCGCAUGGAAUAAGCCAGUAUAUGAUGGUGGAUCAGACAUUACGGGAUAUAUUGUUGAAACUUGCCUUCCAGAGGAAGAUGAAUGGACAAUUGUUACUCCUAAAGAAGGACUAACAUUGACAUCAUUUACAAUUACCAACUUAAAAGAAAAUCAAGAAUACAGAAUCAAUAUUUCAGCCAUUAACUGUGAGGGAGUUGGAGAGCCAGCAUCUGUUCCUGGAUCACCAAAGGCAGAAGACAGGGAGAUUCCACCAGAAAUUGAGCUUGAUGCAGAACUUCGGAAAGUUGUCAACAUCAGAGCUUGUGGCACACUAAGACUCUUUGUGCCUAUAAGAGGAAGACCUGCUCCUGAAGUGAAAUGGUCAAGAGAACAUGGAGAACCACUUGAGAGAGCAACUAUUGAGAGUACAUCAUCAUUUACAUCUGUAUUAAUUGAAAAUGUAAGCAGAUAUGACAGUGGAAAGUAUGUUUUGACAGUGGAAAAUGGCUCAGGGAGCAAGACAGCCUUUGUUAAUGUGAGAGUACUGGAUACCCCUGGAGCACCACAAAACCUCAUGAUCAAAGAAGUCACCAAAGAAUCAGUGUCACUGAUCUGGGACCCUCCUUUAAUAGAUGGAGGCUCUAGGAUAAGAAAUUACAUCAUAGAAAAACGUGAAUCAACAAGAAAAGCGUACUCAACUGUUAGUACUAGCUGCCACAAAACAAGUUGGAAAAUUGACCAGUUGGAGGAAGGAAGAAACUAUUUCUUUAGAGUUUUAGCUGAAAAUGAAUAUGGAAUUGGUCUUCCAACUGAGACUACUGAGUCAGUCAAAGUUUCUGAAAAGCCCCUUCCACCAGGAAAAGUCACUCUUCAAGAUGUCUCAAGCAGUAGUGUGACACUGUCAUGGGAGAAACCAGACCAUGAUGGAGGCAGUAGAAUCACAGGGUAUAUUGUAGAAAUGCAACGCAAAGGCAGUGAAAAAUGGACUGAGUGCUUGACUGUAAAAGUCAAUGAAGCAGUUGUUGCAGGUCUUACACAAGGUGAAGAAUACUUGUUCCGUGUAUCUGCAAUGAACGAGAAAGGAAUAAGCGAUCCUCGCCAACUUAGUGUUCCUGUUAUUGCUAAAGAUCUUGUCAUUGUUCCAGCAUUCAAACUUUUAUUCUCCACAUUCAGUGUUCUGGCUGGAGAUGAUUUGAAGGUAGAUGUUCCUUAUGUUGCUCGUCCCAAAGCAGCUGUCUCCUGGCAAAAAGAUGGUGUCACUUUGAAAGAAACUACCAGAGUUAAUGCUGAGAUCACAGAAGGACAUUUGUAUCUUGUAAUUAAAGAGGCCUGCAGAGAUGAUGUUGGCCAAUACACCAUCAAACUUUCAAAUACUGCUGGAGAAGCAACAGGUGAAAUUAAAAUUGUUGUUCUUGAUAAGCCAGGCCCACCAACAGGACCGAUCAAAAUAGAUGAAGUCACUGCUGACAGUGUGACUUUGUUAUGGGAGCCUCCAGAAUAUGAUGGUGGUUGUUCAAUCAACAAUUAUAUUGUAGAAAAGAGAGAUACCUCCACUACAAAUUGGCAGAUUGUGUCAGCAACUGUAGCUAGAACAACAAUUAAAGCUGCAAGGUUAAAAACGGGUACUGAAUACCAAUUCAGAAUUGCAGCUGAAAACAGAUAUGGAAAGAGUUCUGUUCUUGUUUCAGAGUCCGUUGUUGCACAAUAUCCAUUUAACCUUCCUGGCCCUCCAGGAGCACCUUCUGUGCAAUCCUCUACUAAGGAAAGCAUGGUAGUGGUAUGGAAUAAACCUUCGGAUGAUGGUGGAAGUAAGAUAAUUGGAUAUCACCUUGAAAGUAAGGAAAGGAACAGUAUUCUUUGGGUUAAACAAAACAAGACGCUCAUUCAAGACACAAGAUUUAAAGUCACUGGUCUUGAAGAGGGUAUUGAAUAUGAAUUUAGAGUUUAUGCUGAAAAUAUUGUGGGAAUUGGUAAGGUUAGCAAGCAGUCAGAAAUACAUGUUGCAAGAGAUCCAUGUGAAUGUCCAGGCACUCCUGAAGCGGUUAUUGUCACAAGAAAUUCCGUUACUCUCAGAUGGACAAAGCCAGAAUUUCAUGGUGGAAGCAAAAUCACUGGAUAUCUUGUUGAGAAAAAAGAGUUGCCUGGUGGCCGUUGGAUGAAGGCCAGUUUUACAAAUAUAAUUGAUACUGAAUUUGUUGUGACAGGCUUAGUUGAGGAACAAAGGUAUGAGUUCCGAGUCAUUGCAAGAAAUGCUGCAGGUGUUUUCAGUAAUCCUUCAGAAAGUACUGGUGCAAUCACUGCAAAGGAUGAAGUUGAUCCACCUCGCAUUAAUAUAGAUUCAAAAUAUACUCAAGCAAUUGUUGUAAAUGCUGGGGAGAACUUCAAGAUUGAUGCAGAUAUUUUUGGAAAACCUAUACCUACAGUCCAUUGGAUGAAAGGAAAUGAAGAACUAGUAAACACAGCUCGCCUUGAGAUAAAAAAUACAGACUUCACUACUACAUUGAGUGUGAAAGAAGCAAUUCGGGUUGACGGAGGCCAGUACACUUUAGUACUGAAAAAUGUUGGAGGAGAAAAAUCAGUUAAUGUUAAUGUCAAAGUCUUAGAUAGACCUGGGCCACCUGAAGGCCCAAUUUCCAUUUAUGGUGUGGCAAGUGAGAAAUGCUUCAUUUCUUGGAAACCACCACAGCAAGAUGGUGGCAGUGAUGUGACUCAUUAUAUUGUUGAAAGGAGAGAAACCAGCAGAUUAGUUUGGACUGUUGUUGAAUCUAAAGUACAGACUCUUAAUCUUAAAAUUACAAAACUUUUGGAGGGAAAUGAGUAUAUCUUCCGUGUCAUUCCAGUAAACAAAUAUGGAAUUGGUGAACCACUUGAAUCAGAACCAGUGAUUGCAAAAAAUCCAUUUGUAACUCCUGAUGCACCAACAGCAGUAGAAGUUUCUAAUAUCACAAAAGAUUCAAUGGUUGUAACCUGGGAAAGACCUGCUAAGGAUGGAGGAAAUCCAAUUGCAGGAUAUAUAGUUGAAAAACGUGACAAAGAAGGCGUUAGAUGGACAAGAUGCAAUAAGCGCACAGUAAGCGAACUGCGUUUUAGGGUUACUGGACUACUUGAAAGUCGAAGCUAUGAAUUUAGAGUUUCAGCUGAGAAUGCUGCUGGAGUUGGAGCACCAAGCUCCUCAUCUGUUUAUUAUAAGGCCCUAGACCCUAUUUUCAAACCAGGUCCUCCAAAUAAUGCUAAAGUGGCUGAUGUUUCACGGACAUCAGUUUUCCUUUCCUGGGGGAAACCAAUUUAUGAUGGUGGUUGUGAGAUUCAAGGAUACAUUGUUGAGGCAUGUGAGGUACCCUUUGAAGAAUGGACAAUCUGUACUCCUCCAUCAGGAGUCACACAAACACACUUUGAAAUUAAAAAACUGCAAGAAAAACAUGAAUAUAAAUUCAGAGUUUAUGCUAUAAACAAAGCAGGUGUUGGUGAACAUGCAGAUAUCUCAGGAACAAUUGUUGUAGAGGAAAAGAUUGAAGCACCUGAUCUUGAUCUUGAUUCAGAAUUAAGAAAAAUGAUCACCGUUAGAGCAGGAGGAUCAUUAAGAUUAUUCAUUCCAAUUAGAGGACGACCUGUCCCUGAAGUCAGGUGGGAAAAAGCUGAUGGUGAGAUCAAGGAUACAGCUCAAAUUGAUACAACUAGUAGUUAUACAUCCCUCGUGAUUGAAAAUGUUGACAGGUUUGACAGUGGAAAGUAUACAGUAACUGCAGAAAAUGCUAGUGGAGUUAAGUCUGUCUUUAUCAGUGUCAGAGUACUUGACACACCAAGUGAACCCAUCAAUUUCAGAGUGAAAGAGAUCACAAAAAGUUCUGUAACUCUUACAUGGGAACCUCCUUUAUUGGAUGGUGGAGCUAAAAUUAAAAAUUUUAUUGUAGAGAAACGUGAAAGCACAAGAAAGGCCUAUUCAACUGUGAUCACAGACUGCCAUAAAAUGUCAUGGAAAAUUGAAUCACUUCAAGAAGGCUGCAAUUAUUUCUUUAGAGUUCUUGCUGAAAAUGAACAUGGAAUUGGACUUCCUGCAGAAACACCCGAAUCUCUGAAAGUUUCUGAAGUCCCCCAGCCUCCGGGUAAAAUCACAGUUGUUGAUGUAACACGCAGUAGUGUUUCUCUUUCCUGGGAAAAACCUGAGCAUGAUGGAGGCAGCAGAAUUCUUUACUAUGUUGUGGAAAUGCAAGCUAAGGAUGCUGAGAAAUGGUCUGUAUGUGCUCAAGUUAAAAGCUUGGACACUGUAGUAAGCAAUUUAGCCCAGGGAGAGGAAUAUGUGUUUAGAGUUAUUGCGGUCAAUGACAAAGGAAUGAGUGAUCCUAGACUACUUGCUGUUCCAGUACAAGCAAAAGACCUUGUUAUUGCUCCAGAUGUCAGGUCCCCAUCCAGCAGUUACAGUGUACAGGUUGGCUAUGAUCUCAAAGUUGAAAUCCCUAUUGCUGGACGUCCCAAACCAAAUAUUAUUUGGACAAAGGAUGGCUCACCUCUUAAACAGACUACAAGAGUUAAUGUCAUUGACACUCUACACCACACAAACCUAAGUAUAAAAGAAGCAACAAGAGAUGAUGAUGGCAUAUACACGAUCACAGUUUCCAAUGUUCUUGGACAAAAGGAAACUACUUUUGAAAUCAUUACACUUGACAAACCUGGCCCACCAACUGGACCCAUUAGACUUGAAGACAUCAGUGCUGAAAGUAUCACACUGUCUUGGGAACCACCAAAGUAUACUGGCGGCUGCCAGGUUUCAAACUACAUUGUGCAAAAGCGGGACACAACCACUACAAACUGGGUAGUUGUGUCUGCUACAGUUGCAAGAACUACUCUUAAAGUAACCAAUUUGAAAACUGGAGCAGAAUAUCAGUUCAGAAUAUUUGCAGAAAACCGAUAUGGAAAAAGUUAUGCUAUAGACUCUGAUCCUGUUCUUGCGCAGUACCCAUACAAAGAACCAGGUCCUCCGGGAACACCUUUUGUGUCAUCAGUCUCAAAGGAUCACAUGGCUGUGGAGUGGCACAAGCCAAUUUCUGAUGGCGGUAGUAGUAUAAUUGGGUACCAUUUGGAAAGAAAAGAGAAAAACAGUAUCCUUUGGACAAAGAUUAACAAAACACUUAUUCAGGAUACUCGCUUUAAAACAAGUCCUUUGGAAGAGGGUAUUGAAUAUGAGUUCAGAGUCUAUGCUGAAAAUAUUGUUGGAAUUGGUAGUUGUAGCAAAUUGUCUGAGGGCUGCAUUGCACGUGAUCCAUGUGAUCCACCAGGCAACCCAGAUGCUGUCUUUGUCAAUAGACAUUCAGUCAAACUGAAGUGGACAGAGCCAGAAUAUGAUGGAGGCAGUAUGAUAACUGGUUACAUUGUGGAGAAACGAGACCUGCCAGAAGGACGGUGGAUGAAAGCCAGUUUUGCAAACAUUAUUGAAACAGAGUUUACUAUUACUGGUUUAACUGAAGACUGCAAAUAUGACUUUAGAGUUAUUGCAAAGAAUGCAGCUGGAACCAUUAGCAAACCAUCAAAGAAUACUGGAUCAAUCAUUGCAAAGGAUGAAGUUGAAUCUCCAACAUUUGAAACAGACCCAGAAUUCAACCAGGUUAUUGUUGUGAAUGCAGGAGAUACAUUUAAACUCCAUGCUGAUGUACAUGGAAAGCCAAUCCCAACAGCUCAGUGGUUCAAGGGUGAUCAAGAAAUGGAAAAUACUGCAAGAGCUGAGAUCAAGAACACUGACCUUAAAGCAAUGAUCAUUGUUAAAGAUGCGAUAAGAAUUGAUGGUGGCCAGUAUACCUUGCAGUUAAUUAAUGUUGCUGGCAGCAAGACAGUACCAUUCUAUGUCAAAGUAUUGGACAGACCUGGACCAUCUGAAGGGCCACUUAGUGUUACUGGAGUAACUUCUGAAAAAUGCACUCUCGCAUGGCUCCCUCCUUGUCAUGAUGGAGGUAGUAAUAUUUCUCAUUAUGUUAUUGAGAAGAGAGAAACAAGUCGUCUUGCUUGGACCGUAGUUGCUAGUGACUGCGGAGCUACCAUGUUUAAAGUAACUAAGCUUUUAAAAGGGAAUGAAUAUAUUUUCCGUGUAAUGGCAGUCAACAAGUAUGGUGUUGGUGAACCACUAGAAUCAGCACCAGUGAUAAUGAAAAAUCCAUUUGUCCCUCCUGGGCCGCCACAAGAACUCGAAGUAACUAAUAUCACAAGGGAUUCAAUGACUGUGUGCUGGACCAGACCAACAAGCGAUGGGGGAAAUGAAAUUGUUGGGUACAUUGUAGAGAAAAGAGACAGAACUGGAGUCAGAUGGACAAAAUGCAACAAGCGCAGAGUUACAGAUCUACGUUUCAGAGUAACGGGCCUGACAGAAGAUCAUGAAUAUGAAUUUAGAUUAUCUGCUGAAAAUGCAGCAGGAGUUGGUCAACCAAGUCCGCCAACUGUAUACUAUAAAGCCUGUGAUCCAAUGUUUAAACCUGGCCCACCAACUAAUGCACAUCUGGUUCACACCACUAAAAAUUCAAUUUCAAUAGCAUGGAACAAACCAAUUUAUGACGGGGGGAGUGAGAUUCAGGGAUACGUUGUGGAGAUCUGUAAAGCUGAAGAGGAAGAAUGGAUUGCAUGCACACCACCAACUGGCCUGUCCAUCAGUACAUUUGAAAUAACCAAACUUAUAGAACAUCAAGAAUAUAAAAUUCAAAUAUGUGCCAUCAACAGGAUAGGUGUUGGUGAACCAGCAGCUAUUCCUGGCAUUGUAAAACCUGAAGAUAAAAUGGAGGCACCAGAAAUUGAACUUGACUCUGAACUACGAAAAGGUGUUGUGGUGCGUGCUGGAGGUUCCCUGAGAAUCAAUAUACCUUUCAAAGGUAAUCCAAUCCCAGAGGUGAGCUGGUCUAAAGAUGAAGGAGAGAUAUCUGAAAAGGCACAAAUUGAAAAGGGUUUUGACUUUACUCAGUUAUCAAUUGACGUAUGUGAUAGAAAUGACGCUGGAAAGUAUAUAUUGAAUUUGGAAAACAACAGUGGAUCAAAGUCUGCAUUUGUGUCUGUUAAAGUACUGGAUACACCAGGAGCACCUGUAAAUGUUUCAGUGAAGGAUAUUACAAGGAACGGUGUAACUCUUGCAUGGGAACCACCACUCAUUGAUGGAGGUGCAAAGAUUAAGAAUUAUGUCAUUGAUAAACGUGAAUCAAACAGAAUUGGAUACUCCAAUGUUACUGCUAAGUGCACUAAGACAAGCUUCCGGGUAGGAGAUCUCAAAGAAGGAGCAAUUUAUUACUUUAGAGUUAUGGCUGAGAAUGAAUUUGGUGUUGGUCUGCCUGCUGAAACCCAGGAUGCAGUGAAAGCAGCAGAGAUCCCACUGCCGGUAGGAAAAGUCACAUUAAUAGAUGUGACUAAAACUAGUGUAUCUUUAGCAUGGGAGAAACCAGAAUACGAUGGUGGCAGUAGGAUUAUAGGCUACUUUAUUGAAAUGCAGCCAAAAGGAACAGAGGAAUGGGUCGUUGCAACCAUAACAAAGGCAUGUGAAGGCACUGUUACAGGGUUAAGUUCUGGUCAGGAAUAUUUCUUCCGUAUCAUAGCCUACAAUGAUAAAGGAAAGAGUGAUCCAAGGCCAUUAGCUGCUCCUGUUAUUGCCAAAGACAUAACUAUUGAACCCGGUUUUAAACUAACAUUCAAUACUUAUAGUGUUCAGUCUGGCAAUGAUCUUAAAAUAGAAAUUCCAGUGUUUGGACGUCCAACACCAAAGAUCGUAUGGAAAAAAGACGGACAUUCACUCAAGGAGACAACUAGGGUUAAUAUUUCAAGUACAAUGAAUUCAACAAUUCUUCAUAUUAAAGAAGCUAAUAGAGAUGACUCUGGCAAGUACACAGUGAUUGCCACGAACAGUGCUGGUGCAACAACAGACGAGCUUGGAAUUAUUGUUCUUGAUAAGCCUGGUCCACCAACUGGACCUAUGAAAAUUGAUGAAGUAAGUGCUAAUUUUGUAACCAUUUCAUGGGAACCGCCAGUUUACAUGGGAGGCUGUCAAAUAAACAAUUACAUUGUUGAAAAACGAGACACAACUACAACAAAUUGGCAGAUUGUGUCAGCAACUGUUGCAAGGACAACUAUCAAAAUUUGUAAGCUGAAAACAGGUUCAGAAUAUCAAUUUAGAGUUUUUGCUGAAAAUAGAUAUGGAAAGAGCACUUCAUUGGAUUCACCACCAGUUCUUGUAAAGUACCCUUUCAAGGAACCUGGUCCACCUGGUACCCCAUUUGUUUCCUCAGCAACAAAAGAUCACAUGGUUAUUGAAUGGAAAGCUCCAAUGAACAAUGGAGGCAGUGCUAUUAUUGGUUACCAUAUUGAACGUAAAGAAAGAAACAGCAUUUUGUGGAAUAAGUUAAACAAGCUUCUCAUUACAGACACUCGAUUUAAGACAAAUGAUCUUGAAGAAGGCAUUGAAUAUGAAUACAGAGUAUAUGCAGAAAACAUUGUUGGCACUAGUGCUCCAAGCAAGGUCUCAGAAUGUGCUGUUGCCCGUGACCCUUGUGAUUCACCUGGCACUCCUGAAGCUAUAGUUAUCACUAGAAGCCAUGUAACCCUUCAGUGGACAAUCCCACAAUAUGAUGGUGGUAGUAAAAUCACAGGUUAUAUUGUGGAGAAGAAAAAAUUACCUGAAGGUCGCUGGAUGAAAGCCAGCUUCACCAACAUUAUUGACACUGAAUUCACAUGCACAGGAUUAACAGAGGAAGAAAGAUAUGAGUUUAGGGUAAUUGCAAGAAAUGCCUCAGGCAUUUUAAGUGAACCGUCUGAAUCCACUGGACCAAUUACUGCUAAAGAUGAAAUUGAAGCUCCAACAGCUUCAAUGGAUUCAAAGUUUAAGGAUGUUAUUGUCGUUAAUGCUGGGGAAACCUUUACCAUUGAUGCUGACAUCUUUGGAAAACCUCUUCCGGAUAUCACAUGGUUAAAGGAUGGAAUAGAAAUUGAUAAGACAACUCCAAGAAUGGAAGUUAAAACCACCAUCCAGCGAACAGUACUUACAGUAAAGGACUGCAUUAGAGUUGAUGGAGGACAUUAUGUGCUUCAUCUCAGCAAUGUUGGUGGAACAAAAUCAAUACCAGUAAAUGUGAAGGUUCUUGAUAGACCUGGUCCUCCAGAUGGCCCACUAAAAGUCACUGGUGUAAGAGCUGAGAAAUGCUAUUUAUCUUGGGGUCAUCCUUCACAUGAUGGUGGUGCUAGUAUUUCUCAUUAUAUUAUUGAGAAGAGAGAAACUAGUAGGCUGUCUUGGACUGUAGUUGAACCUAAAAUCCAAGCUGUUAGUUAUAAAGUGACCAAACUUCUGCCAGGAAAUGAGUAUAUUUUCAGAAUUAUGGCAGUUAACAAAUAUGGAGUGGGAGAACCCCUUGAAUCUGAGCCUGUGGUGGCACGCAAUCCAUUCAAGCCACCAAGUGCACCCUCCAUACCUGAAGCAAGUGCUAUAACAAGAGAUUCUAUGGUUAUCACAUGGGAGCGGCCAGAAGAUAAUGGUGGUUCAGAAAUUGAUAGCUAUAUUCUUGAAAAACGUGACAAAGAAGGCAUCCGAUGGACAAAAUGCAAUAAAAAGAGACUGACUGACUUACGAUUUAGAGUUACUGGACUUACAGAAGACCACUACUAUGAAUUCCGUGUUUCAGCUGAAAAUGCUGCUGGCGUAGGACAGCCCAGUAAGGCAUCAGAACUUUACAAAGCUUGUGAUGCAACAUAUCCACCUGGUCCACCAAACAAUCCUAAAGUAACUGACCACUCAAGCACCACAGUAACCCUUACCUGGAGCAAACCAAUCUAUGAUGGUGGUGCAUCCAUAAUGGGAUAUAUUGUUGAGAUGAAAGAAGUUUCUGAGGAUGAGUGGACCACAUGCACACCACCAACUGGUAUACAAACAACACACUAUACUGCAAAACACCUGAAGGAAAAUGCUGAAUACACCUUCAGGGUCUUGGCUGUCAAUGUUGAAGGAGUUGGAGAACAUGCUGAUGUCCCAGGCUCUGUGAUUGCAGCUGAAAAACUUGAGGCUCCAGAGAUUGAAUUAGAUGCUGACCUCAGGAAAAUAGUCACAGUACGAGCAAGUGGAACACUUCGUUUGUUUGUUACUAUCAAGGGAAGACCUGAACCUGAAGUCAAGUGGGAAAAAGCUGAUAGUCCAUUAGCUGAACGAGCACAAAUUGAAGUAACCAGCUCCUAUACUAUGCUUGUAAUUGACAAUGUCAACAGAUAUGAUGGUGGAAAAUAUGUUUUAACUCUGGAAAAUAACAGUGGCACAAAAUCAGCAUUUGUAAAUGUUAGAGUACUAGACUCCCCAAGUGAGCCUCUUAACUUUGAUAUUAAAGAUGUCAAGAGAAACUCAGUAACUCUUUCUUGGGAGCCUCCUCUCAUUGAUGGUGGAGCCAAGAUAACAAAUUAUAUUGUAGAGAAACGUGAAUCUUCAAGAAUGGCCUACACUACUGUUACAAAUAACUGUGUCAGGAAUUCAUUUAGAGUCGAUGACUUACGAGAGGGAGGUAUUUACUAUUUCCGUGUAUUAGCUGUCAAUGAACAUGGUGUUGGUUUGCCAGCAGAAACUAAAGAUGCUGUUAAAGUGUCUGAAGCACCUUUGUCACCAGGUAAAGUCACACUUCUGGAUGUGACUCGAAAAAGUGUUAGUCUUUCAUGGGAAAAACCAGAUCAUGAUGGUGGCAGCAAAAUUACUUGUUACAUUAUCGAGAUGCAAACUAAAGGCAGUGAAAAAUGGACUGUGUGUGCGACGGUUAAGGCUCUAGAAGCAACUAUUGAUGGCCUGACUUCAGGUGAAGAAUAUUUGUUUAGAAUUAUUGCUGUAAAUGAUAAGGGAAAGAGUGAUCCAAAGCAACUUGGAGCACCUGUGAUUGCAAAGGACAUUCAAAUCGAACCUAUUAUCAAUCUCUUAUUCAACACUUACAGUGUGAAAGCUGGAGAUGAUCUCAAAAUAGAUGUUCCAUUUAGAGGCAGACCUCUACCAGAGGUGUCAUGGAAGAAAGACGGCCAUCUAUUAAAGCAAACAACUAGGGUAAAUGUUCAAACAUCUAAGACCUCAAGUAAAAUUGUUAUUAAAGAUGCUACCAGAGAGGAUUCUGGGAUGUAUGAAAUCACAUUAAGUAAUGCUAUUGGAACCAAAUCUGCUGAAAUUAGUGUCAUUGUCCUUGACAAACCUGGUCCACCAGGGUCAAUUAAAAUUGAUGAAGUUAGUGCUGAUAAUGUAUCAUUGUCUUGGGAUCCACCAGAAUAUGAUGGUGGUUGCCAAAUAAACAAUUAUGUGGUAGAGAAGAGAGAUACUACCACCACUGUAUGGCAAAUUGUGUCAGCGACAGUUGCCAGGACUUCAAUCAAAGUUUCCCACUUGACCCAGGGUUCUGAGUAUCAGUUCCGUAUUUGUGCAGAGAACCGAUAUGGAAAAAGCCACUUUGUUGACUCAUCAUCAGUUAUUGCUCAGUAUCCCUUUAUAGCACCUGGCCCACCUUCUGCUGUUCAAGUUACUGAUGCUACUAAAACCCACAUGGUUGUUGAAUGGAAUAGACCAGCCAGUGAUGGUGGUAGUUCAAUACUUGGAUACCACUUAGAAUGUAAAGAGCCCAGUAGCAUUCUCUGGACAAAGAUAAACCGAGGCCUUAUUACUGAUACACAAUUCAAAGUGACCAGCAUUGAAGAGGGCUUAUCAUAUGAAUUCCGCAUCUAUGCUGAAAACAUUGCUGGAAUUGGGAAGUGCAGCAAAGCCUCUGAAGCUGUGGCUGCAAGAGAUCCAUGUGAUCCUCCAGGUCAGCCUACGGUGACAAAUAUCACUAGAACAACUGUUUCACUGUCUUGGACAAAACCUGAGUAUAAUGGUGGAGCUAUGGUUACUGGUUACAUUAUUGAACGAAAAGAACUUCCAGAUGGACGGUGGCUGAAGUGCAAUUUCACCAAUGUCCAGGAUACAUUCUUUGAUAUUACAGGCCUUACAGAGGAUCAGCGAUAUGAUUUCCGUGUCAUUGCUAGGAAUGCAACUGGAUUGUUCAGUAAGCCGUCUGAGAACACAGGCCCUGUCACUGUAAAGGAUGAUGUUGAGGCACCAACCAUCAUGAUGGAUGACAAAUUUAGACAAUUAGUAGUUGUGAAAGCUGGAGAAGUCCUACAGAUCAAUGCAGAUAUAGCUGGUCGUCCUCAUCCAGUCAUUUCAUGGACAAAGGAUGGUAAAGAAAUAGAGGCUAAAGCUAGGGUUGAGAUCUCAUCCACAAACUUCAACACUAACAUAACUGUCACAGAUUGCAUCAGAAGAGAUUCUGGACAGUAUGUGUUAACUUUACAGAAUGUUGCUGGUACAAGAUCAUUAGCAGUAAACUGCAAGGUGCUUGAUCGACCAGGACCAUCAUCAGGGCCUCUGGAAGUUACAGGCCUUACAGCUGAAAAAUGUACACUGAGUUGGGGACCACCUCAAGAAAAUGGUGGUGCAGAAAUUUCCCACUAUAUUGUGGAAAAGCGUGAAACAAGUCGCCUUACUUGGACAGUGGUACAUGGAGAGAUGAAAGCUACAACAUGCAAAGUUACUAAGCUUCUCAAAGGUAAUGAGUACAUAUUCAGAGUUCUGGGUGUAAAUAAAUUUGGAGUUGGUGAACCCCUUGAAAGUGAUCCUGCUAAGGCUAUAGAUCCAUUCACUGUCCCAUCAGCACCCACAAACGUUGAAGUCACUAGUGUAACAGCUGGGGCAAUGACAAUUUGCUGGGAAAGACCUGCUUCUGAUGGAGGUAAUGAAAUUUGUGGUUAUGUUAUUGAAAAGCGUGAGAAGACAGGUCUGCGUUGGGUUCGUGUAAAUAAAAGGCCAGUGUAUGACCUACGAGUUAAGGCUUCCAAUCUGCGGGAAGGAUGUGAAUAUGAGUACCGUGUUUACGCAGAAAAUGCUGCUGGUUUAAGUCUUCCAAGUAACCCAUGUCCAUUAACUAAAGCAGAAGACCCACAGUUUUUACCAUCCCCACCAGCUAAACCUAAAAUAAUUGAUUCAACAAAGAGCUCCAUCACUAUUACAUGGAACAAGCCACUAUUUGACGGUGGAGCACCAAUAACUGGAUACAGUGUUGAGUACAGGAAAACUGAAGAUGAAGACUGGGUUGUGGCUGUCCAAAAUACAAGAAACUUUGAAUUUACUGUUGUGAGCCUUACAUCUGGAGCAGAGUAUGUGUUUGCUGUGAAAUCAAUCAACAAGAUUGGUCUGAGUGAACCAAGCCCAGCGUCUGAUCCUCAAGUGGCAAAGGACAAAGAAGAGGAACCAGUUUUUGACAUUAGUAAUGAGAUGCGAAAGACACUAAUUGUUAAGGAUGGUAGCUCAUUUACUUUGACUGUGCCAUUCAAGGGAAAACCAGUACCUAAUGUGACAUGGAAUAAAGCAGAUGUAGAUCUCAGAGCACGAGCUUCUAUUGAUACAAGUGAUACUUGCACAUCUAUAACAGUAGAGCAAGCAACAAGAAAUGACUCUGGAAAGUACACUGUGUCACUACAAAAUGUUGCUGGGACAUCCACUUUGACACUAGUUGUCAAGGUCCUUGACUCUCCAGGACCAGUUGCUCAAAUUGUGAUCAAAGAUGUCACAAAGAACUCUGCAACACUGACAUGGGAUGCACCAGAAAAUGAAGGUGGUGCACCUGUGAAAAAGUACCACGUUGAACUAAGAGAAGCGAGUAAAAUGGGAUGGACAAAAAUCACUGAUAAGUGCCACCGCUUGACUUAUAAAGUUACAGAUUUGCAGGAGGGAGGGGUAUACUACUUCAGAGUCGCUGGUGAAAAUGAAUUUGGAGCUGGUGUUCCAUUUGAGACCAAAGAUGGAACAAAGAUUACAGAAAAACCAAGUCCACCUUCAAAACUUGGAGUUACUGAUGUUACAAAGGACAGUGUCUCAUUAGCAUGGUGUAAACCAGAGCAUGAUGGAGGAAGCAGAAUCACCAGUUAUCUGAUUGACGCUCUUGAAAAGGGUCAAGAGAAAUGGGUAAAGUGUGGCGUGGUCAAAUCCACCCACUAUACUGUCUGUGGUCUGAGGGAAAAUGCUGAAUAUUUCUUCAGAGUCCGUGCUGAAAACCAUGCUGGUCUCAGUGAAGCCAAAGAAAUGAUCUUACCAGUACUUGUAAAAGAUCAGCUUGAAUCUCCAGAAAUGAAUAUGAAAGAUUUCCCUCACAAUGCUGUAUAUGUUAAAGCGGGAUCGAACCUGAAAUUUGAGAUUCCUCUUACUGGUAAACCUCUGCCAAAGAUUUCUAUAUCAAAAGACAAUGUUGUUCUGAAAUCAACAAUGAGAUUUAAUUCAGAAGUAACUCCUGAAGGUCUCAUUAUUUGCCUUCGAGAGAGUAUUGCUCAUGAUGCUGGAAGGUAUGACAUCACUGCCUCCAACACAAGUGGAACUACCAAGUCUUUUGUUAAUAUUGUGGUAUUGGACAGACCAAGUCCUCCAAUUGGUCCAGUGGAUAUUAGUGAUGUUACCGAAAGCAGUGUAAGUUUGAAAUGGCUUCCUCCUCUAUAUGAUGGUGGGAGCCCAGUGACUAACUAUAUUGUAUACAAACGUGAGACGACAACUGCCAACUGGACAGAAGUAUCAUCGGCAGUAGCACGGGGUACUAUUAAGAUCAUGAAGCUGACAACAGGUGAAGAGUUUCAGUUCAGAAUCAAGGCAGAAAAUCGCUUUGGCAUCAGUGAUCACCUGGACUCUCCAGCUGUCAGAGUGGAACUGCCGUACACAAUCCCUGGAUCCCCAUCAACACCAUGGGUGACUUCUGUAACAAGAGAGAGCAUCACUGUCAAUUGGAAAGAGCCUGUCUCAGAUGGCGGAAGCCGUGUAUUUGGAUAUCACUUACAGAUGAAAGACAAAAACAGCAUCUUGUGGCAGAAAGUUAACACAACUGUCAUCCGUGCUACACAUUUCAAAGUCACAAACAUCAACGCUGGCCUGAUCUAUGAGUUCAAGGUGGCAGCAGAAAAUGCAGCUGGCAUUGGAGAAUCCAGCAAAACUUCAGACGCAGUACUUGCGAUUGAUGCCUGUGAACCUCCUAUCAAUGUGCGUAUUUCUGACAUUACAAAGAAUUCAAUCACCCUUGUCUGGGAAAGGCCUCCCUAUGAUGGUGGCAGUAAAAUCACUGGAUACAUUAUUGAGAGCAAAGAAUCACCGAAAGGAAGAUGGUCAAAGGCAAAUCUAAUGAAUGUUGCAGACACAAAAUUCACUGUGUCUGGUUUGACACAGGAUCAGUCCUAUGAAUUCAGAGUCUUUGCAAAGAAUGCAGUUGGUUCUGUAAGCAAUCCAUCACUAAUUGCUGGACCAGUCACAUGUGUUGAUACAUACGGUGCCCCUGAGAUUGACAUACCUCCAGAAUAUUUGGAUGUUGUGAAAUACAAGGCAGGAGCAGAUGUUCAUCUUAAGUUUGGAAUUAUUGCAAAGCCUCGACCAACAAUUGAGUGGUAUAAAGAUGGAAAGGAACUUAAACCAAGUGCUCAGCUAUCAAUUGUGAGCAGUAUGGAUGACUCUAGCAUUUUUAUCAAGGAUGCAAGUCGUGUAAACAGUGGCACUUAUGAAAUGAAAAUCAAGAACUCUUUGGGAUCCACAUCUGCAACUGUCAGGCUACAGAUUUUAGACAAACCAGGACCUCCAGCUGGAACUAUACAAUUCAAGACUGUUACAGCAGAGAAGAUUACCAUAAUGUGGGAUCCCCCGACAGAUGAGGGUGGAGCAAUGGUCACCCACUACAUUGUAGAAAAACGAGAAACAAGCAGGAUUCUGUGGUCUAUUGUAUCUGAAAAACUGGAAGAAUGUAUUGUGUCUGUUCAAAACCUGAUUAAAGGAAAUGAAUACAUGUUCCGUAUCAGAGGUGUUAACAAAUACGGAGUUGGAGAUCCUUUGGAGUCUGAGCCAGUUAUUGCAAGGAAUUCAUUUGUUCCUCCUGGAAAGCCCACCAUGCCUACAGUCUCAAUGAUUACUAGGUCAACAAUGACAGUGGUUUGGGAGAGACCACAUGAUGAUGGUGGUAGUGAUAUUGAUGGUUAUUUCCUGGAAAAGCGUGAGAAGAAGAGUCUAAGUUGGUUUAAGGUCAUCAAAAAUCCCAUUCGUGACACAAGACAGAAAGUUACAAAUCUUACAGAAGGGAAUGAAUAUCACUACCGUGUCUGCGCAAUCAAUAAAGCGGGAGCAGGCCCAUAUUCAAAUGUGUCUGAUUUUUAUAAAGCAUCUGAUCCAGUUGACCCACCAAGUGAACCCACUAAACUUAAAGUGGUUGACUCAACCAAAACAUCUAUUACCCUUGGAUGGGUGAAACCUGUGUAUGAUGGUGGCAGUGAGAUUACAAGCUAUAUUGUUGAGCAAAGAAUGGCUGAUGAGCAAGACUGGGUUGUUAUUAGCUCCAGGGGUGAAGUGAGAACCACAGAGUAUGUUGUGCCUCACCUUAAACCUGGAAUCAACUACUUUUUCCGUGUCUCUGCUGUUAACUGUGUCGGAUGUGGAAAGCCAAUUGAGAUGGCCCAGCCUGUUCAAGCUAAGGAUAUUCUUGAGGAAGCUGACUUUGAUAUUGAUGCUUCAAUGACAACCCAAUAUAUGGUCAAGGCAGGAAAGGACCUUGAAGUCAGAAUUCCACUGAAAGGAAGACCUGUGCCAAAUGUCACCUGGAGAAGGGCAGAGAGGAACAUUAGCAGUGAUCCCAAGUACAAUAUUCACAAUACAGAAUCGUCAACUGUUCUUAUAAUUCCAAAAGUGUCUCGUGAUGACUCUGGCAAAUAUCAUCUUGAGAUUGAAAAUGGUGUGGGGGAGCCCAAAACAAUAACAGUGUCUGUUAAAGUACUUGACACUCCAUCUUCUUGCCAGAGACUAGUAGUGAAGAAUGUAUCUCGUGGGAAAGCAACUUUAAGCUGGGAGCCACCUCUGAUUGAUGGUGGAUCUGCAAUCACCAAUUAUAUAAUUGAAAAGCGGGAUUCUACAAAGAAAUCUUAUUCUAGUGUGACAACUGAGUGCUCAAACACGACAUAUAAAAUUGAAGGCCUCUCUGAGGAAAUUUGCUAUUUCUUCCGCGUUUCCGCUGAGAAUGAAAAUGGAAUUGGUGAUCCUUGUGAAACAGUAGAUCCUGUGAGGGCUACGGAGACACCUGGUCCAGUCAAAAACCUUGUGAUAAAGGACACCACAAAAACAUCAGUAAUACUACAGUGGACAAAACCUGAUCAUGAUGGUGGCAGCCAUGUCUCAGAUUAUGUCAUUUCAAACAAAGCAAGGGAUGAAAAAGAGUGGACAAUAGCGGGCACUUCUAAACGCUGUCAAUAUGAGGUCACAAACCUGAAAGAGCUUACAGUCAUGGAUUUCCGAGUCUACUCUAAGAACGAGAAAGGCCAAAGUGACUAUUCUCAAGUUGGACCUGUCACAGUGCAAGAAAUAAUUAUACCACCAGAAGCAGACCUUAUUGAUUACCCCGGGAAUGAAGUUAGUGUACGCAUUGGACAAACUGUUAACAUUGAACUACCAUACAAGGGUAAACCAAAACCAGUUACACAAUGGUUGAAAGAUGAUAUUCCAUUGAAGGAGAGUGAGCAGGUGCGUUUGAGGUUAACAGAAAAUAAAGCUGCCCUCACUAUUAGAAAUGUAAGAAAGGAUAAUGCAGGGAAGUAUACACUUACCCUUGAUAACAAAAUCAGCAAAAAUUCAUUCAAUAUUCAAGUUAUUACCCUUGGACCACCUUCUUCCCCUAUUGGCCCCAUCAAAUUUGAUGAAAUUAAAGCACAGAGCAUUAUCAUCUCCUGGAAUGAACCAAAUGAUGAUGGAGGUGGAGAAAUAACAUGCUAUAGUGUGGAGAAACGGGAAACUUCUCAGGCUGCUUGGAAGAUGGUUUGCUCAAGUGUAGUUAGGACAACAUUUAAGAUACCUAACUUGAUUAAAGGAACAGAAUACCAAUUCAGAGUACGUGCAGAAAAUAAAUAUGGAAUGAGUGAGGCCCUGACUUCAGAAGCCGUGGUUGCUCAACACCAGUACAAACCACCGGGACCACCAGGAAGACCAGUUGUUUACAAUGUCACUAGUGAUGGCAUGACUAUUCAAUGGGAAGCACCUGGUUAUGAUGGUGGUUCACCAAUUACUGGAUACCACGUGGAGAAGAAGGACAGGAACAGCCUUCUCUGGACCAAAGUUAAUUCUACAGCAAUAUCUGGCAGAGAGUAUAGAAUUAUUGGGCUUAUUGAAGGUUUAGAAUAUCAAUUUAAAGUGUUUGCACAAAAUAAUGCUGGCAUGAGUCCUGCUAGUGAAACUAGCAAGCACACCCUGGCAAUAUCUCCAGUUGACCCACCAGGGACUCCUAAUUGCAUUGAUGUGACAAGAGAAUCCGUUACACUGAAAUGGGAUAUACCCAAACAUGAUGGAGGCAGCAGAAUUGUGGCAUACACUGUUGAGCGGCGCCAGGGACGGGGACGUUGGUUAAGAUGUAACUUUGUUGAUAUCAGUGAAUGCCAGUUCACAGUAACAGGACUUGCUGCAGGUGAUCGGUAUGAAUUCAGAGUGAUUGCAAGAAAUGCAGUUGGCACAGUUAGCCCGCCCUCCCAGUCAUCUGGUUAUAUUAUGACCAGAGAUGAAAGUGUUUCUCCAGACAUUGAGUUUGGUGCAGAGAAGUGUAUUACAGUAAAAGCAGGUGAAAAUAUUACAAUCAAUGUAAAUAUCACUGGAAGUCCUGUACCUCAAGUCACAUGGUUUAAGGAUGGAAAAGAAAUUGACAAGAAGAUGAUGAUUGAUGUCACAACAGCCAUUGGAUCGAGCAAGGUCUUCAUCAGAGAUUCUGACCGCAAUCACCGUGGUGUAUACACUGUGGAGGCCAAAAAUAGUGCUGGAACUAAGAAAGAGGAUAUUCUUGUCAGAGUUCAAGAUACACCUGGACCACCUGUUGGACCAAUCAGGUUCACAAAUAUUUCAGCAGAGAAAGCAACAAUCUGGUGGAACCCACCUGAAAAUGAUGGCUGUGCUGCCAUUACUCAAUAUAGGAUUGAAAAGCGUGAGACAUCUCGGAUUUCCUGGGCCCUUGUAACAGACCAGUGUGAAGCCUGCUCAUUCAAUGCCACCAAGCUAAUCAAGGGCAAUGAGUACCAAUUCCGAGUUUCUGCAGUCAAUAAGUUUGGAGUUGGUAAACCGAUGGACUCUGAUGCCAUAAUAGCGGAGAUGCAAUUUACUGUACCAGAUGCUCCUGGCACACCUGAUGCAACCCAUAUCACAGGAAAUAGUAUUACUCUUUCAUGGACCAGACCAAGAUCAGAUGGAGGAAAUGAAAUUAAACAAUACAUUCUGGAAAGACGUGAAAAGAAGAGCAUGCGCUGGGUGAGGGUGUCAUCAAAGAGACCCAUCGCUGAACUUAGAUACAGAGUAACAAAUCUUACUGAAGGUAAUGAAUAUGAAUUCCAUGUAAUGGCAGAAAAUAGUGCUGGAAUAGGACCACCAAGUAGUACAUCAAGACUUUUCAAAUGCAAAGAACCAACAAGUCCACCAAGUGCUCCAACUGUUGUGAAGGUUACAGAUUCGACAAAGACAUCUGUCAGUUUGGAAUGGACAAAACCUGUGUUUGAUGGUGGUAUGGAGAUCAUUGGGUACAUCAUUGAGAUGUGUAAGGCUAGUCUAGAAGAAUGGCACAGAGUUAAUACCUCAACUUGCAUUAAUACCCAUUAUACUGUUACUGAUUUGGAAGCUGGAGAAGAAUAUAAAUUCCGAGUCUGUGCCGUUAAUGGAGCUGGAAAAGGAGAAACCUCUGAAAUUCCUAAUGCAGUUCAAACAACAGACAGACUUACAUCACCAGAAAUCGACAUUGAUGCCAGCUUCAAACAGACCCAUAUUGUGAAGAAUGGAGGAACAGUCACUCUUCAUAUACCCUUUAAAGGAAAACCUCCUCCUCUUGCCACAUGGACAAAAGUAGAUGGAGAGAUUGGGGUGAUGGUUGACAUUAAUACCACAGAAACAUGGAGUACUUUGACUAUUGAGAACUGUACCAGAUAUGAUGCUGGAAAGUACACAUUAUCACUUGAAAAUAAUAGUGGCCGCAAAUCUAUUACUUUUACAGUGAAGGUGCUAGAUACACCUGGACCACCAGGACCUCUCACAUUCAAGGAUGUCACAAGAGGAGCUUUGACACUGAUGUGGGAUGCCCCACUCAAUGAUGGUGGAGCUCGAAUUCAGCAUUAUGUCAUUGAGAAACGUGAAGCUAGUCGUCUUAGCUGGCAGGAAGUUAGUAUUAAAUGCUCUCGACAAAUAUUGAGAGUUACCAAUCUUGCAAUAGGUGUACCAUACCUUUUUAGAGUUAUGGCAGAAAAUCAGUUUGGACUGGGUGAAGCUUAUGAAAUGUCAGAGGCUAUCAUUGCCACUGAAGAACCUGCUUCACCUAAACGACUGGAUAUUAUUGAUACAUCUAAUUCUACUGCUACCUUGGCCUGGCUAAAACCUGAACAUGAUGGUGGGAGUCGCAUCACAGGCUAUAUCAUUGAGACAAAAGCUAAGGGCUCUGAUCAUUGGGUUUUUGGAGGUCAAACUAAAUCUCUACACAUGGUUAUUGAGGGUCUAGUUGAGAACACAGAAUAUGACUUCCGUGUAAGAGCAAAGAAUGAUGCAGGCCUCAGUGAUCCAAGAGAUGCUUUUGCCUCUGUAAUAAUUAAAGAGCCUCGCAUUGAGCCAACUGCAGAUCUUAGUGGAAUCACCAAUCAACUUAUCACAUGCAAAACUGGAAGUACAUUCACUAUAGAUGUUCCCAUUAGUGGAAGACCAGCUCCUAAGGUAACUUGGAAACUUGAAGAAAUUAAACUAAAGGAAACCGACAGGAUCUUAAUUAAGACCACAAAAGAGAGAACAUCUUUGACAGUCAAGGACUCCAUGAGAGGCGAUAGUGGAAAAUAUUACCUUAUUCUUGAAAAUAUCGCAGGAUCCAAAACCUUCACUGUUACCGUUAAUGUUGUUGGAAGACCAGGACCACCAGUAGGGCCUGUUGAAGUGUCAUCCAUAUCUUCUGAGUCCUGUGUGUUGACAUGGGUUGAACCUGAAGAUGAUGGUGGAACGGAUGUCACCAACUACAUUGUGGAAAAGCGUGAGUCUGCGUCUACUACAUGGCAGCUUGUGAACUCCAGUGUGAAACGAACUACAGUUAAAGUUACUCAUCUUACCAAAUACAUGGAGUACACAUUCCGUGUCUGUGCUGAGAACAGAUUUGGUGUGAGCAAAUCAAUCGAAUCUCAAGCUAUUGUUGCUGAGCAUCCAUUUGUUCCACCUAGUCCACCAUCACGACCAGAUGUAUUGUCAGUUACUGCAAAUGCUAUGACUAUUUGCUGGGAAGAGCCAUAUCACGAUGGUGGCAGCCAAGUGACUGGGUACUGGAUUGAGAAAAAAGAGCGUAAUACCAUUCUAUGGGUGAGGGAGAACAAGAUUCCAUGCAUUGAGCGCCGCUUCAAAGUGUCCUCUCUCAUUGAAGGGCUUGAGUAUCAAUUCAGAGUAUAUGCAAUGAAUAUUGCUGGAUUGAGCAAAGCUAGUGAAGCAUCAAGACCAAUGCUGGCUUUGAAUCCUGUCGAUCCCCCCCGUAGACCAGAAGUGACUGAUGUGACAAAAUCCACGGUAUCACUCAAAUGGUGUGAACCAUUGAAUGAUGGUGGCAGCAGGAUUGUAGGGUACAUUGUGGAGCGCAAGCUUUACGGUGAUGAGGGAGAGAGUCGUUGGCUGAAAUGCAAUUACACAACUAUCACAGAGACCUACUUCACAGUACCAUCCCUGGGAGAGGGAGAAGUCUAUGAGUUCCGUGUUAUUGCCAAGAAUGGAGCUGGAGUGCAUAGUAUGCCCUCAGAAUCAACAGGACCAAUCACAUGCAAGGAUGAUUACACACCCCCUAGGGCUGAACUUGACAGCAAGCUUAUUGGGGAGACUGUGACAAUCAGAGCUGGUGCAGACCUUGUUCUUGAUGCUGCAGUUGGUGGCAAACCUGAACCGAAAGUUUUUUGGGCUAAGGGAGAUAAAGAACUGGAGCAUGGUGAAAAGUAUUCAUUGCAGUACACCAGUACUCGUGCUAUGGCUAUCAUCAAGUCCUGUGACAGAAAUGACUCUGGAAAAUACAUUCUAACAGUCCAAAAUGCCAGUGGAAUCAAGACUACUGCUGUUCUUGUGAAAGUGCUUGAUACUCCUGGGCCUUGUGACGAUAAGAUAUUAAUCAGUAGAGUAACAGAGGAAAAGUGCACUGUUUCUUGGAAAAUGCCCCCCGAAGAUGGUGGGGCCCAAGUGACCCAUUAUAUUGUUGAGCGUCGUGAAACUAGUAGACUUAACUGGGUUUUAAUGGAGGCUGAGUGCAAGACCCUUUCUUGUGUUGCUACUAGACUGAUUAAAAAUAAUGAGUACAUCUUCCGUGUCAGAGGUGUAAAUAAGUAUGGACCUGGUGUGCCACUUGAAUCUGAACCCAUUAUUGCCAGGAAUGCAUACACAAUUCCUUCACCUCCUGGCGCACCACAAAUCAUUGCUGUAGGGAAGGAGCAUGCCAUUAUUGAAUGGCUUAAGCCUGAGAGUGAUGGCGGCAGUGAAAUUAAAAAUUAUCUUGUGGACAAACGUGAAAAGAAGAGUGUCAGGUGGACAAGAGUUAACAAAGAGUACACUAUAUAUGACACAAGACUUAAGAUUACUGGUCUUCUGGAAGGCAGUGAUUAUCAAUUCCGUGUCACGGCUGUGAAUGCUGCUGGUAACAGUCAACCAAGUGAAGCUUCUGACUAUGCCUUCUGCAGGGAGCCAACAUAUACCCCUGCUCCUCCAACAGUUCCUCACGUAACGGAUACCACCAAACAUAGCAUUAGUUUAGUAUGGACAAGACCAAUGUAUGAUGGUGGUGCUGAUGUAACUGGAUAUAUUGUUGAAGUGCUUGAGGAAGGAACAGAGCAGUGGUAUAGGGCUCAACAAGAGCUCUUGAAGACCACGGAGUACACUGCAGCUGGCCUUACAAGCAACAAGAAGUAUAGAUUUAGAGUUGCUGCAGUUAAUGUGAAUGGAACUGGUGAAUUCAGUGAACCAUCCACUGAAAUUGAGCCUCUUGAAAGAACUGAAAUACCUGACCUUGAACUUGCUGAUGACUUGAAGAAGACUGUCUGUGUAAGAGCUGGUGGAUCACUUCGCCUGUUUGUUGCUGUGACUGGAAGACCUAUACCAAUAAUUACUUGGAGAAAGCCUGGUGUAGAUCUUCAGAGUAGAGGAUUUAUUGAUAUAACUGACAGCUAUACAACUUUGAUAAUUGAAAAAGUAAAUCGCUAUGAUGCUGGCAAAUACAUUAUUGAGGCAGAGAACCCAUGGGGCAAGAAAUCAGCUACUGUUCUUGUGAAGAUCUAUGAUACCCCUGGUCCACCAGGUUCUGUUAAGGUUAAAGAUUAUACAAAAGAAUCUGUUGUUAUUACUUGGGACGUCCCAAGUAUUGAUGGAGGAGCACAUGUCAACAACUACAUAAUUGAGAAACGUGAAGCAUCAAUGAAGUCUUAUCAAACAGUUACAUCCAAAUGUAAUAAGACAUUAUUCAGAAUCACUGGACUGACUGAAGGAACGCUGUACUUUUUCAGAGUCUUGCCAGAAAAUAUCUAUGGUGUUGGUGAGCCUUGUGAAAUCAGUGAUGCUGUGCUAGUAUGUGAGGUUCCAAUGGUUCCUCAGAAAUUGGAAGUAAUGGAUGUAACAAAGUCUACCGUUACGCUGGUAUGGGACAAACCACUUCAUGAUGGUGGCAGUAAACUUACUGGCUACAUUAUUGAAACUUGCAAGUUUGGAACAGACAGAUGGAUGACUGUCGCUACACUGAAAACAACUGUGUUGGAGCAUACCAUAAGCUCUCUAAAUGAGUCAGAACAGUACCUCUUUAGAAUCAGAGCCACUAACAGCCGGGGAAUCAGUGAGCCUAGAGAAAUUGUAUCACCUGUAACUAUUCAAGAACAAAAAGUUGUACCCAAGAUUGAUGUGGCAGGAAUUCCACAGAAGAUUGUCAAUGUACCAGCUGGUAAACCAAUUGAGCUUCAAAUUCCCAUAUAUGGCAGACCUUCACCAGUUUGCUCAUGGUUCUUUGGUGGUGCCAAGAUAAAGGAACUUGACCGUGUAAAGAUUGAAACCACUGCAAAAUACACCAAACUAACAGUACGUGAAACCACAAUUGAUGACACAGGUGACUACACACUUGAGGUCAAAAAUGUUGCAGGAAUUGCCACUGAGAUCAUUAAAGUUGUCAUUUUGGACAAACCUGGCAUACCAGUUGGACCUUUAAGAAUCGAGGAGGUUGAUGCCACAUCUGUCACUGUCAGCUGGGAACCACCAGAAAAAGAUGGAGGUGCUAAUAUCAGCGGCUACGUGGUUGAACAGCGUGAUGCUCAUCGUCCAGGAUGGCUUCCUGUGUCUGAAUCUGUUACCAGACCCACUUUCAAGUUCACUAGACUGACUGAAAGUACUGAAUAUGUGUUCCGUGUGGCUGCAACAAAUCGCUUCGGUAUUGGAUCAUUUUUGCAGUCAGAUGUUGUGGAGUGUAAAAGUGCCAAAACUAUACCAGGACCACCAGGUAGACCUGAGGUAUUUGAUGUGUCUCGUGAUGGAAUGACUAUUACCUGGCUUCCACCAGAGACAGAUGGUGGGUCCCAGGUAUCUGGUUAUAUCAUUGAACGCAAAGAGGUUAGAUCUGACCGAUGGCUGCGCAUUAAUAAGAACCCAGUAACAAUGACAAGAUAUAGAUCCAUGGGCCUUAUUGAAGGCCUUGAAUAUGAGCACAGAGUUACAGCCAUCAACUCCAGAGGCUCUGGAAAGCCAAGUCCUACCUCCAAAUCAGCUGUGGCAAUGGAUCCGAUUGAUCCACCUGGCAUACCAUUGAAUCCAAGAGUUACAGAUUCCACUAGAACAUCUGUCUCUCUGGCUUGGAAUCCCCCAGAAGAAGAAGGUGGUUCUAGUAUUACAGGAUACCUGAUUGAAAUGCAGAAGAUUGAUCAGAUUGAAUGGACCAAAUGCAACACUACACCUACUAAGAUUUGUGAAUACACCUUGACGCAUAUGCCCCAGGGAGCUGAAUAUAGAUUCCGUGUUAUGGCAUGUAAUGCUGGUGGACCUGGAGAACCAGCAGAAAUACCUGGAGUUGUUAAAGUUACAGAGAUGCUUGAAUAUCCUGAUUAUGAGCUGGAUGUCAAGUACCAAGAAGGUUUGGUUGUCAGACAGGGAGGAGUCAUAAGACUGUCUGUUCCCAUUAAGGGCAAGCCAAUUCCAAUAUGCAAGUGGACAAAGGAAGGCCGUGAUAUUUCUCACAGGGCUAUGAUAGCCACCAGUGAAGAGCUCACUGAGCUUGUCAUUAAGGAAGCUCAUAGGGAUGAUACUGGCACCUACGACCUUUUCCUGGAAAAUAAAUGUGGCAGGAAGGCAGUAUAUAUAAAAGUAAAAGUUAUUGGACGACCAGAUCCACCUGAAGGUCCACUUGAGUUUGAUGAUAUCCAGACUCGCUCAGUAAGAGUGAGCUGGAGAGCACCUUCUGAUGAUGGUGGCUCUGAUAUUCUUGGUUACAUUAUUCAGAGGCGAGAGGUUCCCAAGGCAGCAUGGUACACUGUAGAUUCAAGAGUACUUGACACAUCUUUAGUUGUCAAAGGACUAAAAGAAAAUAUUGAGUAUCACUUCAGGGUGGCAGCUGAAAACCAGUUUGGCAUUAGUAGAUCUCUGAAAUCAGAUGAGUCUGUCACACCAAAGACACCUCUCUCUCCACCAGAACCUCCAAGCAACCCACCAGAAAUUAUGGAUGUCACAAAGACUACCGUUGCCUUAUCUUGGUCUAGGCCUAAGGAUGAUGGCGGUUCUCGUAUUACUGGAUAUUAUAUUGACAGAAAAGAAGUGUCCACUGAGAAAUGGGUACGUCACAACAAGACUCAUAUUACAACUACAAUGUACACUCUUACUGGACUCAUCCCGAAUGCAGAAUAUCAGUUCCGUGUCAUUGCCCAAAAUGACAUUGGUCAGAGUGAACCAGGACCAUCAUCUGAAUUUGUCAUAUGCAAGGAUCCAUUUGACAAACCAAGCCAGCCUGGAGAAAUUGACAUCAUUUCCAUCACUAAGGACAGUAUCACCAUUCACUGGCAACGCCCAGAAUGUGAUGGUGGAAAAGAAAUCCUGGGGUACUGGAUUGAGUACAGGCAAUCUGGUGAAAGUGCCUGGAAGAAAUGCAACAAAGAACGCUCAAAGGACAGGCAGUUCACUAUGGGUGGUCUCAUGGAAGCCACCGAGUAUGAGUUCCGAAUACUUGCUGAAAAUGAAAGUGGAAUUAGCAGGCCUCGCAGAACAGCAAUGGGAAUCAAAACUAAAUUGAGUGUUGGGGAGGCACCAAGUCUUAAAGAAGAAAUGGAAGAUGUUAUAACAAAACUUGGACAAUCAGGCACACUGAAAUGCCAGAUCCUUGGUAGACCUCUUCCUGAGAUCAAAUGGUACAGAUUUGGAAAAGAACUCAUACAAAGUCGUAAAUACAAGAUGAGCUCUGAUGGACGAAACCAUUCACUCAGCAUUCUAACUGAUGAGCAGGAAGAUGAGGGUCUCUACACCUGCAGAGCUAUUAAUGAUGCCGGGGAAAUAGAAACCAGUGGCAAGCUCUUUUUGCAGGCUGCCCCUCAGUUCCACCCUGGCUUCCCAUUGAAAGAGAAAUACUAUGCAGGAUGUGGUACGAGUUUGCGGUUACAUGUUGUGUACAUUGGACGUCCUGUGCCGCAGAUCAUGUGGUUCUAUGGCAAGAAACCACUGAAGGCUUCUGAGAAUGUCAUAAUUGAAAACACUGAGAAUUAUACCCACUUAGUUGUAAGAAAUGUGCAGCGGAAAACCAAUGCUGGAAAAUAUAAGGUCCAGAUGAGCAACAUCUUUGGUACAGUUGAUACUGUACUUCGUGUUGAAAUUCAAGAUAAACCAGCUGUGCCUGAAGGACCAGUUGUUGUUGAUGCGCUGCUGAAGAACUCUGUGAUCAUUAGCUGGAAACCACCAGCAGAUGAUGGUGGUGCUAUGAUUACAAACUACAUUGUGGAAAAACGUGAAGCAAAGGAGGGUGAAAAAUUUCACCUUGUUUCAUCUUCAAUCUCAGGAACAUCUUGCCGAAUUCCAAAUCUUAUUGAAAGUGCUGGGUAUUAUUUCCGUGUUUCUGCGCAAAAUCAGUAUGGGAUAAGUGAUCCUCUUGAGAUUCCAUCUGUGGUCAUCAUUAAGAGUCCAUUUGAAAAGCCUGGAAUUCCCCAACAACCAGUUGUGACAAGAAUCACAAAAGACUCCUGUGUUGUAUCUUGGAAACCACCUACAAGUGAUGGAGGUGCCAAGAUCAAGAGUUACUACCUUGAAAAACGUGAGAAGAAACAAAACAAAUGGAUUGCUGUAACAACAGAUGAAAUUCUUGAAACUGUCUAUACAGUCAAAGGCCUAAUAGAAGGUUUUGAAUAUGAAUUUCGUGUCAAAUGUGAAAAUAUUGGAGGGGAAAGUGAAUGGAGUGAAGUAUCUACACCUAUCAUUCCAAAAUCAGACACACCCAUGUCUCCUCCUGGCUUUAAAGAAGAACUAAGAGACAUGAGUGUCAAGUAUAAAAGUAAUGCAACAUUUGUAUGCAAGGUUACUGGACAUCCAAAGCCUGUUGUUAAGUGGUACAAACGUGGAAAAGAAAUACUACCAGAUGGAAAGAAAAUUAAAAUACAAGAAUUCAAAGGUGGCUACUACCAACUGGUAAUCUCUGCUGCUGAUGAAGAAGAUGCCACUGUCUAUCAGAUUAGAGCUACAAAUCAAGGAGGAUCUAUUUCAACUACUGUCACACUGGAGGUUGAAGUUCCUGCCAAGAUUCACCUGCCAAAACAUCUUCAAGGCAUGGGUGCUGUUCAUGCCCUUCGGGGAGAUGUGGUUACCAUCAAGAUUCCAUUCAGUGGCAAACCCGAACCUGUCAUAACAUGGCAGAAAGGACAGGAGGUCAUUGAUAACACAAAAUACCAUCAAGUGAUUAUUACAAGAUCAUUUACAUCACUUGUUUUCCCCAAUGGAGUCCAAAGAAAAGAUGCUGGUUAUUAUAUUAUUUCUGCGAAAAACAGGUUUGGUGCUGAUCAACAGACUGUUGAACUUGAUGUUGCAGAUGUACCUGAUCCACCAAAGGGAAUAACUGUAAGUAACAUAUCCAGGGAUUCUGUCACUCUAACAUGGUCUGCCCCAGCCAGUGAUGGUGGAAGCCAAAUUACCAGCUAUAUUCUAGAAAAGUGUCCCAGCACCGGAGAUCGUUGGAUACGUGUUGCGCAAACCCAAGAAACUCAUUACACAGUCAUUAAUGUGUUUGGCAAGACAGCAUACCAGUUCCGUGUGAUUGCCGAAAAUCAAUUUGGGCAGAGCAAGCCAUCUGAGCCAACUGCUCCUGUGGUAACUAAGGAGGAUAAGUCAAUAAUUCGAAACUAUGAUGAAGAAGUUGAUGAAACCAGAGAAAUCAAAAAGGAAGAGGCACAAAUUUCAAGUAUAAAAGCUCUUUCUACUAUGUAUACGAUUGCUGAGGAACUUGGUCGUGGACAAUUUGGAAUUGCUCAUCGUUGCGUUGAAAUCAGUUCCAAAAUGACAUAUAUGGCUAAAUUUGUCAAAGCAAAAGGCACAGAUCAAGAACUUGUGAGAAAAGAAAUUGAAGCACUCAAUGUCGCUCGACACAAAAAUUUCUUGUAUCUUCAUGAGUCUUUUGAGAGUCUUCAAGAAUUAGUCAUCAUAUAUGAGUUUAUUUCUGGUGUGGACAUAUUUGAACGUCUUGGAACACCUAACUUUGAUCUCACUGAACGAGAAAUUGUCAUUUAUAUCAGGCAAGUUUGUGAAGCUCUUCAGUUCUUGCAUAGUCAGAACUAUGCACAUUUUGACAUUAAACCUGAUAACAUAAUAUACACAACACGAAAAAGUAGCAACAUAAAAAUUAUUGAGAUGGGCCAGGCCAGACUCCUGAUACCUGGAGAGAACAUCAGAAUUCAGUUUACUUCCCCUGAGUAUUAUGCCCCUGAAGUUCACCAGCAUGACAUGGUUAGCACUAUAACUGACAUGUGGUCAGUUGGUGUUUUAGCCUAUGUGCUUCUCAGUGGACUUAAUCCAUUUGCAUCUGAAACUACUCAGAAAACAAUUGAGAAAAUCUGUAAUGUUGAGUAUACUUUUGAAGAAGAAGCUUUUAAGGAGACCAGUAUUGAAGCAAUGGACUUUGUGGAUCGACUUCUAAUUAAAGAAUGCAAACAUCGCAUGACUGCAGCUGAAGCCUUGGAACAUCCAUGGUUGAAAAUGAAAACAGAGCAACUCAGCAUUAAAAUAAUAAAGACUUUGAGACACCGAAGGUACUACCAGACUUUGGUGAAGAAAGAUUCAAACUUUGUUGUUUCUGCAGCUCGAAUUGCUCAAGGUGGUGCUAUCAGAAGUCAGCGAGGUGUUUCCAUUGGAAAAGUAAAGAUAGCACAACCUGAACAAGGUCUGAGAGCUGGUCAAAUCAUACAUGGUGUUGCUGAAGAAGGGGGACAUGUUAAAUUUACCUGCCAUAUUCAGAAUUAUACCAGCAGCACAGAAGUAACCUGGUACUUUGGAACUAAACAACUAGAGGCAAGUCACAAGUAUGAAAUCAGCUAUGCAAAAGGAGUUGCUACCAUUUAUGUCAAAGACAUAAUUAGCACAGAUGAUGGCACCUACAGGUGUAAAGUUGUGAAUGAGUUCGGCGAAGACAAUGCCUAUGCAGAGCUCUUUGUAGAAGAUGUGAGAUCAUGCCGAGAGUACUUCAUUGGGCGUACUAUGAAAAAAGUGAAACGCAGAAUUGACACAACUCGACUCAUCCAGAGACCACCUGAAUUUACCUUACCUCUGUACAACCGUACUGCUUACAUUGGUGAGGAUGUGCGUUUUGGAGUAACUAUAACAGUGCAUCCAGAGCCCCAGGUUACAUGGUUGAAAUCUGGACAAAAGAUCAUACCAGGAGAAGAUGACAGGAAGUACACCUUUACAAGUGACAAGGGUCUCUAUCAACUUGUGAUUCACAAUCUUAAGCCUGAGGACGAUGCUGAAUAUACUGUUGUGGCCCAAAACAGAUUUGGUGAUGACAGUUGCAAGGCACGUCUAACUGUUAUACCUCACCCAGUUACCACAGAUACAAUGAAACCACUGUUCAAACGCUUGCUAGCAAAUGUUGAGUGCAUUGAAGGCCAGAGCAUUCACUUUGAACUCAGAGUGUCUGGAACCCCAACACCUACCUUGAAAUGGGAGAAAGAUAAUUUACCAUUAGCUAUGGGUACAAAGAUAGAAGUUGUACGAGAAGACUUAGAAUGUUAUGUUCUGCAUAUCAGAGAAACUCUUCCUGAAGAUUCUGGUACCUAUAGAGUCACUGCUACAAAUUCAGCUGGAUCUGUAAGUUGUCAAGCUACACUGAAAGUAGAACGUCUGACUUAUACCAAGAGAGAGUAUAAGAAUGAGGAAGAGAAAGAAAAAUAUGUUCAGAGACAAAUUGGCAAAACUUUGAAACUUGCUCAGUUCCUGUCAAGUACUGAAGCAACUGCACUAAACCCUGUGGCACAAGAGGCACUGAAAGAAGCAGCGAGUCUGUAUAAACCAGCAGUUAGCACCAAGAAUGUGCAAGGUGAAUUUGAAAUUGAAGAAGAAAAGAAAAUGAAACUGGAAGAAAUAAGAGUCCGUAUGCCAUAUGAAAUUCCAGAAUGCCGUGUUCAUGCUCCAACUGCCCUUGACGAAGAUAUGCGAAUCAAACACUUUGUACCUCUCUCUGAUAUGAAAUGGUACAAAAAACUCCGUGACCAGUAUGAAAUCCCAGAGCGAAUGGAGAAAUAUGUUCAUAAGCGACAAAAACGCAUUCGUCUCUCCCGGUGGGAGCAAUUUUAUGUCGUUCCACUUCCAAGAAUGACUGAUCAAUACAAGCCCAGAUGGCGUAUUCCAAUAAUUUCACAAGAUGACUUGGAAACAGUAAGGCCAUCUAGGUAUCGUACACCAUCACCUGAAUCUGAAGCUUCUUACAGACUUAGAAGAAGAUCCCUUGGUGACCUCUCUGAUGAAGAGCUUCUCCUCCCUGUUGAGGAUUACCUUUCAAGGAAGAGAACUGAAGAAGAAACACUUCAACUUGAGGAUGAACUGGAGCUUGGCUUCUCUGCAUCACCACCUAGUCGUAGUCCUCUACGUUUUGAAUUAUCUGCACUGCGGCAUCCUUCGCCUAGAAAAAUGAUAUAUGAAAGGGAAGAAAAAGAAGAGGAUCAACAAUACCUUCAGUACAAACAGAAGAGAAUUGAGAGAGAAGCACGUGUUUCUUCAGUAACAAAGGAUACAUUGAAAGAAACUGAAAAAAUUCGUACUACACCUCCAUCCAUUUCACAGGUCCUCAGAAGGAGGAGGUCUUUGUCUCCUACAUACAUUGAACUCAUGCGCCCUGUAUCUGAACUUAUAAGACCACCACGAGCUCGCCCUUCAGCUGAAACAGAGGGUGAAGUUUUAGAAAGGAGAUCACCUACUCCUGAAAGAACUCGUCCUCGCUCCCCAAGUCCAGUUUCCACUGAAAGAUCAUCACGAUCAUCCUCCAGAUUUGAGAGAUCUGCAAGAUUUGAUAUCAUGUCUAGAUAUGAAGCAAGAAAGGCAGCUCUGAAAUCUGAAAGAAAGUAUGAAGUAGUGACUCAGCAACCAUUCAGCCUUGACCAUGCCCCACGAAUAACUGUGAGAAUGCGCUCUCAUCGGGUACCAUAUGGACAAAAUACCAAAUUUACUUUGAAUGUUCAGGCUAAGCCAGAAGCUGAAAUCAGAUGGUUGCACAAUGGAGAGCAGAUUCAAGAGAGCAGCAAAUACCAUUUUACCAACAUGGGUGGAGUUUUGUCUCUCCAGGUGUGUGACUGCCAAGCAGAUGACAGUGGCACCUAUCGUGUUGUUUGCACAAACUAUAAGGGAGAGGCCUCAGAUUAUGGCACUUUAGAUGUUUCAGGUGGAGAAUAUUCUACAUAUUCUUCCCGUCGCAAAGAUGAAGAACCUCCAACACCUUUUGUUCCUGAAAUUACCAAGACUGAUUAUUAUCAUAUAUCUUCUAUCAAGGCAGUUUCCUCUUCUGAAACUCAUAUGGCAGUGAAAGAAAUGACAGCAAAACUGACUGAAACACAUGAGACUGUUGAAUAUGAAAAAUCUGAAAAGAAAGUCAAAACAGUGGAAGCCACAAAAGUGGAAGAAGUAAGUCUUCACAAGAAAGUGAAGGAUACUGUACCAGCCAGAAUACUUACAAAACCACAGUCUUUGACAGUAGCAGAAGGAGAAACUGCUAGGUUUGCAUGUGAUAUUGAUGGGCAACCAACACCUACUGUUACCUGGAUGCGUGAAGGACGAACAAUUGUCUCAUCUUAUCGUCAGCAUAUUAUUACAACACAGUACAAGUCUACUUUUGAGAUUUCUUCAGUUGAGUUAUCUGAUGAAGGCAGUUACACAGUGGUUGUACAGAACGCUGAUGGUAAACAGGAGGCACAAUUCAGCCUAACAAUUCGCAGGGCAGCACCAAAAGAAAAGACAGUAGCUCCAUUACCAAAGGUGAAAUCACCAGAGCCUACGGUGAAAUCUCCAGAACCCACACGUGCCAAAUCCCCAGAACGUCAGAUUAAGUCACCAGAACCAAUAAAACCACCUUCCAAAGUAAAGUCACCAGAACCCAGAGUGAAAUUGGCAGAAUCAGUGGGUGUUAAAUCCCCAGAACCUUCUAUUAAGACACCUGAACCAAUAAAAUCACCACCGACAGUAAAGUCACCAGAGCCUAGAGUGAAAUCUCCAUUAUUCAUACCUCCUAAGUCUCCAGAACCUCGUAUCAAGUCACCUGAACCAAUUAAAUCUCCCAAGAGGGUUAUAUCACCUGAACCUCAGAGAGUUAAAUCCCCACAAGCUCUCAAGUCUUUUCAAAAGGUGAAACCACCAAAGAUUCUACAUCAACUUAAAGUAGAAGCUGCUGAGGACAAAGUAAAGAUGGUUUGUGUAGCUGAAAGCAGCAUAAGUGAAGCUAUAUGGUACAAGGAUGGGAAAAGACUGACACAAGGUACUCACUAUGAUUUCCAUACUUCCACUGAUGGCACAUGCACGCUCAGCAUCCAUAACAUUACUGAAAGGGAUCAAGGAGAAUAUGCAUGUGAAGUCAUUGCUGAAGGAGAGGUCUCCAGAACAUCAUUUUCAUUUGUUGGUCAAGUUUUUCAAACUAUUUACUCAAAAGUCACAACUUUUAUAGAAGCACAGCAUAAACAUGAAAUGGGCAUCUCAGCGACAAAGGCAACUCAGAAAGAGGCGGUCUUAACUUCUCAUACAAAAACGGAGGUGACAGAACAAGUUGUGAAAAAGGAAAUUUUUUAUGAAGAAGUUCAGGCUUACUCAGAAGUAAAAGCGUCUCUCACUAAGUUGUCUUUGUCUGAGGGUCAGUCUGUUACUCUGAAAGCAAAUAUUCCUGAAGCAUCAAAUGUGAGAUGGAUACUAAAUGGAAAAGAACUGGCUAAUUCAGCAGAUUAUAGAUAUGGUUUCUCUGGAAAUGACCAUACUUUGACCAUCAAGAUGAUCAGCCAGCACGAGGAAGGAAUCAUCACAUGUGAAGCUACAACUGAACAUGGGAUUGUUAAGUGUCAGUUUGAUACAACUGUCACAUCAAAACGUUCAAACGCUCCAUCAUUCUUAGUACAGCCAAAGUCCCAGAAUGUCAAUGAAGGGCAGAACGUGAUUUUUACAUGUGAAAUCACAGGAGAUCCUAGCCCUGAAAUUGAGUGGCUAAAGAACAAUGUUCUGGUAUCUUUAUCAUCUCACCUGAAACUGAGCCGUUCUAAAAAUGUAUACACAUUAGAGAUCACAGAAGCUUUAAUUACAGACAGUGGGAUGUACACAGUAAAAGCAACAAAUAUGUAUGGACAGUGUUCUACUACUGCAUCUCUAAAUGUCCUUGCUCUGGUUGAAGAACCCACAAAAAAGAUAGUCAUGGAGAAAAGUGCUACAGCUUCCAGUGUGCACGAAAGUUUCUCUGCCAAGGCAAUCCAUAUGGCUGCCUCUAUGCAGGAGGCCUCCUUCAGGAGCUCCAGCAUGGCUGAAGCUAAAUUUGAAAGCAUGUCUGCAACUAGCAUGUCCUCCUUGACAUCUGAAUCAAUGAUAGCAAUGAGCUCCAGCAGUAUGAUGAAAAUGUCAAGUCAUUCACAUAUAGAGGGAUCCUCUAAAAGAGCCAUUACACAGAGGCUUCAAGGAUCACCACCAAAAAUUGAAGCUCUUCCUGAAGACAUCAGCAUCGAGAGAGGAAAGGUACUUACUGUAGCUUGUGCUUUCUCUGGAGAUCCUGUGCCUGAUAUUGAAUGGACUCGUUUGGGACGGACUCUGCCCUUUACAGAGGAAAGUGACAGGUUCCACAUUGAGACCACUGAGGAUCUCACCACCCUCAUCAUCACUAGUGUGAAAGAAAAUGAUGCUGGAGCUUACACCCUUAAACUAUCCAAUGAGCUUGGAUCUGACAGUGCAACAGUAAACAUUAGGAUUCGCUCACUGUAAAAAAAAAAAUGAUAUUAAGUGAGAAAAUUACUCUUUACUUGAUAAAGGCAUUGCUAACUGUUCUUGUAAAUAGGAUUUUUUUUCCUUUUUUUUUUUUUUUUUUUUUUUUUUACCAAACUUGACAUUAAUUUAUGCCACACUAGACUAAAGUCUACAGUUGUUAUAAAAUUUGCCAUAUUGGAUUAUUAUCACUAGGAUUUUUAAACCAUUUUUCUGUGACAUGUAUAUAAUGUAAAUAGCCGAAUUUACCGGUUAUGGAAUAUGUAUGAAAUGUUAUUUAUGACAUUAACUGAAACAAAUAGAACUAAAUGUUUAUCAGGAGAAAGUUUCGAAUGAAACGAAUACCCUGAAAAACCUGAAACUAAACUAUGUGCCUCAACAAUAAGUUGAUGUCUUAAGAUUGCCUCAACAGGUGGAGAGGCUCCCUGUUGAAGUUUUUGCUAGAUUUGAGAGACAAUGUCAUGCACUGUAUAAUCAUACGUGCAAUAGCAUUACCAUGCUCAUAUGAAUUGUUACAUGUGCAUAAGACCCUGAGUGCUGUUUGCAUUUUACCCUCAUGUAAGCUGCACAACUGGGUCUUGUGUUCAUACUGACUGUGUCAUACCACCAUUUCUUAUGACAUGCUCAAAGUGCGAGCGGCCUGCACUUUCUGAGCUAUUUUUAAUGUGUUCUCUUUCUGGCAAAGGACUCCUUGAAUAGACUUUUGAAAAUAACAUCACCUGGCCAUUAUCUGUAAAAGUAGUUCAAGGGCUUCUUUGCAGAAGGAGAUCCAGCUCUAGGAGGUUUGCUUGGGUGCAUUGUGUGUGUCUGUGUGUAUGCUUGUGUUUCUGUGUGUCUGUGUGUUAGCUUUAGAAUUUCACCUCGUCGGUAAUCAGGGCAUUCACCAAGGAAGUGUGCCGCAGCAACAUCACCUGCUGUACCAAAUGAAAAUGAAUGCAUUACAUGUUAGCCCUGCACUUUGAUUUUAUUGAAUUUCAUUAUGUAGCAAUACCUAUAUAUGCAACCUCCAUGAGACGUAUUAACUGUUGAUUUAAUAAAGCAUGAUUUCAGCACCUCAGAA